AUGCCCGGGGGCGGCGGCCCGGCCCGCGGCGGCGGCUGCGCUGCUGCUGCGCGUCGCCUGACCCCGCGCCGAGUCGGCCGCGCUGGACCUCCGCCUCGCGCGCUCUCCGGCCAGGACCUCCUUCUCUCCCCGCCGCGGCUCCAUGGCUCCCCGGACGCGCCGGCUGCUCCCGCCGGGGCCGGCCUGAAGAGGAGGAGCGCGGCGGCGGCGCUUGCCGGGUAAGGGCCGCGGGGCGACGGGGCUCCGGCCUCGGGGCGGGAGAGAGGAGGCUGCCGGGGCGGGCAGGGGCGCCUCGCCCCCUCCUCUCGUCCUCGGGCUUUUCCCUCGCGCCUUUUGUGAGCCACGCUGAGCGUUUUGUCGUGUUCUCUUUUUGCCACCAAGCUGCCUAUUAGUUGACAUGCAUCUUUUCGGUGCUCGCGACAGCCCUGCCAGGUGGGUCGAGCUAAGAAAUGUGCAGUGCCUGCCCCAAGGUCACCCCAGCCAAAGGGCGCCUGUGGCCCCCCGGCCGCACAAGAACUCCUCACUGCCGUCCCAUCUGCCUUGCUUCAUGGGGGGCAGCCGGGGGGGGGGGACACAUUCUGCUGCGCCCAUGCUGCUCCUGCUAGCAGGGGGGUGAACUUGCUGGCUGAGCUGCAGGUGCCUCUGGGGGCGCCGGAAAAGGGUGCUUUGGCCCAGGUGCAGUGGGAAUCUCCUUGCCUGCCUGGAAGAGCCUUUUUCGCCGGGGGGGGGGGGGGAGUAGAGGCUCUGCAAUUUGGCUACUUAUUUUUCCUGAGACUACCCAGGUGGCCUCUUAUUGCAUGCUAUGGAAUCUCUCACUUUGGGGUAACGGGCUGGAAAUCUUUCCUUUGGAUGAUUAAUCUGCUCCCCUCCCCCAUAAAAUUGGAAUGAGUGGCAGAAUUGCUUCUGCUUAGGCCGGUGAAAGUGUAGUGAAGCUUUCUCAGAACUGACAAGAGAGUGGUGUUUUCUUUGAUUACCUGGCAAGCCUUGUGUGUGUUGGAAAUCACCUGCCCCCCACCCUGGGAAUGUGUGUGGCGGGGGGGGGGAUUGGAUGUACCUUCCAACUCAGCAAGUCUGUGAUCUGUGUGGAGAGGUUGGUCUGCCCACGUGCCUCACCCCCCUUGGUCCUCCUUGGGGCAGGAGCAGGAGGUGGGCAUGUACCUGUGGUUUUUAAUUUCUAAAGGAGCGCAGGGGUGCUUUUAAUGAAAAGGGUAAAUGUUGCUGACACAUCCUCAUGGCAGCAGUGGGAUGGAGAGCAAGGGAGAUCUCAACCAACCCACCUCAGCAGUACAUUGAUUUUCUUUUUAGGCUACUGUUAGGGAUUCUUGGCAUUACAUGUAAAUGGAGGGGUUUUUGGUAGCGAGAGGAAAUCUGCUGUCUUGAAUAAUACAAUAUUUUUUUGAACGGAGUGGAGGGUUGACAAGUAGACUGUUGGCCUCCUUCGCAGAGAUGUGUAACCGGGGGGGGGGCUGCAGAUGUAGCUGCACCCCCCUUUUUAAAAUUAAAUUAUUGAACGCUUCACAAACUUGCAUGCUGCUGUGCUCCUGAAUGCCCAUUGCCCCUAACUUGGGCACACUGGCUUUAGAUGAUGCUUCAGCAGCCUCUGGAGGGCCACACGUUUGCCACCCCUGCUGUGGAACUACCUGAGCCUCUUGUGAGCAGAGGGGGUGGGUGGGGAAAAGGCUUUUGCCUGGCUUGCAGCUGGUUGCUGGUCUGGUCCACCAAAGCAAUUCUGUCUUUGGAACCUUAGAUAAAAUGCCCGGGGGGGGGGCAGUUCCCUGGCUGCUGAGAAGCAAACCUCCAUGUGCAGGGGCAGUCUGCCAUGAUGGCGGGGAGGGGGCGGGGAGGUAGAGGCAGAGCUUGGGGGCACCUGGCUGGCAAGUCCUGCGAACAGGACUCAGUGUUGGACUCAGUGGGUUUGACCCAGCAGGGAGAUGAUCUUCUUGAUGUCCCUCAGUUUACUCAUUUAGUCUGUAGAUUAAGAGAAAUCCCAUUUUGCUGGAGGAGGUGGAGGCUUUCCAGAACCUGCAUUUUUGUUUGUUGUGCCCACAUCAGGGGCUAAUUUCCUGCUAAGAUCAUGCCCAUCCUUGAAUCCGGAAUCUUUUAAGAAAGAACAAGCUCUGAGAAGUAGGAGUUUGCUUGGCUGUGUUGUAAGAGGCACAAACAAAUGCAGCAAACAUUAUCUCCCCAUCCUCUUGCAAUACAGCUCACCUUCCAGCUGGCCCUUAUCUUUCCAUGAAAGGAGCUUACAGUAAAUGUGUUUAUUCCCCCACCCCCCUUUUUUUUUUAAAGUGCAGUCUCUGCAUAGUGCCUGAUAGGUUGGGCUGCACACAGUAAUUCUGGGUCUGAAGAGGCAGAGGUGGUGCAAGAGUUAAAUUGCAGUGAGGCUGUGUGUGUCUCUGCCCCCCCCCUUUAAGCUGAUCUCGUUCCUUUCACAUGACCAGGGAUGGAUGAGCGCACUAACCUCCUUCUCUCUGGCUGAGCAGGAGCAGAAGAGCUCCCUUUAGUGUCUCUUACAAAGAAGCUGUUCAGCCAAAGAGCAUCUCCUAAUCCGAGGUCGGAGGCAUCUGGCGAAUUAAGGGCAGAAACUUAGGCGAGGGGUCUUAAAGGGGCCGAAGCUGCCCGUCUCUUAGGUGGGGAAGAGAGGCGUGCCUGUGAAUGGAGAUAAGGGGAGCUGUGUCAGAUGCGACUGGUCUUUGUAUUUAAUUUAUUUAUAUCCCUUCCUUUCCCCCAAAUUGCCAUUCAAGGUGGCUUCCAACGUUUAAAAACAGCACCAUUGUUAUUAUUUAUUAUUAGUGGCAUUUAUUAAUCGCCUUCUAUGCCAUUGUCUCAAGGCGAUUUACCCAUAAGAUAAUGACAAACAGUUAAAAGCAUAAAAACAACCAGUACCUUUAAAAACAAGACUGGUGCCCUGACAAGUGGUGAAGACCCCUUUACCCAGCUGGGGAAGCCUGUCAGAACAUUUCCAGGAGGUGUCAGCGGGCAGGGAAGCUUUUCCAUAGAACAGGGGCAGCCACACUAAAAGCCCUUCUCCAGGUUCCUGCAGAGCUUGGCUCUCCUUCCAAGGGUCUAAUUACCCACGCAAUGUCAGCAACGUUGUUGGCCUGUGGCCAGUACAUUCUUAACGUUAUAAAAUAUAAAGUAGUGAAAAAAGCUAGUUUAAAAAACCAACAGUUGUAAUACACCAGACCCCGUUUAGAGCCAACAGUUUGCCCUGACAGCUGCCCAGUGGUCAGCGCUGCCUGCACCUCCCUUUCCAGAGGCCUGUUCCAGGAAGACACAAAAGAGGGAGCCCGUCUGGCCUCUCUUGGGAGAGAAUCCCGCCUUCUGGGAGCAGCUGUAGAAAAGGCUUGCUCUCGCAUCCCCACCAGCAUCUGGUGCUGAGGGGACUGAGAGAAGGUGCUCCCCUGAGGAUCUUUGCACCCUGGCAGGUUCAGGCCAUAGAUUUACUGGUCAUCAGCAGCACUUUGAAUUGUGCCUGGGAUCAGAUCAGAUGUCAGUAAAGUGGUUUUAACUGGAGAGUAGCGUUCCUGGCUGCUGGUUCCCACAGUGGCAAACUGACCCUCUGGACUUAAGAACCACAGCCUCCUCCUCUCCCCGUGGCUCAGCAAGAGAGCAACCCUGCCUGAAACCCUGGAGCCCUGAGCCAGGUGGGCCAAGGCGGCUUCAUGCAUUCCCCAGCUGGUCUUGAGAUGGUGUCUGUUGCAGCGAGGAACUUUGGAGCUCACAGGGAGAAGCCCCUGCCCAGUUGCAUUGGGUGUUUUGACCUGCAGGUUCUAGGAGAUGGACUUAUGCCUGCUACACAAGGCCAGGGUGCUUUUCUGGGCUGGUUGGGAGCUGCACUUCAAAACGUCUGGAGGGCACCAGGUUGGCGAAGCAUGGAUUAAACGUCCUCCUGCCACAAUCAUUUUCUGCAAUGUACUCCCAUGCUGUUGAUCCACAUGGAUGUGGUGUGGCAGCAGAGUAGGAAGCUGUGGUUUAUAACUCAGUGUUAGGAGCUGAUAUGUAAAUAUUCUGGCCUUUGAGCAGACCUAUGCUCCUUGCUUUGUAGCUUAAAAGGUAAAGGGUUCAUUAGGUUCAGUCGUGGCCGACUCUGGGUUGCGGUGCUCAUCUCGCUUUAUUGGCCGAGGGAGCCGGCGUACAGCAUGACUAAGCCGCUUCUGGCGAACCAGAGCAGCGCACAGAAAUGCCGUUUACCUUCCCGCCAGAGCGAUACCUAUUUAUCUACUUGCACUUUGACGUGCUUUCGAACUGCUAGGUUGGCAGGAGCAGGGACCGAGCAACAGGAGCUCUCGUGGGGAUUCGAAACGCCGACCUUCUGAUCGGCAAGUCCUAAGCUCUGUGGUUUAACCCACAGCGCCACGCGCGUCCCUUGCUUUGUAGUUUAAGACUAGCUAAAUUGAGGGAUGGGAAAGACCACCUUCAUGUUCUAUCAGCGUCCAUGGUUCUUGGGUGCCAAAGCCAGAUUUAAAAUUUUAUUUUUUUAAGCUGGUGUCUGGAGUUUUCCACCAUGGGCUAAUUGCAGACCUUAGUUGGCAGAUAAAAACCAUAUGUAAAGUAGUUAUUAUUCAUUUUUUAGAAACUUAGGUUGGAGCAAAAGUAUGUAAGCUUUCAGGCUUUGUAGGUGUUUUGCUAGGUGAAAUGUGAAGGGAGCAACAUUUCUGGCGCAGAUGGAACAGGUUGGCUUAGUGGCUGAAUACAUUUUCGCAAGGAAAAACCUGCUUUCCAAAUAGCCCAGCCCUUGUGAACUUUUAAAGCCUGCGUACAUUUUAACCCGACUUAAGUCACUUGAGUGAAAGAUGGUAGCUGUGGGGUGAGGAACCUGUGGUCUGAGGGCCACAUUCCGUGCUGGGUGGCCUUCCAGGGCCACGUGCAAAAGUGGGCACAGCAACAAAUGUGCGUUUUGCCUUUUUACUACAAGGCUGCUUUUUCUCUCUGUGCUGCAUCCAUCCAAGCAAGCAAGAAGGGGGGGCUGGACUUGGGCCCCCAGGGCUGCAGUCCCGCUUCCCUGAUUUAGAGGGUGCUGCCUUGUAAGUGUUUUGCACGGAUUUGGCCUCUCAGCCAUAACGCCCUAUGAUGGCCUUAGCUCCCCCCCCCUCCGCCAGCAUACCUCACAGGGCUGUUGUGAGGCUGAAACAAGAUUGCCAUAGAAUGGCAGAGUUGGAAGGGACCGUGAGAGUCAAACCCAGGACCCUCAGAUUAAGACUUUUGUGCUCUGCUGACUGAGCUAAUGUAUAUGAAAUGAUAAAACAAACCAAAAAGGGUGGGGGGAGAAACUAAGGUAAAUGGUAGCUUCUAAGGUUGUAAGCUCCUUGGGCAGUGGUGGAGUUGCAUGUACCUUGAAAUAGUCGGGGAACUGGAAAGAGGGAGAGAGUUUAUUUGGAUUUGUAGCGAAAUCUCAGCUCAUUUCCUCCUCCUGUGCUGGAACCUCUUGAUAAUGACGGUGCCUGCAGAUUAUAGAUCUGAUCAUUUGGAACCAAAUAAAACCCUUAGCUUCCUUCAACUUUAUACACCUUUUGAAAGGCUCCAAGAAUUUGGUGGGUCUGUCUCCCCCGUGGCACCUGCCACUUUCUUUUCCCUGCAUAAAGAUCCAUCUCCGGUUUUAACAGGUCGAUAAAUCUCCGCUUCCAAGUCCCACCUCUCAGUUUCAUGCUGCAAGAUAUUUCAAGCCUGAAGAGGGAGGGCCAUUAAAAAUGCAAGGCUCUGAGCCGCUGGGUAGUGAUCCGGGGCUGCAGGAAGGCAAAACUCACCCUUCCCCCCUUUUCUUCCUAAGGUAACACUAAUGUCUCAGUAAAUGAAACUGAUCUGUAGAAAACGUAACUUGAAAAAAAAGACAUUGCACAUACCUUUGUAAACCAAGAAAUCUUUAAUAAAAAUAUUUUUUUUUAAAAAAAAAAGACGUUGGCCGUGUGCUUGAGUAGUGAAAUGGGACUUCAGUGGCCCACCUUCCUUGUUCCCUGAGACCACCUCCUCUUUCCAUGUGUGAGGAUAAGGAAAUAUUUCUUUACAAAGCAGAUUUCAGUUGAGAGUGGCGCUCAGAACUUGUUGGGAAUUUGAUGGCCUUUCACUUUGGAAGAGUCCUGAUCCUGCAACCCAGUUGCUAAGACAGUGGCUGCCAAAGUGACUACUUCUGGCCCUUGGGGGAGGGGGGUGCUGACGGCGUAAAUGGCUAUCAGACUCUGAAAAGCUGGUAUCACCGGAUCACAUCCAUCCGUUUCAUUGUAUUAAUUAGACUAAGUAGUUUUAAUUAGAUUUUCUAGUAAAGGUGUAAUGCAUUGUUGCAGUUUUGAAUUUUAUUGUGUUAUUAUCUUCCUUGAUGGGUCCUGCAGACCACUAUUCUGAAUCAUGCUUCUUAUAGGGCAGGGGAGGGGGCACUUGGGGUGAAUUCAUGGAGCCAAGGGGGGCAGUGGCUGGGGAAAGUGUGGGGCCCCCUGCUCUGAACUCUUAUGUGCAGCAAACCGGCUACUCCUCCCUGGAGUGGAGAGGGAGGAGAGGCAGUGGAGGGGCAUUUCAGAGUUCCCGCUGCUCCUGCUUGCAAGAGAGUCGUGUCAAGUGGCUGAAUGUGCCUUUGCUGUGUGUAAAGGCUGCAGGUGUGGGGGCCAUUAAUGGCUGCCCUGGUCUGCCUGCCUUGCCAGCUGCCCUUACUAAGCCUCCGAGUAAGUGGAGAAGCUAGAUUUUUGCCAUCCACCGUGAAAACAUGCUUAACUUUUUUCUGUACUGAAAAGAAAACACAGCUAAUGUCAUUUUAAGAAUAAUUUAAAAUGUGUUACCCAGUUGCAGCCCAUUUUGCAUCCUUCUCCAGGUUGCAUAUAUGGGUUGGUUUGUUUUUUAUUUGAAAAUAAUGAUAUUGAGCUUAUUACAGCACUUCAGAGUACAGGAUGAUACUUAACAGUCUAAAAUGGAGAAAGGGGGAAAGCGGAGGUCUGAGUAAACAGGGAUUCUUUAUAAGGGGUUCUUUCAGUUGCACCAGAGACUUUCCUGAGUCCUUUGUAUGGUGCAUGAGGCUCUCCCCCUCCCCCCUGUCCUCCUGCCCACACGCAGAGUGCCUUCUUGUUCCUGAACAACCACAGUUGGUCUUUCUCUGUGGCAACUAGUACUUAAGGGGCAUAUCCUGAUGGGGUCAAAAACUCUGCUUUGAUCCCUUGCAAGCCUGUAAAGGAGGAAAGAGCUGGCCUGUUGCUAAUGCCUUGAGAAAAUAUGUGACUCUCUGGACAAGCUGCUAUGCCAAAUAUAAAUGAGAAAUUGCAUUCAGGACUUUCCAGGCAAGCGAAGGAGCGAGAGAGGAAGGACAUUUCUCUCCUUUUUCUCUUGCCUGGUGCAUUCUUUGGAAAAAGCUAAUAUUCCUGCAAGGUAAUUCAAUCAAACAACGAUUCCUGUCUGCAAAUGCGGCAGCGAGGCAGGCUUACAAAAGCCCCUGCUUUUAUUAUCUCCUGCUUGCUCGAGAAUUGCUUUUCUCCCUCGAGUGAGCUGGCUAAAGCUGGCUUUAUUAUGUUAACCUAUUUGUGUGUCAAGAGCUAUUGUGCCGCUCAGUAUCUCUGUUUGUGUUUGCUUGGCACUGCAAAGAAAAGGGCAAGGGAAGGGAGAAGAGGAGGAGAAAUGGCCGGCUGGUCAGUGCCUGGCACUUGGGGGGGGGGGCAGCACCACUUGCUUGCGUCUCCCGUGAUUGCUCAACCCCCAAGGAGGCGUCCGCCAUGAUUAUCAGCCUGCUGCCUAAUAAUGUCUCCUAAAAAGCGCACCUCUUUGAGUUUUUGUAGUGUUUGCGGCAGGGAUGCUAUUUCUACUUUGGUUGUGCAACCUUUGCUCACCUAGUGCCCCUAAAUGUUUUAGCCUGCAGCUAGAGGCUACCAAGGCUGCUGAAGGCUGCACCCCUAUCUGCAUCUAAGUCUCCCUCCUUCCCCCCGGUUUUGUAGUAUCUGACACAGACCAAUGGUCCUUCUAGUUCAGUAUUGCCUACACUGACUGGCAGCAGCUCCCCAGAGUUUCAAAUGGGUCUCUCUUAGAUGCUGGGGAUGGAACCUGGGUCCGUCCUUCUGCAUGCAAGGCAACUGCUCUACCACUGAGUGAGUUAUGCCCUUUCCCAGAUCAUUAGCCCAGCUGGGGAAACCCAGUCAAAUGGAUAGGGUAUAAAUAAAAAAAUUACUAAAUGUAUAAAAUGAAUUGGGUGGUAUAAAAUAUAUGCAGGGGGGAAAAAGAACCAUGGAGGUGGAAGUCUUUUGAUAAGAAAUUAGAGAAUGAAAACGUAAGAUGUGUAUUAUAGGUCUUUGAAGGUGCAUAAAUAAAAAUUCAAAAAACUAAAUACAAUAUUAUUAUUUGCCAAGUCCAUUCGGAGCAGGAGUGUCUUAAGUUCUUGGACAGAGAAGAAUUUCCCCUCCGUCUUCUUGCCUUUGCUGUCCCAAAAUAUUUUUAACUGGAUGUGCCCACCCAGAGACCUCCUGCCCUCAUUUCUUUUGUCAAAAGAGCUCAGGACAGUGAGCGUGAUGCUUUUCUGGUGUAUCCUCACAACAGCCCUCUGGGGUGGGCCAUCCAGUGUUCGAGCAAGUACCUGGCCCAGGAUCUGAGCUGUCCUGUCCAACAUUUAAUCCCUUUGCCACAUGAGCUGGAUGUUACCGUGUUUUUCGCUCUAUAAUGAAGGGGAAAUGUGUGUGUGUCCUAUGGAGCAAAGACGCCAUAGCCCGCGACCCUCUCCCGGCUGGAGAGGUGACGCGCGGCUAUGGCAGGAGCCUCUCCGCUGCGCCUUACCGCUGCUCCCCGACCUGCUCUUUGGGGCUGGUGGUGGGCUUCCCCCCGCCAGCCCCAAAGAGCAGGUCGAAAGGAACCUGAAGCCUGGAGAGCGAGCGGGGUCAGUGCACACCGACCCCUCUCGCUCUCCAGGCUUCCAAGGUAGCCGCCUGAACGCACCUUAAACGGCGCCUUGUUUUAGAGUGGGAAAACAAGAGGGGGAAAGUUCUCCCCCUCUCUGCGCAGCGCCUCCUGGGCAGAGAGGGGGAGAUUUUUUUUUCCUUGUUUUUUUCCUCUAAAACAAAGUGCGUCCUAUUGUCCGGUGCGUCCUAUGGUGCGAAAAAUACGGUAAAUAACUGAACCCCCAAAAUGUAAAAAUCAUGGUGGUUCCUUUCCCCUCAGCUGCUCCUCUGAGGAUUUAAGUAAAAUGAUGCUGUGCUUCAAUAGACCUCCAGUUUGGAGAAAAUGAAGAAAGAUGUUGGGUUGAAAGUACUCCAGGAUGGAGAAAGCUGUUGUUUUGACUGAGAAAUAAUUAAUUAAUUAAUACUUUUUAUUAUUUAUACCCUGCCCAUCUGGCUGGGAUUCCCCAGACACUCUGGGUGACUUACAGCAUAUAUAAAACAUUAAAAUAUCAAGCAUCAACUUCCCAAUACAGGGCUGCCUUCAGGUGUCUUCUAAAAGUUAUGUAUCUUCUUGACAUCUGAAGGGAUGGUGUUCCACCGGCAGGGCGCCACCACCAAGAAGGCCUUUUAAGAAAGCACUUUAAAAAGAAAGUAUGAAGGAGCCGGUGGUCUUUUUGAUUCACAAGUCCCAGGAGUCUGCAGGUAAAGGGUGAAAGUGCAUGCGACAGGUGUAUUGGGGUAGCCCUACCCCCACUGUUAAUAAUUGGGGGGGCGGGUUGCAUUCAGUUGCAUUCAAAUGCCUUUCUUUUGAAAUGAAGCAAAAUGCUGUCACUGAAUUGAUCUUUGCUUGAUCCCAUUGUUAAGUUGGCCCAAGUCCCUUUUCCCCGUGUUGUGGAGGUCAGGGCCCAGUGAGAUUGUGUCUCCUUUUCUUAGAUUCUGGAAUCCUGAGCGGCUGGUCUUUUCUUGCACGGACCUCACCAGUUCUAAAACGGAUUGGGAUCCCCAAGUAUCCUUCAAAAUGGAUUGAGUCAUCCAGACUCAAAGGCGUAACUGAACCCCAUUUACCUUCCUGGGUGUGUCUCCGGACUUUCAGUACUGUGGGGACUUGAAUAAUUUUGAAGGCUCCACCCAGGGUGGGUGCCUGUUGUGACCCUGUCUGAGUGAAUGGCCUCGCCUCCUCCCAAAGCAGGUGGAAAAUCCUGCCUUGUGCCUCCUCACGGGAUGCCAUGGAGCCACUCAGACACUCCCAGCCAGCCACCUUACUGCCCCCAAGGAGACUCAAAAAUGGGGGUGGUGUCAACUCCUCCAUGUGCAGGGAGCCCCCACAACCCAGAAGGGCUACCUUUUCUUUCCAUUUUUCUGAUACACCAAAGCAAGUUAUGAUUUAUUGAUACGCCGUCUUUCUGCCCAGAGGAGACCCCGAGGCGGCUCACAAACAAUGCAAGUGCAGAUAAACACGUAGCAAUAUAAAUGCGGUGAGAAUGAGACAGAAGAGUAACAUUUCCAGAGUAUUAGAGGGCAUUCAUUUUCCUGCCCCAAAGACAGCAGAUUGUCCCCCACAAAAACAUGAAAAGAAAGAGAGAGCCACAGGGAGGACUUAAAGUAGCAGCUCCUCCUUUUAAGGGUCCAAGGAAGGCGCUGGGAGGCAGGUGCAGCAGCCUCUGUCCUUGAGAGCGAGUUACAGGUUUCUACUUUGGAUCUAGUAUGAAAGCUUCCUCCAGCUGCCAGAAGUUUGCAGACGCCUCUGGUUGGGAGGCCAAAUUGGAUUCCCUUUCCUUGUGACAUGGCAUUAAAAGCCAGGGGGGGGGGGGAGAGAUGUUUGUUUAAGCCUGUUAUGGGUCUCUUGGUGACCCUGAGUGCACCCUUCCACCGGGGCACAUGAAAUUCUCUCUUGGCCAGAGGCUGUGGACGCACAUAGAGUUGGGCUGAACGUUACCUCACUUAGCUAAUAAGCUGACGGGGGGAGGGGGGGAGGUUAGGAUGACCUCUUGAAGAUGCACACAGCCGGAUGUGCCCCCCAGGGCUGUGAGCUACUAAAGACGGAAAGGUGUGCAGAUUCCUCGCUCAAGACAGAUCUUUCCUGAAUGGCAGAUGAUGGAUGCUGUCUCUGGUUAAAAGGGGGAAGCCUACAGCCCAAAGGGUGUCUGGCUUCUGUGGGGGAAGGAUGCAGAGCCCCAGGGGCCACUGAACUGCCUGGGGGCCAUUUCUGGAAAAGUUGUUUUGCUCCUUGGUAAGAAGCAGCCAAAUAAUGAGCAUCAGGAGCCCCAGUUUGAAAGUCCUUGGUCCUCAUUGGCUGUUGGAAUUAAGCCAGGGGCACAUUAGCCCAGCUUUUGUCCAUCCUCUUAGCUUGGUGGCUUCCAUUAUUCCCGUUACGGCUCUCCUAGAGGGCUGUGGUGGGACACAUGGGAAGGUUAAAAGGGUGUCUCUGUACAUGUGCUGUUGUCCUGCCCUGAUUCUAGAGCUGUGGUUUUCUUGCUGUUUUGUGCAUUGCAUUGAUUUUGUAGCUGUAAUGGAAAUGCUCCCUUCCUCCUAGAGGUUUUGAGGCCCAGCACUUACUAUUUUAGAAACUGAGCAUCCAGUUAUUGGCCUCCCCCCCCCCCCACCUUGCAGUAAAUGCUGUGGGAGGAUUGCAGCACAAUUCCAUUUCUGUGAGCUGAUGGGGGUCCUUAAAACAACGCCUUGUAAAUACCUGCUCCUCUUUGUCACCUGGAGGCGAUUCUGACUGUCCCCUGGGUGCUCCCCGGCUCCUUUUGCAAGGAGCUAGCUUGGUCUCUGGGGAGCAGAAGUGCCCCCAACUGGGCCUUUUAUUUAACCCUCUUCUUCUGCCGUAUCUUCAAUGGGCAACCAGUCACAGGCCAAACAAGGUGCCUUUGCUUCCCUUUGCGUUUAUUGCAAAUGCAGAACCAGGGCUUGUGGGGUGUCUGGAGGGGGAAACGCAGCUCUGCCCUGGGCCGGAAGCCAUGAAUGCAGCAGCUCAGUCCCAUCCUGUUCCCCCUCCGCCCGCUUCUUUCGUCCUCCCUCCCUCCCUCCAUUUCAGGGUCUCGUGGUGGCUUUUUCCUGGAGAGGCGCACAAACGCAUCUCUUUAUGGCUGGCUGUAAACAAGCUUCCAAUAAAAACAAGUUAAUGACCUGAAACCGACAAGAGCCUGCUGGGGAUUUUUUAUUGCCCUGGAGACUCCUCUUGCCAACGAGGAGACAGAGCAGCAGGGCUCCUCCCACCCCCGCAGAAAGGCCAGGUGAUUUCUGGUGAUCUCUGCAGGGGCCACCUCAAGUGCUUUAACUGAUUCCGACCUUCCUUGGGCAUUUAGUUCAAUAAAAGUUGCAGAAAAGGGCAACUGAGGAGCCGGAGUUACACAGAAGAUGGAGCAAGCGUGUUUUCUCCUGCUCUGGAGGGUGGGACUCAAACCAGUGGCUUCAAGCUACAAGAAAGGAGAUUCCGACUAAGUAUCAGGAGGAAUUUCCUGGCAGUAAGAGCUGUUCGACGAUGGAACGGACUCCGCCUUUGGAAGAAGGUGCUGGACUCUCCUUCCGUGGAGUUUUUUAAACACAGGUUCAUAGAGUAAUAGAAUGGUAGAGUUGGAAGGGAUCCCAAGUGACAGGAGCGAGUGAGCCCGGGUUCUGCUUUUUUUUUUAAUAAUUUUUUUAUUAAAGUUUUAAACAACAAAAAAAGAAAAACAACACACACACAAAACAAUACAAAACUUAACAAUAUAAACACAAAACAAUUAAAAACAAACUCUCUUUUCCAUUUCCAAUUUUAAGUUACUUAUUUUCUGGACUUCCUCAUACCUCCCUCUUUGUAUUCCAAUCCACAUUAUUUGUCCAGCAGUUUCUUUUCCACUUUUUUUAAUCCCAAUCUUUAAUUUAGUAAAAUGUUAAAAUAUAUAACUUCAACUUUUUUAAACCUAAUCCUUGAUCUUAAUAUCAUAUAGCUUUAAAGUUUUCCCUUUUAAAAUCAAAUUUCCAUUUCUUUAAACUUCUUUAAUCUUAAUCUUUAAUCUUAAUCUAUCCUCAACUUUAACCUGUGCAGCUGGAAACCACUUAUUUUCAAUCCAACAUCACUCUAACAUUCCUUAAUUUUGCAGUGUUUCUGAAGAUAGUCUUUGAAUUUCUUCCAGUCUUCCUCCAUCGACUCUUCUCCCUGGUCACGGAUUCUGCCAGUCAUUUCCGCCAAUUCCAUAUAGUCCAUAAGUUUCAUCUGCCAUUCCUCCAGCGUGGGAAGUUCUUGUGUCUUCCAAUACUUUGCGAUGAGUAUUCUUGCUGCUGUUGUUGCAUACAUAAAGAAAGUUCUAUCCUUUUUUAACACCAUUUGGCCCACUAUGCCCAGGAGAAAGGUCUCUGGUUUCUUAGUGAGCCCGGGUUCUGCUUGCCAGUUUCCUACGGGCAGCUGGGACCAGGAUGCUGGGUAGAUGCCCCCCCCCCAGCCUGAUCCAGCGCAGCACAGGGCUCUUCUUGUGUUCUUGAACUUGCCCAAUGUCUCUUGGUGGCAGUUCACUGUCCCAUUGUGUGUAUAUGUUGCUGGGGGUGAAAAUGGGUCUGAUCCAUUCCUACUAGCCCGUAACUGUCUUGUGGACUCAUAGUAUCAUAGAAUGGUAGAGUUGGACUAAAUGAGGGUCAUUUAGUCCAACCCCCUUGCAAUGCAGCCAUGACAGAGGGCCAUCCAGCCUCUGCUUAGAAGCCUCCAAGGAUGGAGUCUGUUCUUCUGUCAAACAGCUUUUACCAUCAGAAAGUUCUUCCUGAUACUUAAUUGGAAUCUCCUUUCUUGCAACUUGAAUCCAUUGGUUUGGGUUCUACUCUCCAGAGCAGAAGAAACAAGCUGGCUCCAUCCUCCAUGCAACAGCCCUUGAAAUAUCUGAAGAUGUCUUUCUCAUGGCGUCAGUCACAGUGAAGUAUGUGAGGAUAAAAACUGUCCAUAAGAUAUCCCUGCCCCUCUGGGUGUUGCCUGGGAAAGGCCUUCCAUCCUUGCGCUGCUCUGCCUUCCAGCUGCUUCUCCUUUUAGAAAAGAAGCCUUUUGUUUCACCUGCCUAACUUCUGUAGGCCAUUUUUUUUAGCAGCAGAAGGAGAAUGCCAUGGGGUGGGGUGGGGUGGGGAGCUGGGAGCAAAGCUGCCUUUGUGGUUGGUAAGCAAGCCCUAAUAGAGCAGUAAAACCUUACACUUCAGGGGCUUCAUCUGUCCCACACAGCCAGGCUCUGUUGCAACUUGCAGGAUACCCAGGACCUGGCAGGACGAGCAAGAAGUGGCCCUCCUACUCAUAUGCCAUAAUUUGCCAGCUGUGUUAGUGCCCUGCUUUAAUCUAUGACCCCAGGCAGGUUAUUGAGUGUGCAGUUAGUCAUUCGAGAGCGACUUUAUGUUUUAGAAGACCAAUUAAACAAAAGCAUGCUUCUAGACCACAUGGGACCAGAGAUUUAGGCAAUUGCAGGUGAAAUAUCAGGUAUCUGAGAAAUGUUGGGAUGGUGUGUGUGUGCUCCAGGCAGCCUUUGCCCUGUUCCACCACUGCAAGAAUAAAAUAGGUGAAGAAAGCAGAAAUAUGCAUUGACAGUUAAUUUUCAUGCAUUCUCUUGGACACGGAAUGUUGAUUAAGAAUCUGGAUCAUUUUAAAUAUUGAGGUCCUGCCGAUGGUAUGCAAAACGGAGAGUUCUGUCCACGGCGGAAGAGUUCCAUCACAAAGAAGGAGCUAUUUCUUCUGCCGCAGGUAUAAAGCCUGCCCCCAGUCCCAGGGUGCAGUGAGUGGAAUAGCCGGGCAACCAGCAAAGCCUCUUGCUGAAUGACGCUAACAAAUCAGUGGCUUAGAAAGAAUUAAAUUUGCAGCGACUGUAGCUAAACUCCAUUCACAUGUUGCGAAUAACAAGUUAACACACUGAGGAGGAGGAGGUGAGAGAGGCCUGUAGCUUUUGAUGCCUGGUGCUCCUGGCUGGAUUGGGUUGAAUGGCCGUGUAUAUCUUACAAAGCAGCUCUUCCCGCAACAAAUGAUAAAUCAGUUUGCCUGUUCAUCAUGACUCAAGGAUCCCCCAUGGAACUGGGGCAGAAAAGCACAGAUUCGGUGGAACUAGUUGUGCGUUUAGGCUGCAGCCUGAUGUUUGUCAUUGCAGGGGGUUGGACUAGAGGACCCUCGGGGGCCCCUUCCAGUUCUGUGAAAUGUGGCUGGAGUCAUCAGCUGGGGGGGGUGGGGUGAGCUGGUUGCUUUGCUGGAUUCUUGCAUGGACCCCUUCCUAACUGUGCCCUUGGCACCCUGAUGGGUGUGCCCCAAGCCCCAGCUCCAGGGGGGCGGGCAGAAGCUGCUGGCUUUCUGCACCUCCAGUUGCCUGGGCAGUUGGGUGCGGGGAGAGAGGGAUAGAGAAGAUUGAGGCUGGGGACCAUUUUUCUAACUCAAUAACUGGCAAGACAAGACGGAGUCUGCAGUCCGGAGAUAUAAUUAGUUUGCAGCCACUGCACUUCCUUGAUUUAGCUUCCUCGAGCUGAACAAGACAAGGCUGCUCGACCCAAUUAGUGGGUACAUCCCAGCAGAUAAGAGGCUGUUUCUCUGGUCCAGAAAUCGGUGGGGGGGGGUAUAAAAGAGUGGGAGAAGAAAGAGAGGAAUUGUUUGGGGGUCUUUAUUCCUCAGAGUUGGAGAGAUCUGUGUGGUUUCCUAUAAACAAGAUAAAAUUUGUUAGCUGAAAAGUUAACAAAUUGUAAAACCAGUAAAACUGCUUCUGACCUCAGGGAGUCACCCCAGACUACUGAGGGCCCUCCUGGCUUGGACUGGAAGGUUUGCUUGCCAUCCUGAAUGGCCAGUUGUUUUGGGGAAACCCCCAGCAAGGAAGCAGGUGAGCCGCCCCUGGUGCCUUGGGUUCAGCAUCCCAGUGCUGCUGCUGGGUCAGACUCCAGCCUGCCUUGUUCACCCUGCUUCCAGCAGUGGAAGCUGAGUUCAGAAGCAGCGCCCUCCUCUCCCUGAGGGUGGGACCCAAACCAAGGGGAAGACAGGGGAACGGAUUCCCUUGGAAAAUGGCAGGUGCUCCUUCAUUGGAGGCUUCCAGGCAGAGGUUGGGUGGCCGUCUUGGCAGGGAUACUUCAGCUGCGAUGUCUGCAAUGCAGGGGGCUGGACUAGAUGACCCUCAGGGUCUUUCAACUCUACGAUUUCUUGUGAUCCCAACCAUCCUGCCUCUGACAGUGGAGCUAGGAGCCAUUGAUGACCCCAUCCUCCAUGAGUUUGUACAAACCCUAUUGAAGGCCCAUGAAGUUGGCAGCCAUUGGUACAUGUUGCCCCUGCGAAUGGAUUUGCUGCCCAAAGAAGCUCUUUUUGCCGUUGGUGCUGGACCUGCCUUUGUCCAUCCUCACAGCACAACCAUACCACGUUUCACACCUCUCUCAAGGGGAAACAUGGUGGCAGUGCAUGACAUUAUGUAGUACAUAGUUAAACUAUGAAACUCCCUCCCACCGGAGGCAGUAGAUGGGUCAGCCCCUGCCGGCCUCCCCCAGCUCUGAACCAGAGUGUCUCUAAAGAUAGCACCUCUUUCUGUAUCAGGGAAGGUCAGUUUCAGGGGACAAAUUUGGCCUGGCCCAGGGAGGGCCACCACCUUGGAUGGCUUUAAAAGAGGAUUGGACAAAUUCAUGGAAGAGGGAGCUAUCGGUGCUACUUGCCACAAGGACUACUAGCCACAACCGUUAGGCUCUGCCUCCAGUAAUGCUUCCACCUAUCAGCUGCUGGAAACCGCAGGAGGGGAGAGGAUUCUGGUGCUCGGGUCCGAAUUUGCAGGUUUUCCACAGGCACCUGGCUAGAUGGGCCACUGGCCGGAACCACCAGGCUCUUCUUUUCUCCUUUUGCUUGGCAUCCCAAAACGUUGCAAUGGUGCCCCGAGCUACAGUCCCCAGGGAUGGGGGCUUAUCAAACCACUCCGGGAGGGGAGCAGGGGUCUCCCUGCAGCUGCCAGCACCCUUUGCAAACAACAGCUCCCAAGGUUCUCUGGACAAAGCCAGGAUUGUCUGACGUGGCAUCAUAGCGCUUUCAACAUAUGUCGUGAGUGGGCUGGGGUUGGCAGGGCGCUGGGACAAGUGGUGCAGCCCUUUCUGUCUGUGUGCAUCCCCUUUGUAAUGUCGUGCGUCAAUUCCAAAAGCGUGAAAUAGAUCCUGAAGCUCCAGUUUUCCUUUGUGGUGGCGGGGGGGGGGCUUAGAUGCACUCAUACCUGUUUUUUGAAUUCUGAUCCCUCCCUACUUUCCUCUCUUGUUUGGAGGCAGUUUUGUGGCUUGGCUCCCUCGCAUGUGUCUCCUCGAUUUGUGCACGCCGUGGGUCCUGUUCUGAAGGCGCUCAGUGGCAGAGCGUGGCACAAGGCCGCAGGUUGAGUCUGCGGUGGCUACCAGUUGAAAGACUCUCCGGGGAUAAUACUGCAUCUGAUGUUGUAGGAAUGGUAUAAGGCAGCUUCCUAUAGUCCAUGGGGGUGGGGGAGACAAUGAAAUGAUAUUGUUUUCCCUCCCCCAGCCAAGAUCUCACUCAACCCCUGGUGAAGUUGAGGCUGGGCAAAUAAAUUAAAGCCGGCAACAGAUCAAAUGGCUGAGAAGACAGAGAUGAUGGAUCGCCAACGCUCCGUGUUUUGGAGAGGAUAUUUAAAAGGGAGUUGCUAGAGCUGCCUGAAGCUCCAUCUGGUCCAGCUUCCUGAAUCCAAAGCAGAUGCCUCCAGGACGUCCACAGGCAGGAUAAGAAAGCAAUAGUAGGUCUCCCCUUUAGCACAACCCAUCAGAUUGGCAUUUGGAGAGGGAGAGAGAAAGUGCCCCAGAACAUGUUUAUUCUGUUCUCGCCUAGUAUGAGCUCCCUGAAUUUGUUUACCCCUUAAAAAAAACCCUACAUUUUUUAAAUUAAAUACAUUUUAUUAGUAUUUUCCACACAACAACAACACGAAAAAUAUCGAAAAACAACUACUUUUUUAGUUUUUCAAAUGUUGGUUUUUGUGUGUUGUGUAUUGUUAAACAACCUACAUUUUAGUGUGCGCUAGAAUCUCCCCGUUGGAUCAGACCAAAAGCACAUCUAGUUCAGCCCGGCUUCCCAACAUGACAAACUAGAUGGCCUUUGGGGAGGGCCCACAAGCAGGAAAUGAGGACAGUAGCCCUUUCCUGCUGUGAUUCUCCAGCAAGCUAGACUUUGGUAAGGGACAUUCACUGGCCAGAGUGCUGCUGCUUCUUUAUUUAUUAUUAUUAUUAUUAUUAUUAUUAUUAUUAUUAUUAUUAUAUUGUUGAGCUGUGAGGGUGGACAUGGAUAGUCAAAGAAGGGGUUUGAUCUCUGUUAAAGCUGUCUCAGUCGGUUUCCCACACCAUAUCUUGUGGCAGGGAGUCAUGCCUUAGAUCUGGUGUUUUGCCUCUGUGAACGUUGGUAUUCCGACACUAAGUUCCAGUGGAACAAAAGAAGUGCCAUGGUCAAAUCACUUCUUGGUGCAACUGGACUUCUCUGCAACCCUUCCCCUCUGCAGGGAGGUGGGACUGAUUUGGGUGGUCCACCCCCACCACUUAAUGGAUCCAAAUGGUUUACAGAGAGUGGUAGGGGAUGUCUUAUCCUAUGUUGAUGGCCUCUCAGCUGAUUCCCUGGUGGUCCGCUGGAAUGCGGAGUUAACCUGGCUCUGAAGUGCCCUCUCCGAUUGCAUGGAGCUCAGGUGGCCCCAUGGUUUUCCCUGGGGCUGAGGGUGUUGAAAUAGCUAGAACAUCAGUGGCCAAAAAACUCAUUCCAAAUUGGGCUAAACAUGGGUUAGAGCUCAACAUUGAGCCGACCAAGUGGUGAUGGCGAAGAUGUUCUUCGCCGCCUCUAUUGCAUCUGCAGAAAACAGUUGCAGGAGACUCUUUCAGGUGAUGCGUAGGGUGAUAGAAACACCUUUGCCAUCGGGGUCCAAUAAGAACUCCAAGAUCUCCUGCAACAAGUUUUUUGCGGGUAAAGUGACUCGAAUUUGGAGGGAGAUAGACUCCACCAUGAGAGCAGGGCCAGGCAGGAGAUUCCCAGAGCUCUGUCUAGUCACGUUGUAUAGGGUCAGUUUCAACCUGUUACCUUUGAGGAUGUGGACAGGCUGCCUGGCCUAGUGAAACAGACCCUCUGUCUUCUUGACCCUUGCCCACUCUGGCUCAUAAAAGCCAAGCCUCUUGCUGGAUCCUAGCCAGGAUGGCUCUGCCUGCCUCCCCAGUCAAGGCACCAGUGCUGGAAGGGGGGGGGGACGACGACGCUUGUGCUCAGGUCCUGCUUGCGGGCUUCUCAGUUGGGAUUGGGGCACCUGGCUGGCCACUGGAAGAAGAGGAUCCUAGAUUAGACGGGCCGUUGGCCCGAUCCAGCAGCCUCUUCUUAUGCCAUUAUGAGCGGAGCUGGCUGGCUGCCAACCUGACAGCGUUUCAGCUCCCACUUAAAAUCUCUGAUCGAUGGUCAAUUGAUCCUUCUCUGAAAAUCAGAGCCACUCAAGGCAACACGAGGGUGCUACGUGAAAAUGUGUCUUUAGUUUUCUUUCUUUCUGGACUCUUUCCUCUUUCCCCUCCUGGCUGAACAUAUAUCCACCUCCUGCCUCAUCCCCCCCCCUUACAAUGUCCGUUGUUGCUGCUUUUAGAGAGGCACUGACCCUCGUCCUGUUCCUGCUCCAAAAUUUGUUACUGCAAUAAAGCCAAGAGGUUGUUAAAGGAUGUCAGGGAUAUAAACUGCGUACUAAAAGUUCCCUGUCGAAGCUUUAGAUUGUACGAAAUCUUGGUUUAAUUGCCUCUUUGCUGGAUUUAUGCAGCUUAUUCAGUAACUCUUUAUUUUGUGUGUGUUCCAUUUUUCUUCCUCCCACUCUUCUGUCCUUUACUCUUCAGGUGUAGUUGGAAUCAGCUUUGCACUCAAAACAUCAGCUGCUCCCAGAGAAGACGAAUCUCUCUCUCUCUCUCUCUCUCUCUCUCUCUCUCUCUCACACACACACACACACACACACACACCAGCUCAAACCAACAUGGGCCAGGAGUCCAAGGGAACGUAGAAAAUUAGGCUGUCAGCUGCCGACUUCUGCUACCUAAGAACCUCCCGCUUUUUUGUUUGCCAUUUUACUUAUCAAAAAAGGCCAAGUCUCUAGUCCUCCUGACUGUGAAGGCGUGCUUGGAAAGUGCCUGUGUGCAGUGCUCUCUGGGGUUUCAGGAGCCUGGGCUGGGGGAGAGAUGCCUUUUCCUGCAAGUCUUUGGCACUUCUUUCCGGUGGCAAGAUCUGUUGCUUGUAAGAUGGGGGGGGGGUCUUGUUCCUGCUGGUUUUGUUCCCUUCCCACAAGCAGUGGGAGUCUCUGCCUGGUUUCUUGGCAGAAAACUCACUGGGUUGGCUGGCACCCUUUUCUUGGCUCUCCCAGUUUUUUCCUCUGGCAGCCGUCACAAGAGCAUAUGCCACCUCCCUCCCUUUCUCUUCCUCUUCCUCUUCCCUAAGUAGGUAGCAGGGAAAAGGGGUGUUCUUUGAAGUUUGAGACCUGGAUCAUGCAGCCCUACUGCUGUGUGUGGGUGUGGCGGUCUGGGGGCCACCUUAUCAGGCCCCCAGGACUCUUCCCACCCACCCCGCCCCCCGCACCAGCCCUGUUCUGUGCCUCCAUGGAGUAUUUUUGCCUGCUGGGAGGUGUCCUUGGGCAGCAGUGAUGCCCUUGGAGGAUGGAGAGGUGCGGGGGGGGUGGGAUGCUCAAGCCUCUGACUUUUUAUGUAACUGGAAUGUAGCUUUCUGGAGUGAAGUCUUUGCAAAAGGAAGGGGCACAUUUAGUGCCCUGGUGCCACCCGUGCCACAUGGCUGCUGGAAAUGUGGCCCUUCAGACGGAAAGGGCUUUCUGUCCCUCUUUUAAUGCAACAGGGAGACAAGUCAUUGGUUCUUCGGUGAAUGACUCUUCUAUUGCUUGAGAGCCAGUGGCACAGUGGUCAGUGUCAGACUAGGACCUGGGAGACCAGGGUUCAAAUCCCCACUUGGUGUGAGGCUGGCAGGCUGGGUGUCACGGCCCUCAGAGGGCUGUUGGGGGGUUCAGAUGAGGAGGGGGAGGAGAACGCUGCCUCCUGCCUUGAGCUCCUUGGAGGAAAAGUGGGAGAUACAUGCAAUGAGAAAGCAAGAUGCCGUCCCAGACAGCCCCCUCAAUUAUGUGUGCUAAUUGUGAAACAGAGGUAGACUAUAAAUAUCAGUAUAACUUUUUUAAAAAAAUUGGGGGCAUGGGUGAGGUCCACGCUGCCCAAAUUCUCUGGGUUUGCAAAAAAAAAAAAAAAAAAAGGAACAGAAAGGGCCUCUGUCCAGCAGGAGGUGGACUCAGUGCAGCUGAUUUACCUUCUCUCUCUCUCUCUCUCUCUCUGUCUGUCUCUCUCUGUGUGUGUGUGCAUGCGUGUAAAUAUGUAAAAUGCGCACCCCCCUUGCACAUGCAUGCACCCCCCACCCCCGGUGGAGGGGGCCCCUGCUCCCCACCACAGGCCUGCCCGCUUGCUUGCCCGCCCAGCUGUUCCUGUGUUAUUAAUGCACGACGCUGAUCAUGGGCUCCCGUUGUAAUCAUUAAAACUAUUAGAAGGGAAAUGUUCGCUUGAAGCUAAUGUCAGCCUCUCUCUGUUCUGCUUUGCAAACGCUCACAAUUAAUGCCAAUCAGGAGCCAGGAAGGAGCCAACUUGAAAUCGCGUCUGUUUGAUCUCAUUUGUCAGCUGUUGCCGUUCUGUGUUGUACAUUUUCAUACAAUUGCUAUAAACAUAGAAGGGGAGCUGGGGGGGGAGUGCCUCAUUCUCUCUCUUCUCCACCCCCCUUCCAAGUGAGCAUUCACCAUUGUUCUGUAUGUUCAUUUUAAUCAUUUUGUAUUUCUCUGCCUGUCAUCUGGUCCUCGCAGGCAGCCUCGAGUGGGGAGAAGAAAGUGGGCCUUUGUAAAACAAAUACAUAGAUCUUGAUAGAUGCCUCAUUUUCUGAUCCGGUGGCUGUGCGAGAUUAUCUGCAGCUAAAUAGGAAAGGCCUUUUUAAAUUCCUCUUUUCCGCAACGAGCCGCUCGCUUUGCUCUGAAUGUAGCAGAUGUUUUACUAAGGCUUGUGGGGGGGUUGGGGGCUCAGUCUGCAUCUUUUUUCUUUUAAUGUUUAAAGGAAGUUGUUUAUGUGUGAGGAGAGAAGUGCAAAAUCAGAGAUGGUUUGACGGGGUUUGCAGCACUGCUCUGUUAACCUAAAAAUAAUAAUAAAUUGCAUGAGGUAAGCAAAAGGAAAAGUGGACUUUUUAAAUUAUUUGGUUGAUUGGACCUGCUUAAGCGUUGGGUCAGUGCAGCCGCCACACAGGUGAAGGAAGGGGCUUCUCAGGAGGCACCUGGCUAGCCCUGCCCCCACGACCCACCUUCACUAACCUGGGGCCUCCAGGUGUUUGGGGCACAGCUGGCAUCAGCCCAGGGUGCUGAGGCUAAUGGGGGGUGGAGCCCAGGAUACCUGGAGGGCAGGAUACUGGCAGAUCUCAGGGUGGUUUACAGGUGAUCAUCAAGGAUCUCUAAAUCCCCACCAUACCAUAUAAAAGUAGAAGGGGCAAAAAUCCCACCCCCCUUUCCAAAUUACACUGCUGAAGAAGAGGAGGAGGAGUUUGGAUUUGAUACCCCUCUAUAUCACUACCCGAAGGAGUCUCAAAGCGGCUAACAUUCUCCUUUCCCUUCCUCCCCCACAACAAACACUCUGUGAGGUGAGUGGGGCUGAGAGACUUCAGAGAAGUGUGAUGAGCCCAGGGUCACCCAGCAGCUGCAUGUGGAGGAGCGGAGACGCGAACCCGGUUCCCCAGAUUACGAGUCCACUGCUCUUAACCACUACACCACACUGGCUAUCCUGUGUGUUCUGUUUUCCUACAGCAACCCUCAGUCCCUCUUCAUAGCCAGCCCCAUGGGAUUUGGACACAGGCUGCCCCUCCCUUUAUCUAGAAGGGGCUCAUAGACUAAGGUUACCAGAUUUUUAUCAAUUAAUCCGGGGACACUUUUCAACUUCAAUGGAUUUUGUACUGGGGGACUGAUUUGUAAAUCUGGGGACUAUCCCUGGGAAACGGGGAUGUCUGGUCGCCUUAUCAUAGACCCCUCCCCACCUCCCAGAUUGACCCGUUUCAGCACCAGCCUGCCAGCUUGGCAGCCAGCGAAAGUGGCUUGAUCUGACCAAAGAAUUGUCAAACUUCACAGUCCUAACAAAAGCACCGUAAAAUUUAAGCUCACUUCAUUCUAGCAAUUUUGAUUGGUCUUUUUUUAAAAAAAGUGAGGAAAUAUGUUAAAGGGACACCAAAAAUAGAUUCUCUCAAGCAGUACUGAUAUAUCGCUCAGGGCCGGUAUGAGGAGCAGACGGUGAUGUCAGCUUCGCUCAGCGGUAUAUCUCUGGGUGAAAGCGCCAUCCCACUCAGCCCUCAUAUGGCAGCGGAGAGGGAGAAGCCGGCUGUCUUGGCGAGGGGCUCAGGCACUCUGUCCCUCCCUCUGCAUCCACUGAGCAGUUAAGGGAGCCCCGCGCCCUGCCCACGAGCAGCAGGAGCAGGCUGGGGCUGUCCCUUCCCGCUCUCCAGCUGAGCUGCGCAAACAAGCCAGUGAGCGCCUGGGUGAAACCGCCUCAGUUCCCCAGGUGAGAGCCGGGCAGUUUCACCUGGUGUCUCACAGGCAGAGGCCAAUGCAGCUUGUUUUUACAACAUCGCAGUAUAUAUGUUUGGCUGGCGAUACACCACAAUGUUGAAAAGCUGAUAUUGCCCAACCCUAAUAGGUGAGCGGAAGGUAGAUCAGGACUUUCAGUAGAUCACUAAGGAUUUCUGAAUCCUGGUUUGUUUGCAAUAGUCGUCGGUGGGCCUCAGGGAUCUAGAGUAAGGGAAGAAAACCCAGGUCCCUCAAGGGGUCUUGAAGUGCACCCCCUCACCCCCUCAGCUUGAUUGCCGUUGGAAGCUGUUGGCCGUGAGCUGUUGUGUGAAUGAUCAGGUUAUAUUGUCUGCUCUGCAUCUGCUGCCUUCAGAUUUCCAUUGGGUGACCCCUGAGUUCUAGUAUUGUGAGAGACGGGGUGGGGGGAAUUCCCCUUUCUUUUUUUUCUGCAAACUGAUAUUCUAACCUCCUUGCAGUCCUCCCGCCCCCGGCUCCUCUUUCUAACCUGGCAAACACACAAGUCCAAAGUGCCAAAUGACUGCAGUGGUUGCCUUGGACGAUGACUUUAUGUUGGUGUCCGGUGAACCUGUCCUACAAGUUCAUUUCUUGGCAUCUUUUGGUCUUUCUUUUGCAGCAAGUAAUGAUUUAAUGUUUGAAUAUUUCCCGACAGAAACGAACCACACCAAGCUUGCAAGUAGGGUUCCCAUUUCGAGUCCAAACAAAGAGUUCAACAUGGCUCUCUCUGUUCCAGUGUUUUUUAAUAUUUCAUUGUUCCUGGCAAAAGUUAUAAUUUUAUUUGCUCCAGAAAACCCUACAGCAACCUCCUAAACCUGUCUCUUCUCUCUUCUCUCUCUCUCUCUCGCUCUCUUUCUCCCCCCCCCCCCCACCCAGCUGAACUGUCUCAUUUAAAGAAUUGCAUCCAUUGUAGAAGGGUUAGGGGUCUGGCUGUCUUAGAGCUUUGUGUUGCAAAACAGUGUUGGGGGUGAUGGACGUCCCAUCAAACCGUAACCCGAUUAGGCAGGGGAGGGCCACAGCAGAGGUUGGGAGCCAAUGGUGCUUGAGGACAUUCUUCCCCAGGAGCCCCUGAAUGGAAAUCCCAUCUGUCGACUGGUAAAGCCUUUCUCUGCUCCUGCUGUGUGCCUCUGAUAAUGGGGGCCGCCUUCAAAGGAGCCCCCCUCCUCCCAAGCAAGAGUUGGAUGCUUCCUGAAGGCCCGUCCCAGGAGGGGAGAGAACGAGUGGUGGGUGCGCUGCAGAGACCCUAUUGUGUGCGUUUGCCCUGCACGAGGGAGAUGGGGCGAGUCCCAGACGCCCCAGACAGUGGGAGUGAGUGAAAAAUGGCCCUUCCAUUCAGCCACGACAGCUCCUUUUUGCAGGUGGCUCCGGGGGCGAAAGGUCAGGAAGUCGGGCUGCUGGCACAAAGGCGAGGCAAGGAAGCCGAGCAUGAAGGCGACGGGAAGAGAUGCAGCCAGUGGGAAGGAGGGCCAGGAGGAACCGCACUGGUUUCCAGGCAGACGGGAUACGAGGUGCCCUCUCCACUUGCAUGGAGUUUCACCCCCUGCCACUGAACUGUGCGCCCGCCAGGAAUGCCCCUUCGUGCAUCAUGGCCGCAUGAGCCACAUUCCUGAGAAUCAGAAGCGGAGCUCACUGCCCCGGGCAGCCUCUGAGAAUGCUGGACCAGAUUGGCCUGUGGUUCCCCCCCUCCCUCCAGUUCCCUGCUGAAAGUGAAUAAUGAUGACGAGACCGGUGCAGUUCACCAGGAAGGGUACUUCACAACCGGGGAGCCACCACUGAAAAGGCCCUGUCACAGGCCAGCACCAACCAGGCAGCCCCUGGUGGUGCCACACAAGGAUUUUAGGUAGCAAGGCUGGGCAGGACUCUUCUCUGCCUGAGAUUGUUGAAAGUUGCUGUCCGUCAGAGUAAGUACUAGGUGAAAUGGGCCACUGGUCUGACCUGAUUAUCAGGCAGCUGCCCAUCUUGCCCCAGGCAAGGGACUGAGGCUGAAAUUGCGCACUGUGGCACACAACAGGCUUCUGCUGCAGCACAGAGGUGCAGACUUCCAAGGCGCCCGUCUCUGUCGCAGGAGGUCAGGACACGUCCUCCGCUAUGACCUGAUCCAGGGGUCAGCAAACCUUUUCAGCAGGGGGCCAGUUCACUGUCCCUCAGACCUUGUGGAGGGCCGGACUAUAUUUUUUUGGGGGGGUGAACGAAUUCCUAUGCCCCACAAAUAAUCCAGAGGUGCAUUUUAAAUAAAAGGGCAUGUUCUACUCAUGUAAAAGCAUGCUGGUUCCCAGACCAUCCACGGGCUGGAUUGAGAAGGCGACUGGGCCGCAUCCGGUCCCCGGGCCUUAGGUUGCCUACCCAUGAGAUCAGUGCAUCGCUCAGCCCUUUCAGCUGUUCUCCAGACGUUCCAACCAGGUACUCCAAUACAGCUCCCACCAGUUUGUGCUGCCUGGGACUAAGAAGCAUUGUCGUGCAGAACACCUGGAGGGCACCAGGUCGGCAAAGCUUGCCGUCAUUUCCUCCUGUCCCUUGCAGGAGUUCUCAGUAGGGGGAUUUGCCUCCUUUUUUCUUCCAGAAGUGGCUGGAUGCAAAUGACCUUUUUAUUUGUCUGAAGUAGAUCUUGGGUCUCUUUGCUAGAAAUUGCCCUGAUUAGAUUAUAUAUAGUGCUAAUUCUGCUUUUCUUAAUUAAAAAAAAAAUCAAGAGUGCCUCAGAAAGUGACUGUGCCCAAUCAAUAGGCUGCUGACAGUGGCAUAAUUUGUAAUUCCAUUUGUAAUUUUCCAUCAGACAUCUGUCUCGGUUCCUUGUGAGUCAACAUAGAUCUGUGCAACUUUACCCAGCUGGCUCUGUUCCAGCAGUGUGGGGUGACUUCCCCCCCUGUAGCUUAGAUGGAUCUCUGGCGUCUGUCGCCAUCGGGGUGAACACACUUUCCCCUGGUCCCAAAUGCUGAUUUAUAACCAGAAUGGUAUGCACUAUGUGCCUUAGAAAAGCCCACACCCAGCCCUGGAGGACCCACAGUCUUUAUCCCCAUAAAGAACAGAAUUCUGCAAUCUUGCAGAUCACUGAACUUGACAUGAUGUUGAGCUUCGGGCAGUGAAGCCUUUGGCUCUGAUUGGUUGAGCUUCUGUGACCCUACAGAACAGAGCCUGGGAGCUGGGGUGGGGGCAGACUUCAGACUUGCAGGGUCUACUCAAUGUUGCCCCCUCCCCAACUGGAAGAUCCAUUAAUUGGAGCCUGAUCCAAAAGGCAAAACUUGGAAUAAAAGUAUUCUGAGCUCAGGAAAUUGUUUUUGAGUACCAGAACUGAACCUAGUACAUAGUACUUUGUUAUCCACAGCUUUCUAUAUUUCAGUGUGGUGUAGUGGUUAAGAGCGGUGGACUCAUAAUCUGGUGAACCGGGUUCGCGUCUCCGCUCCUCCACCUGCAGCUGCUGGGUGACCUUGGGCCAGUCACACUUCUCUGAAGUCUCUCAGCCCCACUCACCUCACAGAGUGUUUGUUGUGGGGGAGGAAGGGAAAGGAGAAUGUCAGCCGCUUUGAGACUCCUUCAGGUAGUGACGAAGCAGGAUAUCAAAUCCAAACUCUUCUUAGCCAGCAUGGUGUAGUGGUUAAGAGCAGUGGACUCGUAAUCUGGGGAACCGGGUUCGCGUCUCCGCUCCUCCACCUGCAGCUGCUGGGUGACCCUGGGCUCGUCACACUUCUUUGAAGUCUCUCAGCGCCACUCACCUCACAGAGUGUUUGUUGUGGGGGAGGAAGGGAAAGGAGAAUGUUAGCCGCUUUGAGACUCCUUCGGGUAGUGAUAUAGAGGGGUAUCAAAUCCAAACUCCUCCUCCUCUUCUUCAGCAGUGUAAUUUGGAAAGGGGGGUGGGAUUUUUGCCCCUUCUACUUUUAUAUGGUAUGGUGGGGAUUUAGAGAUCCUUGAUGAUCACCUGUAAACCACCCUGAGAUCUGCCAGUAGAUCCCAGUCCACCUUCUCUCUCUCUCCCCCCCCCCCCGUUGCAGAUUGACGUACAGUGUAUUUAUUUGUCUCUGUGCAGAUUGCAUUCUGUGGACAUCAUUCACUUCCUGGGGCUCCCACGGGAGAAGGGCAGCAUAUAAAAACAAGCUGUAUUUGAAAAUAGUAAAACAGCCAAAUUUAAAACACUUGGACAAGCAGAUAUGUUUUGACCAGGGUUGAAACCAUUGUAAAAUCCGGUUCCUGCCACGCUUGGCCGACAAAGAGCCUCUUUGGAAGAUGGUCGGGUGUAGAACAGGGGUUGUCAACCUGGUCCUUGCUGCCCACUAGUGGGCGUCUCAGGAUUCUAGGUGGGUGGUAGGGGGCUCUACGGGACAAGCGCUGGUGGGCGGUAAGGAAAUUUGACCAUCAAGAAAGAUGCAUUGGUGGGCGGCAGGCAUAAAAAGGUUGACUACCCCUGAUGUAGAAGAACAUGAGCAGAGCCUGCCGGAUCAGGCCAGUGGCAUCCGGUGCCCAUGAGUCCACCAUGAGAUGCUUGUGGGGAACCAGUAAGCAGGACCUGAGUGUGAGAGCCAGUCUCCCCUCCUGCAGUCUCCAGCAGCUGACAUUCGGAAGCAUCUGUGCCUCUGACUGUGGAGGCAGAGCACAGCCAUCCAGGCUAGAAGCCGUCCAUCGCCAUCGCCUCCUCAUUCCUCUUUUGCAGCGAGUCUCAUAGUCACACCUGGGUCCCAAGCGCUUCGGGGUUCUUCUGCCUGCUUUUUCUUUUUUUGAAGCAAACCAUCGCUAGUUUUCCCAUUCAAAGUGUGAUUUGCCCAUGUGGACAAAACGGGCAAAUGGCAGUGGGUUCAUUCAGACGCAGGAAACACUGAGCUUUCCUGAUCAUAACGCCAGCACUUCUUCUUCCCCGUUUUCUACCUCUUGUGUGAUGGAACUGUGACUUUUUGAGCGAUGUGCUGGAAUGUGACAAUAAAUACCUUUCCCCCCAGUGGGUGUGAUGUGGCACAACAACAACCCCCCUGCCUUCCACACAGGCAUGCUUUUGUUGCAGAGAGAGCCCCCCAAGGGGUGCAUCUUCCAGGUUAAAGAGACUUUAAGUGGAUCUUUGCUGGAAUCAAACAACAUGGAUGUGAGCACUAAACGUGGCCACUAGUUUUCCAGAAUGGCUUUUAUGUUAGGUGAAAACUCAAGUAUUGUGCGGAAAUUAACAGUCAGGGGAAACAUCAGGGGAAUGGAGCAAACUGCUGUGUGAGUUCAGCCUUGGCUUUGCUUCAAGCUAGACGCAACAGGAUUCUUCAACUGAGAUGCCUCCAUUUCCAGGGGUUGGGCUAGAUGACCCUUGGAGUCCUUUUCAACUCUACAAUUCUACAAAGAGAGAGUUGUUGCACACAGUAAACCAGAGCGCAUUAGCUCAUGCAUGUGGAAACUGAAGGCUUCUUAAGGUUUGUUCUUGCUGCUCCAAGCUCUGGUUUGCAUUUUGGCUGCCCUGGGCCAGUCAGUUGGGUAGGUCAUAAUUCAGUUUUUAGGGGGUAAGUGCAGAGUACCAGCUUGCUGGCAUUCGUGUUGAAUUUAUGUUUUACUUUAAACCAGGUUUAAAGGGGCAUUUAGUAUAUUUGAAAAAUGAAAAUAAAGCAUGCUUGAAGUGGGAUUUUUAUCUGUUCUCUGGCAGGCUGCAGGAUGAGGCCAGUGGGUGUUGUUUACCUUGCUUGGGUCACAUCCUGCACAGGCCAGCUGCAGCUUCCUUCAGCUUUUGUGCCUCUGCUGCUUUAGACUUUCCUUUGCUGAUAAAGAUCAGGUUUGAAUGGGAGGCCUGCCUGGGCUAAAUGUAUGCAAACUAAAUCAAUUUGCAGAUAAUAAUUUACUUUGCUUCGUUUUACUCUUUAGAGACUUUCGGGGGUUUUUUAAACUGUGGUUUUUCCCCUUUACUUUUGCUGGGGGAUGGAGGGGAAAGUGUGCUCUGUGGUUGGAAGAGAUAAGAGCGGUUGGGAGCCAAAAGUACAUGGAGGGAUUAGCUUGGCUGUCUUUGUUCCAUGUUCAUAUGGGCAGAUUCAGAAUCUUGAGUGCCUACGAUUGUGUUGUGGGUACGCACACCAGAAGCUUCUGUUGCUGCUCAUGUGGCUUUCUCGCAAACCCCACCAGCCCCACACUCCCCUUGCCAACCCACAGCCUUCCCUUUACACCUCACCCAGACCCCCUAGCCUCACAGCUCCUCUGUGCCCCUCCAUCCCUGCUUUAGUCAAAGCUGCCUUCUCCUCAUGCAAAUCCAGGACUGUGACGCUGGGAUGAGGCAGAUCAGUUCCUCCAACGGGGACUGCAUGUUGACUGCCUUACAGACAGAUAGGUGGAUAGAUAAUUAGAAAACGAAACGUUGCUGGCUCUCCAGAAUGCAAAGUGAAAUCCUAGAAGUGGGGGGGGGGGGCCUAAGCAGUUCUCUCUUCAGAGUAUGUCUUUUGGGCUUUGCACCUCACCGUUCACCUCCUUCCCCUCCUUGGAGGAGCAGAUGCAGCCAUGCAGAAUUAGCAGAUCUGCGCAGGUGACAUGAUUUACUCAGCUUGCAGAAUCCUAGAAACCAGAGCUUGGCAGAGAAUGUUAGAUACUUCCUCACACAAAUAAAGAUGCAGCCUUGACGAUAGCUGGGAUAGCCUUCUGGAAGAGGAUAUGCAGCUGGUUAGAUAUGCUGCAGGGCUUCAAAAUGAGAACUCUUGGUUUCAUGAACUCUCCAGACCACACAUUUUUCUCAAGUUUUCCCCAUAAUCCAUGAGAACUAGGAACUUCCUUUAAGAGAGACUGAGAAAUUACCGUAAGGUCGAAUUCCAUGCCUUGCUUGGGGAAAAUGCUGGUGUAAGGAAUCUACAGCUGCCGGCCUUGGGUGCCAGCCCCUUCCCACUCUCGCCCUGCGACGUCUCCAGUCCAAAGCCUGGUCUUCCUUCAUUUUGCCAGCCAAUUAUGUGCCUUUGCUUUGCCUUCUGAUCCUCUUGUGUGGCUUUUCUUCUUAAUCUUGAAAUGUAAAGAUUCAGACGUAACAUCUACCACUCUCUCCUAUAUAAAUAAAGGCAUAGGGGCUCAUACUUGCAGAGCAAUCUUAGGCAUGUCUACUCGGAAGUAAGUCCCAUUGAGGUCCCUAGGACAAGCACAUGGGAUGGCAGCUUUUAAUGCCUUUGCAGAUCCACUUUGUCCCUCUCUCCCUCCCUCUCUCUCACUUGUCAUGGGCUGAGCUUUACAAUAGUCACAGCCCACCUUCGGCAGAGAAGAGCUCCUGAGGCAGCAUUUUUAAUGCAAAUGAGGCAGAAGAAGGGAGUUACUGGCCGUAUUAUGAAAAUCCACUAUUGGAGCAGGAAGGAUUUGGGGAGACCUCCCGUAUUGUAUACAUGAAGGAAAGUCGGGACCAUAGAAUGGUAGAGUUGAAAGGGACACCCAGGAGUCAUCUAGUCCAACCCCAUGCAAUGCAGGAAUCACUGGCAGAUGGCCCCCCAAACUCUGCUUAAAAACCUCCUAGGAAGAUGAUGGGAGCUGGUCUCCCUCCCAGUAGCAGAUGGAGGGCUGCCCCACAGUUGUAGCUGGGGCACAGGGGAGGAAAACUCAAGGAACAUCCAUUUUGGCAGGGUAGGGGUUGAGUGAUUCCCCCUGCUGCCGCCGCCCAAUGUUGUUGUGAAGGAGACAACCGAGCUUCUUUAAAUUAACAGACUUAGCGGAGGGGGGAGAGGACGCCCCCGCCCCCCGUAUUAUCUGUGGAGAAGCCCCCUCUUUUAAUCAGCAGUGUCUGUGUCUCUUUAAGAUCACCAGGCUUUUAAAGAUCACACAAGGGGUUAGAGGAAAAUUACCCUUGACUCUUAACAUGCUAAUAUAAUCUUGAACCACAUCUUCAGAACGGCAGCUAAAAUUGCUUUUUAGAUUAACAUUUAAUUAUUAACAGCGCUCUCUCUCUCUCUCUCUCUCUCUCUCUCUCUCUCUGAGCUAGCAUGCUGCUCCCCCCCCCCUUGCCAAAUAUAUUAGGCGGGUCUGAUGGAGACAUUUUCAAGUGAAGAUGGGGGGGGGAGGGUGGCAGGGAGGAAGGUCAGCCAUGCCUCCCACAGGCCCCCGCGUGCUUUAUUGCAAGCCGUUGGCAAGGUGCUAGUGAACUUUCCCUUUUGGGUUUUUUAUUUUAUAUUUCCCAUAAUUUACAGAGGGGUGACCUUUCCCCAGAUUAACCCAUUCCACCACCCAAACUGUCAGCUUUGCUAAUUGAGUCGCCACUCAUUUUCCUUUUCAAGGUUGAGCAUAAAUUACACCGCAGUUUCCAGCGUAGCAACCUGGGGGGAGGGACACACACACAAACACGCACAGUAAUUCAGCAGUGACUAGCCUUGGAACAUGUGAGGAAGGAACAGAGGGUCCUUCUGAACAUGUGCAGAGUGCAUUGCUAUCCUUUCCCAGUGUUGCAGCUUGGAGUGGGCUCGGGUGGAGUUGCCCCAUGUGGUCUUGAAUCCUCGAGCCUCUUGGGACGUUGUUGGGGUUUUUGAAGAGGACGUGAGGAGCUGAACAGUUGGUGCCCUUAGGAUCAUCAAAAUGUAGAGCUGUAAGGGACCCCAGCGGUCAUCUAAUCCAACACCCUGCUUAGGAAGGCCAGAACAGCCUGGCUUAGGAAAGUUGUUACAGGUUGGGUUUAAGAAUUGGGUGAGGAUCCUCCAAACUACUUUUUUGUGCUGGCAUUUGUUUCCUUGCAAAUGGCUCUUGAGCAGUUUUCCUGAUCAAGCCAAAAAGAACAUUUUGAGAAGACAGGGCAGAUCCCUAGAAUUUGGGUCAUGUCGAGUUUGGUGAGUUGCUGAGCCUGCCAGAUGGGAUUCCACCGAAUGUGAAGCUUUAACACUUGGCUGAUGGUAAAAGCUAGAUCUGUUGAGGCUUAAAACAGACCAGAACUAUUUUCUGUGUUGAGGUUUUACCCUCCAAAUGACAUCCUCACAAGAACCCUGCUGGGUAGGAUAAGCUCUGAGGGGGGGGGGGGCUGUCCCCCAGCAAGCUCCGUGGUGGAGCGGAGAUUUGAACCCAGGAGUUCCCUGCCCUACUCCAGAUUGCGACACCACACUGGCUCUUGUCUGGGGUCCAGAUUCAGCCCUUGACCGUUCAGCUUACCAGGUGACGUGGAGCCAGUCUACCUCACAGGGUUGCUGGGGACUAACAUGAACUUGUGAAAUAACCAUUGUGGGAAAUAGUAUUAAUGUUCCUGGCUGCUAUAUGUAAUGACCUGUCUGUGCACCAACACUGUGCUAGUGCUGUACAGACAAGGGAACUUUGGGUCCAGGUCAGGGGAGGUAAUAGUCCUUCUCUCUUCUGCCUCGGUCAGAGCCCUCCUGGAUUCCUGUGUCCACUUCUGGGCUCCCCACUUGGAAGAAGGAUGUGGACCAGCUGGAAGGUGUGCAGAGGAAGGCAACCAGGGGGAUCAGUUAUCUGGAAACUGAGCCUUACGAGGAACGGUUGAGGGAGUUGGAGAUAUUUAGCCCAGAGGAGAGAAGACUGAACGGUGACAGGAUCACCAUCUUCAAAUACCUGAAGGGUUGUCACAUGGAAGAUGGAGCAAGCUCCAGGACCCAAACCAGUGGAUUGAAAUAGCAAGAAAGAGAUUAUGACUAAACAUUAGGAAGAAAUUUGUGACAGUGGGACAGACUCCCUCGGGUGGUGGUGGACUCUCAUUCUUUGGAGGUUUAUAAAUAGAACUUAGAUGGCCAUCUGUCGGGUAUGCUUCAGCUGUGAUUUCUGCAUUGCAGGGGGUUGGACUGGAUGACCCUUUGCGGUCCCUUCCAGCUCUACAAUUAUGUGAUUCCGUGGAAGUUUAUGGACCUUCUGCCAGAUGGAUUUAAAAUUAUGACUAAGAAUAAAAAUAAAAAACCAGGCAGGGGAAAUGUUGUGUAUCGGUGGAGAUGUUUGAAUGCUCUGAGGACCGAUUUUGGUAACGAAGAAGGUCCUGCGGAGGGAGAAGGCAUCAUUCCAAAAAGGGACAGAGCUUGGAGAAAAGAGAGCUGCCUCCCUGUCAGGUAAACAGAGGCAGCCAGAAUGGCAUGGCUUUGAGGCUGCCAUGGAUUGUGCCAGAGCAGGAUGCCUAGCUUUUGACCUGCUGGGAGAACCUUUUGGGAUUUUCUCCUGCGCCAGCCCUGCCAGGAGAUGUGCAAGGGGAUAGAAGUGCGGAAGGUUGUGCAGGAGAACAUCCCAAAGAGGGGAUUUGGCUCCCGUGUCAGUGAAUGCUCUGGUACUACCAUUUUCCUUUUCGUUUGCCAAGUUCUGUUGUAGCCCUGAGUGAAACUUGGUGCUGUCUGUAUUGGGCACCUCUGCUUUUGAUGGGGUUUGGGGAACUCCUGAGCAUAUCGGUAGGGGGAGGGCACCAAAUUUGGAAGAUUUGCCCAUGAUGCACAUCUUGGAUUGAGAAGAUGAAUUGGGAGCCCUGCCUUUUUCCUUUGAAGUCUUAAACCACCUGUCCUCGUGUGACUGGCAGGCGGAUAGCCCUGCUCACUUGCCCAGGGGCCCGUGGGUGUCCUGAACGCGUCUCCUUCCGCAGCCCUGAUUUUGAUCCCUUCAUCCCUAGAAGUCCAGUGUGCUCACUAUCCAUUGUGCCAUGGAGCCACCUGUUUGGCCUGUUGAGAUUGUGGCAGUUCCCAAAUCUUCAGAAAUCGUCUUUGGGUUGGUUAGCGUUUCUCCAGCAGCCUCUCUGGAUCUGAAUGUGUCUCUCUCCUCCGCUCUGGCCUCCACCCCCUUUCCCUUUUAUCUCAGCCUCGCCGGGCAAGGGGGGAGAGAAGGGCAUCGACAGCUGUGCGGCGCCUUAUCUUGCCACGGGGACCUUCAGCGCUGGAGAUAAGGCCCAUCUUAUCGCCUGCGGAUGUCAGAAAAAGUGCCAAAGAGUUCUAUCAUUGGCGCAUUAGAUGUCGGCUGGGUUUUUUUCUUUUAUUAAAAAAGUCACAAAGACCUUGGACUUAUAAAUAGCCUCAAUUUUAACGAUAGGCUUUCAAAAUUAGCAGGCGUUAAGAGAAAAGGCUGUGAAAUGGGAGCUGAAAAAAACAGUUGGUUGCCAUAGGGUAACUUUUAGAAAGGCAGCUAUUUUUAAAAACCGGAGAGUGGCGGAUAUUGAAUGCAUUGUGUUGUACCGUUGCUUUACGGGAAGCCUAAAGGCAAAAAAGUGCAGCUGAUCUGUUUUGAGUUGGCAGGUGCGAUUCAGACCCUCCACCAUUGAUGGUCGACAGAAAAUGCUGUCUUAUUCAACAUCUUUAUCAACGACUUGGAUGAUGGACUCAAGGGCAUCCUGAUCAAAUUUGCAGAUGACACCAAACUGGGAGGGGUGGCGAACACCCCAGAGGACAGGAUCACACUUCAAAACGACCUUGACAGAUUAGAGAACUGGGCCAAAACAAACAAGAUGAAUUUUAACAGGGAGAAAUGUAAAGUAUUGCACUUGGGCAAAAAAAAUGAGAGGCACAAAUACAAGAUGGGGGACACCUGGCUUGAGAGCAGUACGUGUGAAAAGGAUCUAGGAGUCGUGGUUGACCACAAACUUGACAUGAGCCAACCGUGUGACGCGGCAGCUAAAAAAGCCAAUGCAAUUCUGGGCCUCAUCAAUAGGAGUAUAGCAUCUAGAUCAAGGGAAGUAAUAGUGCCACUGUAUUCUGCUCUGGUCAGACCUCACCUGGAGUACUGUGUCCAGUUCUGGGCACCACAGUUCAAGAAGGACACUGACAAACUGGAACGUGUCCAGAGGAGGGCAACCAAAAUGGUCAAAGGCCUGGAAAUGAUGCCUUAUGAGGAACGGCUAAGGGAGCUGGGCAUGUUUAGCCUGGAGAAGAGGAGGUUAAGGGGUGAUAUGAUGUUGUUGUUGUUGUUUAGUCGUUUAGUCGUGUCCGACUCUUCGUGACCCCAUGGACCAGAGCACGCCAGGCACCUCUGUCUUCCACUGUCUCCCGCAGUUUGGUCAGACUCAUGUUUGUAGCUUUGAGAACACUGUCCAACCAUCUCAUCCUCUGUCGUCCCCUUCUUCUUGUGCCCUCCAUCUUUCCCAACAUCAGGGUCUUUUCCAGAGAGUCUUCUCUUCUCAUGAGGUGGCCAAAGUAUUGGAGCCUCAGCUUCACGAUCUGUCCUUCCAGUGAGCACUCAGGGCUGAUUUCCUUAAGAAUGGAUGCGUUUGAUCUUCUUGCAGUCCAUGGGACUCUCAAGAGUCUCCUCCAGCACCAUAAUUCAAAAGCAUCCAUUCUUCGGCGAUCAGCCUUCUUUAUGGUCCAUAAAGUGAUAUGAUAGCCAUGUUCAAAUAUAUAAAAGGAUGUCACAUAGAGGAGGGAGAAAGGUUGUUUUUUGCUGCUCCAGAGAAGCGGACACGGAGCAAUGGAUCCAAACUACAAGAAAGAAGAUUCCACCUAAACAUUAGGAAGAACUUCCUGACAGUAAGAGCUGUUCGACAGUGGAAUUUGCUGCCAAGGAGUGUGGUGGAGUCUCCUUCUUUGGAGGUCUUUAAGCAGAGGCUUGACAACCAUAUGUCAGGAGUGCUCUGAUGGUGUUUCCUGCUUGGCAGGGGGUUGGACUCGAUGGCCCUUGUGGUCUCUUCCAACUCUAUGAUUCUAUGAAAUGCCUCUUCUUGUCCAGAGAACCUGGGGUGGAACUCCCCCUCCCUCCCUUUCUGCCUCCUUGGAUCCUUGGCCCCUUGCCCACAUCCCAUAAUAAGUUUAUGGAAUGCAGUGCCACAAGCUGCUUGGUGACAGCCACUUGCCCAGAGAGCUGUAAAGCACACAGAUCUCUGGAAGAGGAGGGGGAAAUGUCUGUCCGCAGGGACUUGCCAUGUACAAGUGUCGUCCCCCCCCCCUUAUGUGGGGGUUGCAUUCUGGGCCCCUGCGCACAUAAGUGAAAUUGCAUAAUAGGGAGGGCGUGUGGGGAGGACAUAGAGAGAGACUCACCCUGGAAAUCAGUCAGGCUGCUGCCUCCCUACCGGGGGGGGGGGGGCUGAGCAAGUGGCGGCAGCGGCCAUGGAGGGCGAGGGCCUAGAAAGGGGCCCAGCAGGGCCUUUGGUCUAGCGUCCUUUCGUGGAACCUCCAUGUUCAGAAUCGGUGUGCCUGUGAGUAUGAGCUCCUGGGGAUGAACCACAGAGGAGCCCUGUUUCCCGUGUGGCCUGUUUCCCGUAGGGGCACUUAGCUGAUGACUGCGGAAGGGGGCAGGACCUGGCCUGAUCCAGCCCUCCUGCAAUGCACAGUUUUCCUUGCCCUUGAGUCCUGGGAGGGAGUCUUUCUCUCCCCAACCCAUUUCUGUAGGUGACCUGCUAUAUUCAGCGCAGAUUCAGCACUUCCGAUAUAUUUCAGGAAGCUGUUUGUUUGCCUGUUCUCUGUGCAUUUGGACAGCUCUUAAGAUACCAUAAACAAAUUUGGCAUGGUGGUUCCUGAGAUCAAGGGGCAGGUUUUAAUUUGUGCUCGGAUAAGAUUGGACACCAUUUUGAAUCAAGGCUGAACCUUUGAAAACAAUAUGGAUUUUAACAAUUGAUGUCAAAACUGCAUUAUUUGUUCCUGAGCCAUGGCUGCUGGUUCAUUGCAAGAGGGGUCCUCCUCAGCCUUUUCUGAGCUGCAGCUUGCAGGACAGAGGGCCCCCCAUUUCUCAAUAUGCCUGCCUCCCCCCUUCUCUCUCCCUCUGUAAAACAAAACCAGAAGGAGCUGUGGGCAUUGGUGCUGACGGGCAGCGUGCCUUAAUGUGGCCCAGUGGUGGCUCUGGCCUCACCAGGGUGCUGGCCAGGUGCAACGGAGAUCUUGUACCUGUAGAACUGCCUCUUCUUGAGGUGGGCAGAAGAUGCUCUAGGAGACAAGGGGGGCAAAGCAUCUCUCCAGGUUCAGGUGGUUUGAGGUUUUGUGGCUAAUUAAGAGUGAUGUGACCUUUUCUAGGAGAACCUGUCAGCGGAACUUAUGGGGGGGGGGGCAUGAGAAGGAUGUUGGCGCCCGCGGCACCCUUUGCCUCUUUGCCUUGCCACGUGAGUUUAGUGACCCAGAGAAGGAAAUGGGGAUCCACAAAUACAGUUGCUAACAAACGGUGAUGGCUAGAAAUUUAAUUUUGUUCUGGAAAACCUGCUGGGAAGACUCUCAGAAAGGCAGUGUCUUGUGCUAGGAUCAGCGUCAUGUAGGUUGGAUGCUUUUGAAAAACACCUGGUGCACUUAAACUUUGCCUGUGUGGAGCAGAAAGCUCAAAAAGGCCGUCUCUUUUUCUGACUAGUGAAAGCAUACAGUGGCUUCCCAAUGCAGCCGUAAUUUGUGGGUCCUUGGAGAGAAGCCUCCCUCCCUCCCUGGAAGACCUGGCCUUGUGGGAUCAUGAGGAUCCCCAGGCUGCUGCGAGGACGCAGGCCGUAUUUCUGCGCGUAGAGAGCACCUCCAUCACAUUCGCUGCAUCUCUGCUUUCAGAGUUUCAUCAGAGGCAAUAAAUGCUUCUGAGUAGCCAUUGCAGGAACUUCAGGGAAGGAGAGUUGCUCUUCUGCUGGGGUCCUGCUUGCAGGUUUCCCAUAAUGAGCAUGUGGCCGACCAUGGUGAGAACAGGAUGCUGGAGUCUUGUCAGCCUUGUCCUGCAGGCUCUCUUCCUUCCUAUCCAUUGCAAGGGUGACCCUCUGCUGUUGUGCAGUUCUUUAUUUCAGGUGAAACAGAAGGCCAGCAGUCCUUUUCCAUCUGAGCCGAAUACCCCAAAUAGACCCAACUGGAGCCUGGUGCAAAGAGUUGUGGGAGCUGGGGGGGGGGCUCCAGAGCAUUCCCCUUGUGGCUAGUGGCCAUCAGUAGCCUUAUUCUUUAAAAAUCUGUUCAGUCCUCUUCUUAAUCCAUCCACACUUUGUGGCCAUCCCGGCCUCCUGCUGCAGGGAGUUCCAUAGUUUAACUAUGUGCCGUGUAAAUAAGUCUUUUUUUCUGUUCCAAAUCCUCCAGCCUUUCGCUCUCUUGGGCUGUUUUGCGUCCCAGUGGCCUGCUGGAUGAGGGAACUGGUGGGAAGUGGAGUCAGCAGCAGCUGGAGGGGCUGCAAAUGGGUCUCCAGCCUCCAUCUCCACUUUCAGUGUCCAUAUUAUAAAGCCCAGACAGCAAACUCUGGCUAAAGUGCGCAGGAAGAGAACUGUGUGCUGAGCAUGGUCUCUUUGCCAGAGCCAGCUUGGAACUCAAUCUGGGGUGGUUGGGAAUUAGUUCAAAUGCAGAUGAAGCUAACUAAGCUAAUGUUAAGCAUUUGAACAGAUCAGCCUCAAAGUCUCAUUAGCUGAUUCAGGGCCUUGCACGGUGCCCCCUUCCCUUUCGAACAGUCCUCCUCAGAUGACAGUCAAUCAGGACAGCUGGCUUCUGUGCCCCAUCUCACCCCUCCCAUGUGCAGACCACGAUAGGUUGACGUUGGGGGGGGUGUUUCUCAUGCUGGAUCUCCUGUAGGAAUUAGGGAUGCAGAAGGUUACAGUUUUGUAGGAUUACUGUUUGUGCAUUUGGGGUGGGAUCCUAGAAGGGUCCCCAAGGGACAUCUUGUCCUACCUCCAGAAAAGGAGGAAUCUCAGCUAAAGCACAGGUGACAGGUGGCUGUUCAACCUCUGCUUAAAAAUCCACCGCCUUCUGAGGGAGUCCAUUCCACUGCCAAACACUUCUUACCCUCGGAAAGUUCUUCCUGGUGUUUAGCUGGAAUCGCCUUUCUUGUAACUUGUCUCCAUUGCUUCGCGUCUUCCCCUCCAGAGUGGCAGAAAACACAGCCCUUCAGAUAUUUGAAGAUGUGUUUUUAGAUUUCUGGAUUUUGUCUGUGUUGCUUUAACUGAUGUAAGCAACCUUGAGUCCUGGUUGGGGGGAAGACAUGGAGUAUAAAUAAAUGUUCUAAUAAUAACUCACCUGCAGCUUAAACUCCAUGUUGGGAGAUCCCAUCUCUGCCCCAUUUUGAGACACACAACCCCCACGGUUGGCCCAGUGCAUUUUCCUGCAAAAUCCAAGCAGCUUUUCAAUUUUGAGGCAGUAGGGUAGGUCUGAAAGUGAGAGCAUUUGCUGCCAGUCAGGGUUGACAGUACUGAGCUGAAUAGACCAAUGGCCUGACUCUGUACAAAGCUUAGCCUGUUCCUAGUAGGUUUGCUCCUUCCAUAGGUUUCAUGGCAGCUCAUGUCUGGCAGUGUACCUUGAGCUCAUGCCGCAGAAGCUGCAGUGGACCCCUGGCAGGGGUGGGGGGAACAUAGCAGAUGGAGUAAACCAAAUGCACAAGGUGCCCCGUUAAAGAUGUGGUAGAUCAGCCUGGCUAGUUGGUCUCCCACCAUUCUCUGGUCCACAGCCUCCAAAGCUCCCUCAGGCAUUUCAUCCUCUGCCUCAUACCAAGCCAGACCUUCAUGACCUAGACCACCAGAAGAGCCCCUCUGGCUCGGGACAGCAGGGUCCCCUUCAGCACAGCCUCCUGUUCUCACGGUGGUCAGCCAGGUCCCUGUUGUGGGGAAGAGCCUCUGGCCUCCUUGGGCAUCCAGCAACUGGCAUUCAGAAGCGUUGCUGCCGUGCAAAGCUAAAAUUUGCAUUUGUUGCUUUGCCCCCCUUUUUCUCUGGCAUGGGGCUCCUGGAAGGCUGCCCAUACGUGCCCUUGGUCUGCAAUAGGGUCCCUCCAGGCAGAACUGCAUGGAAAGAGACCCUGAUGCUUCCUUGCACUCGCAUGGUUGCUGAGCAGUUUUGGGUCUGUCUGUGCGUGCUCCAUGACAUCACAGCAGAUGAGCCAAUCCGAUGGGGAGCCUGGCAGGCCCCCGUGCAAACCACCUUGACCUUGUUACCAUACGGAUAUAAGAGGCAACUGGUUUUGCGUUAACCUGCGACCUGUCUUCAGUUCCAGGAGUGGAUCACCUCUCAGGUUUGUGGUCUGUCAUAAUGUACGUCACUCUUUGUGUGAUGAGGAAAAUAGGAAGCUGCAGUUCUAAGAGUUUUCGCUUCCCAGAGUUUCUCCCCCAGCCGCCUUUGCUCCGGCUUCUCCAGGUGGCAGCGUUGGUCUCCGGGGAGAGGAGGGCUGCCUGUGGAUUUGCCAGGAGGAUUAACACAAAGCGCCAGGCGGGCAGGGAGGGCCAGCAGCAGCACCCUCCUGCCAGAGACCCAGAUGGCGAGUACCUGUUGGCUGGUCAUCAAGAGCUGGAGGAGACGGCAGGUGGGAUGAGGCUUAGGACAAGGAGGGCAGGCGAGGGAUUGGAGCAGCGCCAUGGCUGUGCAGGAGAAGCGCUGCGGAAAGGGGACGGGCGGACGCCUUUAUUUCAGGGAGCAUCUCAGCUCUGCAAAUAAAGAACGCUGUAUCUGUCUAUUCCAGGGCUAUUGUUAUUGCUGUUUAUUUACAUUCUGCCUUUUCCCCAGACCGGGACUCCAGGCAGCUUAUGGAUAAAAAUGCAAAAACGGACAGAAAACUGGGAAAGCUAAAAACAUAGAAAGGAUAAUAAUUUUAAAAAGCAAUUACAACAAUAAUUUAAAAAUGUUUUAUUUUUACACACACACACACACCAGAACAAUUGGACAAAGCAGCAGUGGCCUGACCCAGUCUUGAUACUUAAAAUUAUUAUUAUGGUCACUUUCCCUCCCCCCUAUGGUCCCCGGGCUGGGUGCAACCUUAAAAGACAGUAAUAAAAGCAAGUUUAAAGCUGCUUACAGUCACAGAAAUAGGGUGGAUUGUGAAAAUCUGUAUCUCCAAAUGUCCAGUGCCAGGGUAAAGAGGCACAUCUUCUGCAUUUGCCAGGAACUGCAUAAUGACAAUGCACCUCUGGGGGCAGAAGUUCUUCAGCUGAGGGGCCACCACAGAGAAGGCCCUCCACUCGCAGGCCACCACUCCCUGCCACUUCUCAGGGUGGAGGAAGCACUAGGAGGUCCCCCUCUGCUGAUGGCAGCACCCAAGUGGGUCUGUAGGGAAGGAGGGGGUCUUUCAGAUAUUGGAGGCCUGAGUUGUUUAGGGCUUUGGACGUUAACGUGAGCACCUUGAAUUGGGCCCAGAAAUGAACUGGCAACCAGUGCAGCUCGUUUAAAUCGGGUGUUAUGUGGAUCUAAACAACACCGGCUGGUAAUCUGACAGCUGCAUUUUGGACCCAUGAAAGUUUCUGAGUUGUCCGCAAGGAUAGCCCACAUAGAGCGCAUUGGCCUCCCCACCCUUUGGGAGCGACCAGGGAUUGGCCCUAGGACCUUGGAAAUGCUUUGGUGGAGCACUGGCUUCUCAUUCUGCUGGGAGGGCUGGCUGUGUUCAGGACACAGGAACCACCCGAGAAUUGGAAACCGUGGACCUAGUCCAGGUGCAGCCCCAUGGCACAGCCCCACUGUGGCUCACCCAUGCCUGGCGAGUGGCAGCAGGAGCCACAAGGAGCCUUGUGUGGCCUCGGUCUUCUCUCUGGGAACUCACUUGUGGGCCUAGUGUGACGUGCAAACUGGGAGUGUCAGGAUACCUUAAGUGAGAGGAACAUAGGUCCCUUCCUGCAAAAUCUGCAGCACAUGCAUCCCUCUGGCUGGUUUUUUGCACCUUGCAUGAAUUGCAUCUGAUUGCGCCCUAAAAACCCCGCCUCCUGCCUUCCUUGUGGCUUUUGUUGUUGUGGAGUUUAGCUGCUUCCCAGCGCUCUAGCGGCUUGCUGGCUCCCUGUAUGACCAGGCCAAGGUUGUAAUCCUGGCAUUGUGGAGGUGAGCAGCUGGCUGGCUUAUCAGUCAAGUGUAUUCAAUUCCCAAAUAAGCCCUGCUCUGUUCUCGGAUGUGUGCGCAUAUAUGUAUUUUCUUCUCUCCAACUACAUAAUUUCUGACUGAUUGUGAUAUCAUACUUUAAAAUUACCAGAAAUCAAAGCCGGGAAAUGGAUAUCGCUGCUUUUUACCACGAGCUGCAUUAACGAGGGACAUAUAACGAAUGCUCCUUUCUCUGUGUCUCGCUCCUUUUCUUAAAGACAGUAAUAGGAGAAAAUUGGUUUUGAAACAGAAUAAAAGUCCCUUUCAGAGGAAAAUCACUUCUUUCAAGGUACCUUUGCAGAAAGUAAAAUAGUCAGUGAUGAAAGGUGGUUGUGUGAUUGUCUUCUGCUUUUAGAGAGAGUCUGCUACAGAUGGGGAAAUACAAGAUUGGGAUAAUUACAUGGUAACGAACUCUUGUUGUGAAAUUAGCAUCUUAAGAAAAAUAGUGGAAAAGGCUUUUAUUCAUGAAUACUUCAUUACUAGGAGGAAAGUGGACCAAUUUGGCAACUUCAGGCACCUGUUCAGGAUUAAAUAACUUUUCUCUCGGCGCACCUUUCCCUCGCAAGUGUAGCAUGUUUUUGCCGAACUUUUUGAAGGAGAAAUGGAUCCUUUGAGGUGGUCCGGAAAGGGACAGCGGAAGCAGCCUCUUCAGCCCAACUGGCCCUGUGGGAAUGGCUUCAGAAAGGUGCAAACACUUCUGUGGUUUUUGAAAAAUACCAGAAAUCAAGUCAGGUUUCCCUACGCACAAGGAAGAGUUGUUCAAACUUUGGCACACCACAUGUGCUGUGUGCCUUGAUUGCUUACAAGAACGGGCAGGGGGGGGAAUGUAUACUUGUAAAAACUGUUUAGGAAUAAAAAAAAAUGUACAUUUUGGAACUGGUUUGAUUUCUCCUUUUUGUGAGUGUUUUGCUUUUCAAUAUUUUUAAAUUUGGUUUUCUACAUCCUGCUGUUUCUCCACUAGCUCAGUUUUUAGCUACUCAUUCUUUUUUACUUUUUCAAUGAAAUCUGAUAGAAUAUGCACACAUUUAUAAGUGGCACCAGUGUGACCUGGUUUUGAUGCAGGGACUUGAACCUCCCUCCCCACAGGACAAGAACCCACAAGCAGGAUUUGUGUUGAGAAACAAAAGAUUGCCUCUGUUGUUCUUAUAAUAAACCGCAAAGUGUCUAAGUGCGUACUGCUGUGCAGCAACUGAGUUUUAAAAAACUAUUUUAAAGCCUGCAUAUAUACAGUCAUUUAAAAAUAAAUACUUUUAUCAUUCUUAUUAUUUUUAAACUCACUAGCUACCUUUUUUGCCAUUGCAAUCCAAAGCAGCUCGCAACAAUAUGUAGAUAACAUACAUUAAAACCAUCACAAAACAAAAGCGUAGAAAAAUAGAAAACACAUUCAUGGUUUUAAAAGGCAGGAUUAAAAUAUCCUUCCCAUCCAAGGGGCCACAGGUAGUUAAAAUACCAAAGCUCUGGUGAAAAUGAAACGUUUUUGCCUGGUGCCAAAAGAUGCGUAAUGAUGGCGCCAGGAGGGCCUCUCUAGGGAGAGCAUUCCACAAGUGGGGAGCCAUCACGGAGAAGGCCCCAUUCUCGUGUUUCUAGCUCUGGACCUCCCAUAGAGGAAUGCGGGAGGGACAAAGGGCAGAAUAAACAGCAAGAAGCAGCAAAGGUUGCAGGCAGCAUAAAAACCUGUCUGAGCCCAGGCCUCUGCUGAGCUGGCUACAGCAGCAAGCCAGAGACACGAAGUGCUGCCUCCGAACAUGUGUGCAGAGACCCCUUCAGUUGUUGUUUCAUUCCAUUGUGAGAUCUGGGUGGGUGGGGUGCUUUGAAAAUGUAUUUUUCUUCCUUUCUUGGUUUUAAAUGUACCCGUCUGGUUUUCUGCUUGCUUGCUUGCUUGCAAGUUGCCUUAGAACUGUAGAGGUGGAAGGGGCCCUGAGGGUCACUCAGUCCAACCCCCUGCAAUGCCUUGAGUUGCCAUUGGUAAGAAAAGGUGGCCCAUAAAUUUACUGUGUGAUAGCAGCCCUUGUUAAGGGAAGGUGUCUCUUGGGGUAGGCGGCCUCUCUGGCUCAUGGCUGCCCUGCCUGCCUGCCCCCUGUUUGAAGGCCAGAGUUCCCUCCUGAGGUUGCCUUUUCUCUCUUGGGGGACGAGUCACGAGGCAGCAAAGGACACAAGUCUGUUUGGAAGGGAGGAGGACGAUCCGCAGGGAGGCUGAGAGCGAGCAAUUCCUUGCUGUCCAUGCUAAUUUAUCAGCCUGGAGAGGAGACGGCCAGCCAUUUCCGCUCACGCCUGUCGGCUGCGUUCAGGGGGAAGGACGUUGGGCUAAAUCGUGCUGACAUAACCAUUAACCAGUUCACUCCAGUCAGAGGGGACGGACGGUGUGCAGUCUCCCACUUCAUGGGCCGUGAUGAGGAAAUGUCCCCCGGGGGGAAUCGUGCCAGGGGCAAAACGCCAGAGCAGGAGGGAACUUCCCUGCCUUUCCCCAGCACCCUUCCUUGCGCUUCUGGGCGGGACGAGGGCCGGCCGUGGCCCCUUCUGGGCUCCCACCCGCAGAAACAUCCCAGGAGGGGUGACCUUGAGCCUGGCCGGCCAGCCAGCAGCCGCCCCACUUUGGCCAGGCACUUUCCUCGAGGACCGCUGGCCGUUUUGUUUGCUUUCCAUGCAAAUGGAGUUGGCGCAGCAUGGGAUUGCAACUGCUUUCCCUCAGCUUUAUUAAUUUGAAAUUUUGUCUGCACAACAAUCUUCUUUUAAAAGUAACCAGAAGUUUACUUACAUUCAGUUCACAGUAGGUUCCCUGAAGGCAGGCUUUAGCUUGUAGUUACAGAAGAGAGUGUGGGUUCAUCCCAUAUGGGGAUUGAGCCCAUGUGCUGCUGGCUGAGAGCCAGCAGUCAGCAAAGGGUAUCAGGAUGGAAUAAAGCGAAGAAGAAGAAGACGGGAAGAUGGAUGUGUGACCAGCCUUUUUAUGGGGUCUCCCAGGGUCACGCCCAUCUACUUGGUCACAUGUAGGAGGAGGAUGCUCCAGACAGGUGUGACAGAAAGUCCUCCUGGCUGGAGUAACAUCCCCCUGUGGGUCUACUCUGGACAAACAGGAAAUGUUGUAUUUGACUGCCUUCUGUGAUGUUACAUCCCACGCAAUUUAGGUUUUCUUUUUGUUUUCCUUACCACCACUCUGAGAUUUUAAGGGCCUGCCUUAGUUCCACCUGUGUAAUUUCUCCUGGGGACGUUUUGCUCGCAGCCUUGGGGAAAUGGUGCCUGCUUCCAUUUGGCAUAUCCGAAGGAGGAGAUUUGGUGCGGGGCAGAGGGAAAGGAGUAGCUGCAGGUCUUGCACCUGUUCUUCUGGCUUCGUCCCUGUUCCGCUCCGCCCAUCCCUCCAGCAUUUCUCAGGAGGUUGCUUCUAAUUAGCAGCCCAAAAAGGUUACCAUGAAUUGUUUGAAAGUCACCCGGAGCAGAGCAGGACACUGUUUUAUUCCAGUUCCCUCUGCAGUCAGAAUUGAUGGUGAGGAAAAGGGAUUUGCACACAAGCUGCUCCUGCGCCUGCCAUGCUGAGGGAGCUAGAAAGCCGCAGGGGUGGGAAUCCGGACUGAAGGAUCAGGAAGAAAGGGGUGGAGAUCCGCUGCAGGGUUUAAUCUGAGCCCAGGACAAAGAGCUGAUCUUUACAUGGACAGCAGUCACGUAGGACCCUGAUAUUUGGGACUUCACUGCUUGCAGAUUAACAGGCUGCAUUUUUUAAAAAAUGGCCCCCUUUGGGGAAGGUGGUACAACUAGGGCAGGGGUAGGCAACCUAAGGCCCGGGGGCCGGAUGCAGCCCAGUCGCCUUCUCAAUCCAGCCCACGGACGGUCCAGGAAUCAGCAUGUUUUUACAUGAGUAGAAUGUGUCAUUUUAUUUAAAAUGCCUCUCUGGGUUAUUUGUGGGGCCUGCCUAGUGUUUUUACAUGAGUAGAACGUGUGCUUUUAUUUAAAAUGCAUCUCUGGGUUAUUUGUGGGGAAUAGGAAUUCGUUCAUUCCCCCCCCCAAAAUAUAUAUAUAUAUAUAUAGUCCGGCCCACCACAUGGUCUGAGGGAUGGUGGACCGACCCAGGCUGAAAAAGGUUGCUGACACCUGAACUAGGGGGUUAACAUUAAAGGGCAAAGAGCAGCAACCAUUUAGUUAUCUGUGUGUGUAUGGGGGGCACCAUUUAUUUUGUCUUUUUACCUUGGGCACUAAAAUGUUUUGAGCUGUCUUGUGUUCUUGGUGGUUAAAGAAAACAUACACGGAGAGAAACAGCAUCCCUGCAUUUAGAAAUGAGCAGCUAAGGGAGGAAGGCUGUAGCUCCAACUUUAACCAUUACCCGCUAAUUUUCUAAGUGUAAGGAUUAUUUUAUUGUUAAAAAAAAUGAGAGGGAAUCUAAACAUGCAAUUCCCCACCUACAAUCAUGGUAGUAAAGUUCCAAGAAAUAGUGCACAGUUGUUCUAAAGAGAGGAAAAUCUGCUCCAAACCUAUUUAUGAUGCCUGGGCUUAGACCAGGAAUAUGUUAGGGAAGAUCACAUAGCUAUCUAUCUAGAUCAAAGGCCAAUUAAAAAAACAAAACCUCAUAUUUCAAAAAUGCCCAUCCUAUGAAGUAUCCCUUAGGAACAACUUUUAAAAAUGCAAUCUGAAUAUGAUACAGUCCAAACAUUUUCAGUCAUAAUAUCUUAAAAUAAAAUCCAUGAAUUUUUAUCUAAGAUAUCUAGAUAAAAGUCCGUUUUUCCAUUUAAAAGAAGUAGUGUGACCUUUUGAGGUUAACUGUACGUCAAUAUUUCGUAUGUUUGUUGCACUGGUUAAUAUUUAGACCAAGAUGGGGGAACCUGUGACACCCCUCCAUCUCCCACCCCCCUGAGCCGACAUGCCAAAUGGUCAGAAAUGGUGGGAGGUGCAUCCAGCAGCGUCUAGAAAGUCACAGGUUUCUCACCCCUAAUUUAGCCCCCAGAGGGAAAUCCGGCUCUGGCUGCUCCUGAGUUCCAGUGAGGCUUUCUGGAGCAACAAACCAGACAUCUUAAUUCUUGCAUCAGGCAACAAGUAGGCACGCCUCUUGGGUGAUUUGCAUGAAUCCGGAUGUUGGAAGGCUAAUUUUAAGUCAGUCCACCUGGAAACAAGUGGAGGCAGUAGGGAAAGAGGGAGACUUGUGCCUUUCCUUAGGGACAGCCAGGCUCCGGCACUCCUGAGACCAAGAAGCAGCCUUCCUGAUCAGAGAACCUGUCCUUCCAGGCAUAUGCUGAGUUCUUGCAAGCUGCCUGAUGGUUUAAGCCGACCUCCCCUUCUUUCUUCUCCCCACAUUUGCUUGUUGCUCCCUGGGUAGGCCAGUCUUUCCUCCAGCAGCCAGAGAUCUGUGUGUGAUGUGAUAUAUGCAUCCUGACAAGCAGCUGUCAGUGGAUUUCAGCAUGGAAGCAUAAUGGAACAGAAACCUCCUCUCGGAAGGACACUGUCUGCUCCUUGUACAUUGCCAGCCGACCUUUUCCCUGCGCCUGGUUGCAGUGGCAAGGCCAUUCCAGACGUCACUCAGGGUGGAGAGGAACGAAGCAUAAUUUAUGCCAUGCGCUGCACUUCCCAAAGGAUAGUGCUGUGUGCUGAGCUCCAAAGGAGCAAAUCGGUGGCUUUGGCCUCUUUCCCCUCGCCUUGACUUUGAUCAUCGGGAUUUCGAGGGCAGCCUGAGAUGGGGCAGCUGAAAGCUCCUGAGCCCGCAUUCCCCUUUUGCCAGAGGGAGGGUGGAGCGAAUGCUGCAUGCUGGGGGAAGCAUGUGCUACUUUUCGGGUGGAGGGGGGACAUCCAGUGCCAGUUGAGUGUUUUCUAAAACUUGGGGGAAGUUUUGUGUUUUGUUUGUUCCCAUCAGGUCUUGCUGCUAAAACUUGCCCUGUUGGGAGGACUGUCCUCUCAAACAAAUACAAGGAUUAUUUGGUUGUGAUUUCUGCAUUGCAAGGGGUUGGACUCUGGGGUCCCUUCCAAGUAGACAGUUUUAGGAUUCUGUCAUCUGCUGGGAAAAGAGCCCACCUUUGUGCCACUUCAGCUUUUAUUGAUGCUUCUGGGGUUAUUGAGGGGGGGGGCUUGGUGUUCCUACCCACCCAGAAGGAAGUGAUAGAAAACCACUUUUGGAAAACUUCCAUAGUUGACUUUCUGUCGUGUCCUUGGAUCAGCCUGCUGAGUCCUCCAUGGUGCACACAUUUAAAUUGUAAUGCUCAGACCAUUCUGGAAGUCACUCAGGGCUAGGACAGAAGGCAGUGGGGUGGGGGCGGGGUGAUUAAGCAUAAGUAAUUUAAAUAAUGUUGCCAAGACUGUCCAGAUUCUGCACCAAGAAAAACAAUAAUAAAGCUGGAUUCAGCAAACUGUGUGCAUUAUGCAAAUUAGGCAACUAUGCACAAUAUGUCUUAUUUGGUGUAAUUUAUUUUCCUCUCCGCCAUUCUGCAUACAUUAUUCUGGCUUUGUUAGUCAUGGGUAGGGCCUCAGAAAUUCCCUAGAAAUAUCAUUCAGCAACUUCUGUUGUUUUGAGGCUUCUGGCAGUAUCUCCCUCGUCCUUUCAAGCACAUCUCCACCACCAUAAGGCCUAUGUCCUUCGUUUGUCUUGAAUUCAGCUGUCUGGUGCUGCACUCUGAGCUGUUCUGUUUAGCAAUCUUCUUAUUGACUCAGUUUGCAAGGUCCUCUGAAGUGGGAGAAUCACACAACUUAGUCUGCAUUCACACAGCAGUUUAUUCCACAAUAUUUCCCUCUUAAUUUCUGCAUUAUAUUUGAACUUUCAUGCAACUUAAAAGCCACUUCCAUAAAUUUAGCAGAAUAUAGUGCAAGUUUAGUGCUCAUUUCAGUGUUAUUUCCAACAGAUUUUUUUACUGGAAACAAAUUACAUGGGAAUGAGUGCUAAACUUUCACUAUAUUACGCUAUAUUUCUGAAAGUAGCUUUUACAUUGUUUGGAAGCUCAAAUAUCUCGUGAAAGGUAAUAGCUAGGGAAACAUGAAAGUGGAAAUAAACUGUUGUGCGGAUGCAAUCUGCAUUUUUCCUAGGCUGUCUGUGAUGUCUGUUAUUACUGACUAGUGAGGUUCUAGGGGUCUUAGUAGACCACAAGCUGAACAUGAGGCAACAGUGUGAUGCAGCAGCAAAAAAAGCUAAUACUAUUCUAGCCUGCAUCAACAAAAGUCUAGUGUCCGGAUCAAGGGAAGUAAUAGUCCCACUCUCUUCUGCCUUGGUCAAAGCACACCUGGAAUACGUUGUCCAAUUCUGGAUGUCACAAUUUAAGAAGGAUGUUGACAAGCUGGAACGUGUGCAGAGGAGGGCAACCAGAAUGAUCAAGGGUCUGGAAACCAAGCCUUAGGAAGAAUGGUUGUGGGAGCUGGGUAUGUUUAGCCUGGAAAGACAGGGGAGAUGUCUAAAGGGUUGUCCCAUGGAAGAUGGAGCAAGCUUGUUUUCUCCUUCUCUGGAGGGCAGGACCAGAACCAAUGACUUCAAGUUACAAGAAAGGAGAUUCAGAAUCAACAUCAGGAAAAACUUUCUGAGGGUAGGAGCCGUUCAACAGUGGAAUGGGCUUCCUCGGGGGGGGGGGGUGGCCUCUCCUUCCUUGGAGGUUGGAUGGCCAUCUGUCAGGGAUGCUUUAGUUGAGAGUCCCGCAUGGCAAGGGGGUUGGACUAGAUAAUUCCAUGAUGCUAUGACUCCCUCCAGUUUUGCUGACUGACGCUCUUCCGUCUUUUUGGGUCCCCUGCAGCGCACUCUGGAUUGACGCCACUGGAGCCUUUUCCCUGCCACCAGUCAUGUUGGCCUGCCUGCAGAGGACACAGAACCCGCCCAGCCAGCACCUCACCUGCCCAAACAAGGCCCUGGAGCCACGCAAGUGUGAGUAGACCCCCUCGCUGGUUCUUCUGCGGACUCGACUCACAACUGCCUUCACACAAACCAAAGCUGGUGUUAGUCGUAACGAUUCCCAUUGUGGGACACUUUCCAAGGUGUGCCUCUGUGGCCACAUCUGCACCAUGUGGGUUAAAUCGCUAUGGAACCAUUUCAAAUAGCUGCAGCUUCCCCCCAAGAGUUUUGGAGCUGCGGUGUGUUGGGGGUGCCAAGAGUUGUUGGGAAUGCGCACCCCCCCACACACACACACUUAACAGAGAUUGAUUGUGAAGCCACCCUGGGAAUUGUAGUUCUGGGAGGGAAAUUGCUGGGACAGUUAUCCCCUAACAACUCCCAGCACCCUUAACAAACUACACCUUCCAGAAUUCUUUGGGGGAAGCUUAAAGUGGCGUUGUAAUGUUUCAGGUGUAUGGUUUGAAGGGAGCUCAGCCCGUGUGGCCAAGGAAUGGCCAGGGAUAAAGGGGGAGAUCUAGGUCCCUAGAGCGGAGGAGAGAGUGGAAAGUGGGUGGGUGCUCAGGGGUAGCCUGCAGUCUGGGGGCCAUGACAAUCAGCCUAGUUUCCUCCCCCAGCAAAAGUGCAGCCAUUGGGGGCAUGGGAGCGGUGCUCUCUCCAUCCCACGAGGGUUCUGGGCUGUUGCUAUUUUGGCUCAGCAUCCCUUUUCUGGUUGGUGGGGGCUGGGAGCAGGGAGCCGUUUGACUGGAGUAGGUGGGGUGGGGGUCGCGCUCUUCUGAGUCAUGUCACAUGGAGAAACACUGCCCCCUGAGUGAGCUUGACCAGGGUUUGGCGUGGAGAAGGAUCCCUGGGCUGAGAGCAAAUGCGAGGGUGGCAGUCAGAAGGGGAGAGAGCGAGAGAGCGAGCGCCUGUGCUUUCUCUGAGCAGGGAGAACGGCUGGCCCUUCCUGCUUCCCCUUGAUGCUGUCUGGCCAUAUUGAAAAGUAUAUUUAUUUAGCAAAUAAGAAGAAGAGGAAGGGCAGGUGGGAAGUGGAGACGGGAGCUGGGCUUGGAUGGGUGGGUGGGGGAAGUGGGUUCCCAUGGCUGGGCAGUGCCCCGUGGCUGGGGUGGGGAGCACCCUUUGCUGCCGUGCUGCGACUUGGGUGCUCGCCAGCCAGGGCCCCAUGCAGCCAACACCCCGAAGGAAUUGCUUCCUGCCUCCCCUUCCUUUUUAUUUCCUUCUCAGGCCCCUGUAAUUAUUUCUCUGGGUUUUGCUGUGAUUCUGCGGCUCCUGAUGAGUUGGCCUUUCAGAUAAGCCGUAAACUAGUUACAUUAAAAUAGGUUCCGAAAGGUCACUCAUCAAAGCACCUGUUCCUUGCGGUCUUUGUCUCUCCAUCCAAAGCUGUGAUUAAAUGUCUAUUUAAUGAGCCCGGCUGAGGCAGGCUGCGGUGACCUCUCUGGCUGCAAAGGCGCAUUAAGAGUCUCAAGUGAUGAAUGUGUGUUUUUAAACCGGAGGGCUGGGUGUUGGGGGUUCCCCCCUCCCCUGUCUUGCAUCAGGAGCCCUCUCUCCUCUUCUCCCUUCAAGUGUUUGCCGUGUUCCAGGCCUGGAGAUGAACAUUUCUGCUGCUUUGAUCACUGAGACCCAGCAUGGGUUUCUCAAAAACAAAUCAUGCCAGACAAAUCUCAUUUCUUUUUUUGACAGAGUUACAACCUUGGUGGAUCAGGGGAAUGAUGUGACGUCAUGUAUCUUGACUUCACUGAGGCUUUUGACAAAGUCCCCCAGGACAUUCUUGCAGAGAAGGGGAUCGAAUGGUGGCCUGCACAGCAUUUGAGGAACUGGACUUGCAGUCCUUCCUCCCCGUCCUCUGAUGAACGGUUGUUGGGGUAAUCGGAAAAGAUGGCUUUUCUUAGAACUAGGCACGAUUUAGAAGCGACUCUGAUUACUUAAUUUGCUCCUGAGUAUCUCGGCAAUUAUCUUUAUGGGCCUUAUUUCUUGUCCUCUGGCGUCGUUUCCGUCGAUAUUAAAUGAGCCCACCUCGCAGCGUGGCAGCGGCUGGCCUGCCACCACCACAGAAUCCUAUUAUCCUGCCUGUGCUGCUGAAUAAUUUUUGUAUUAAUUUCACAUCAAAGGUGAGCCUGUUAAUGUUGGCCUCCCGCCUGUGCUGGAAGGCACAGGGGAUGUUGGCAUUUCUGAGGCUCUUCCUCUGCCUUUCUCCUCCUGCUGUGGACACGCUGGCUGGCUGGCUGCCCUGGGGGGCUGUCAACAAGCACCCCUCUCUCUUCCCAGUUUUCCUUCUCCCGUUUCUCCUGGGCUUCCUUCGUCUCGCAUAGUGGUGCAUUGCAGCAGGAACGGUGAGCUUGUUGCCCUCCAUAAGUUAUCGUUAUUGUUUAUUAAAUUUGUAUAGCAUCCUUCACCUGUAGAUCUCUUCAGAGGGUCUCCUGUCUGUGCCCCACAUGUGCCCCAAUGCAACCAGUGCUAUGCCCCUGGUGGGUCUGGAAGCUUGGCAGUGAGGUCCUGCUCACUGUUGUGGCUUCUGUGGUCCCUGCCACAAGGCGAGGGGGCAGCCUCAAGGAGGUAGUGAGGGCCAAGGAGUCAGGGCUGGUUGUGAGCCUCAGUUGUCCAUUUGAGACUUGUGGGUAUAGAGCAAUAUAUAAAUUCUAAUAACAACAAUGAUGGUGGUGGUGGUGAAGAUGUUUCGCUCAGAGCCAAUUCUCCAGCUGCAGACUCCUGGUUUAUUUUUAAAGAGGUAACUGACCUUGCACCCGUCUCUCCUCCCCCUGUCCCCCCCCCAUGGAUGCAUCCUCCAUGGAGCUGGAUCCUCCUCUCUCUGCUCCCACCUGCAGGAGGACAAGCCUUGGGGCCGCCUUUCUUCUUCAGCUAGGCACCCCCUGAGUGCUGUGCCGCUAAAAAUCGGGGCAGAAAUCAGCCUGCCCUUUCCGUCUCUGGGGGGAAAGCGCUUCUCUCUCUCUUGCUGAUUAAUUUAGUAAUGGAUUUCUCCCUUCCCCUUUAAUAUAUGAUUUUAUAUAUUUUUCAUACCAGGCAGCAUUAGUGUGCAAAGCAGUGGAGUUUUAGAAGCAAUCAAUAUCCCUGAGCUAUGGAGCAUGUGGAGCAUUAUUUCCAACUCUGAUUUGGGGACUAGCUGGUCCUGCAAAAGGAAGUUUUUAUAUAUCUCCCUUUAAAAGGAGUAAAGGGAAACCAAUAGUGGGUGAGUCCAACGGUCAAGAAAGCGGUUUCUGCCCCUGCCAUAGAGGGAAGUGAGGGGCAGAUGGGGCUCGUCCGCCUGGGAAAGGAGCCCAUCUAGGAGAAGGAAAACUCUGAUCCUAAACCUUCACUGCCUGGCAGGAUAUCUUCAGGAGAAGAAAAGGCUCAAGAGGAAGCCCUCCACAAAUCCAGAGCGGAGACAGUUGGAUGGCGCCUUGUCCGCCUCCUUAUAGCAACUCCUGCAGCCAAGCUGGUGCCAAACGUCUGGCUCUGCUUUCUUUUGGACCGCAACAGCGUGGCUGAGAGCGGGUCUUGUGUUUGGGCUGCCCAGGACCUCUGUACACACUGCCUAGGCUUGUGCCCAGGGGAGGGGGGUUCAUUUCAGUGCUGCUGACACAAUGGCUUGACUUCACCCCCAGACGUGCACUCCAUUGUCUCUCAAGACAGAUUGAUGCCAACAAGUUAUAUCCCACCUUUUUCUCUAAGGAGCUCAAGGCGGCGUAUGUGGUUCUCUGCCUCCUCCUUUAAUCUCCACAACAACCCUGUGAGGUGAGUUAGGCAGAGAGGCAGGGACUGGCUCAAGGUCACCCAGUGAACUCCAUGGCGGAGUGGGGAUUUGAACCCUGGUCUCUCCCAGGUCCUAGUCUGACACUCUGACUUCUGUACCACUUUGGCUGCCAGCUGCCCAGCCUUGUUUGACACAGCCUGGAUUUAUAGCAUGGGAAUGUUCUCUUGAAACAGAGUAACUCGGCCCAGCCUGCCUUGCCACUGUCUGUCAGCAAAGCAAGGUGGACCACAAAAGGGGUCGUGACCAGACUGAAUCUGUGCCCUCUCUUUAGCUGUGCCAGGUGAUGGUCUUUUUAUCUUCAAUUUCUCUUCCACCCCCCACUUCUGUGUUUAUAGGAGCAUGGGGCUUUACUUUAAAUUAUAAACUGACUAAUGUGGGGGAGGGAGACAGUGCUCCUGAAGGUAGGAGUCUAUCAAUUGAUGAAGAUGAUCAUCCAAAUGUCAUAGACCAAAUGGAGCAAACGGCACGCAGACCUAGUGGUGGAAGGAAAGAAUCCUUAAAUAAGAGGCACGGGGGAAUGAUUAAUGGACUUCAAUGUCUGUACACUAAUGCGCAAAGCAUGGGAAAUAAACAAGAUGAGCUUGAGCUCUUGGUACAGCAAACUAAAUAUGACAUAAUAGGCAUCACUGAAACCUGGUGGGAUAAGUCCCACGAUUGGAAUGUAAUAAUGGGGGGAUACAAUCUAUUUCAGAGAAACAGACCAGACAAGAAAGGAGGAGGAGGAGUGGCGUUAUAUGUCAGGGAUGUGUAUACCUGUGAAGAGAUCCAAGAUUUAGAACCUCAAAGCCAAAGUGAGAGCAUUUGGGUCAAAAUUAAGGGAGAGAAGAAUAACAGUGACCUCAUUGUGGGAGUUUACUAUAGAUCCCCAAGCCAAACGGAGGACAUAGAUGAUGCCUUCCUGGAACAGAUGGCCAAGCAUGCAAAAGGAAGGGAGAUAGUAGUAAUGGGGGACUUCAAUUACCCGGAUAUUUGUUGGAUGUCAAACUCAGCCAAGAGCAUAAGGUCAAACAGAUUCCUCACUGGCCUUGCAGACAACUUCAUUGUCCAGAAAGUGGGAGAAGCAACAAGAGGAACAGCCAUUUUAGAUCUGGUCCUAACCAAUGUUGAUGACCUGGUUAGUGGGGUAGAAGUGGAAGGAUCAUUAGGCGCGAGUGAUCAUGCUCUUCUGAAGUUUACUAUACAGCGGAAAGGAGCAGCCAAGCAUACUAGGACUCAAUUUCUUGACUUUAAGAAAGCUGACUUCAUAAAACUUAGGGAAGUGCUGGGUGAGAUCCCAUGGACAGUAAUACUAAAAGGAAAGGGAGUUCAUGAUGGCUGGGAGUUUGUUAAGAGGGAGAUAGUAAAAGCACAACUUCAGGCAAUACCAAUGAGACGGAAACAUGGAAGGUGCCUAAAGAAGCCAGGGUGGCUAUCUAAAGAACUUUUAACUGAGUUAAGAUUAAAAAGGAUGUGUACAAAAAUGGAAAAGGGGAAAACCACCAAAGAGGAAUUCAAACAAAUAGCCAGCACGUGUAGACACAAAGUCAGAAAAGCUAAAGCACAGAAUGAACUCAGGCUUGCUAGAGAGGUUAAAAGCAACAAAAAGGCUUUUAUGGGUAUGUUUGUAGCAAAAGGAAGAACAAAGAAACAGUGGGGUCACUCAGAGGAGAGGAUGGUGAAAUGCAAACAGGGGACACAGAAAGGGCUGAACUCCUCAAUGCCUUCUUUGCCUCAGUCUUCUCCGAUAAAGAAAACAAUGCCCGACCUGAAGAAUUUGGAGCAAAUGAUUCAGCAGAGGAAACACAGCCCAGAAUAACUAAGGAGAUAGUACAAGAAUACUUGGCUAGUUUAGAUGUAUUCAAGUCUCCAGGGCCAGAUGAACUGCAUCCAAGAGUAUUAAAAGAACUGGCAGAUGUGAUCUCAGAACCACUGGCAGUCAUCUUUGAGAGUUCCUGGAGAACAGGCGAAGUCCCGGCAGACUGGAGGAGGGCAAAUGUUGUCCCUAUUUUCAAAAAGGGGAAAAGAGAGGACCCAAAUAAUUACCGCCCAGUCAGUCUGACAUCAAUACCAGGGAAGAUUCUGGAGCAGACCAUGAAGCAAACAGUCUGUGAGCACCUAGAAAGGAAUGCUGUGAUCACCAAUAGUCAGCAUGGAUUUCUGAAAAAUAAGUCAUGUCAGACUAACCUGAUCUCGUUUUUUUGACAGAAUUACAAGCCUGGUAGAUGAAGGGAACGCAGUGGAUGUAGCCUACCUUGAUUUCAGCAAGGCAUUUGACAAGGUGCCCCAUGAUAUUCUUGUAAAGAAGCUGGUAAAAUGCAGUCUUGACUAUGCUACCACUCAGUGGAUUUGUAACUGGCUGACUGACCGAACCCAAAGGGUCUCAUCAAUGGUUCCUCUUCAUCCUGGAGAAGAGUGACUAGUGGGGUGCCACAGGGUUCUGUCUUGGGCCCGGUCUUAUUCAACAUCUUUAUCAACGACUUGGAUGAUGGACUCAAGGGCAUCCUGAUCAAAUUUGCAGAUGACACCAAACUGGGAGGGGUGGCGAACACCCCAGAGGACAGGAUCACACUUCAAAACGACCUUGACAGAUUAGAGAACUGGGCCAAAACAAACAAGAUGAAUUUUAACAGGGAGAAAUGUAAAGUAUUGCACUUGGGCAAAAAAAUGAGAGGCACAAAUACAAGAUGGGUGACACCUGGCUUGAGAGCAGUACAUGUGAAAAGGAUCUAGGAGUCUUGGUUGAUCACAAACUUGACAUGAGCCAACCGUGUGACGCGGCAGCUAAAAAAGCCAAUGCAAUUCUGGGCCUCGUCAAUAGGAGUAUAGCAUCUAGAUCAAGGGAAGUAAUAGUGCCACUGUAUUCUGCUCUGGUCAGACCUCACCUGGAGUACUGUGUCCAGUUCUGGGCACCACAGUUCAAGAAGGACACUGACAAACUGGAACGUGUCCAGAGGAGGGCAACCAGAAUGGUCAAAGGCCUGGAAACGAUGCCUUAUGAGGAACGGCUAAGGGAGCUGGGCAUGUUUAGCCUGGAGAAGAGGAGGUUAAGGGGUGAUAUGAUAGCCACGUUCAAAUAUAUAAAAAGGAUGUCACCUAGAGGAGGGAGAAAUGUUGUUUUCUGCUGCUCCAGAGAAGCGGACAUGGAGCAAUGGAUCCAAACUACAAGAACGAAGAUUCCACCUAAACAUUAGGAAGAACUUCCUGACAGUAAGAGCUGUUCGACAGUGGAAUUUGCUGCCAAGGAGUGUGGUGGAGUCUCCUUCUUUGGAGGUCUUUAAGCAGAGGCUUGACAACCAUAUGUCAGGAGUGCUCUGAUGGUGUUUCCUGCUUGGCAGGGGGUUGGACUCGAUGGCCCUUGUGGUCUCUUCCAACUCUAUGAUUCUAAAUCAAACACCCCCUCCUCUGCUCAGCUGCCCUCUCACUCCUCUGCUGUCUCCCUGCAGCUGCAGAGCCCUGGCUCAUAUUUUAAUUAAAUGUCACUUUCCGCAUGCCUCUGCCUUUGCACUUUGUCUGUGCCUGUAUCUGCUCCUGGAACCCCGGCUGCUGUUUCUACUACAAACGCAGGAAGUCUGUGCUGCCGCUGUAACGGCUGGAGAUCAAUAUUCUUCUCCUGAGCUGGCUGGUGUCUUCUUCCACAAGCAAUUAAAAAAUACCUCUUGGAGGGGUCUCAAUGGAGCCGAUCAGUGGGGCAUCUUGAGUCUGAGACAUGCAUCUCCUGUCCCAGGUCCUGGUGCCUCUCCUUGAGCUUGCGAUCUCUGCCUUCCACUGCUCACAAAACGUUAGGCACCCCGGCCGGCACCACUCUUGGACGAGGCUCCCUGCUCCCUUCUUUGGCAGGGCUCAACUUUCCUUUUUCUUGGAACGAAACUGUGGAACAAAGUUGGUGGCCCUUGUUGCCCUUCUGGCCAAAGUUGCCCCCUCCAACGCACCAUCUUUAGGGGUCAUUAGUUUCAGAGAUGGCCCGCUCCAGAGCCGGGGGAGGCUGGCAGGGUCGGCCCCCGGCAGUUGUGCUGGGCUUUGCAGCAAAUGGCAGGAGCCCAGGAAGCUUUCUUGUCCCGUUGGUCCAUCUAGCUCAGUAUGGCCUACACUGAAUGUUGGAAGCUCUUCUGAGCUGCAGCCGGGAGACCUUCCUAGCCCUACCUGGAGAUGCCAGGUUUUAAACCUGGGAGCUUCUGCAUGCAAAGGAGAGGUCCUGGCACUCAGACCCAGCCUAGGCUCAUGAGAGGUGGAGGGAAGAGGGGGUUUAGGCCAUCAGACUUUUAAAAAUGAGCAUGCGCUUGCGGAGGUGGCUGUGCUGCUCAAGUGAUCCACCAGAUGUGAUCCGUUGGCUUCCUAUCAGGGACUCCCUGCUGUUGAUCACCCUGGUGAGCUCCUUCCGGAAGAUAAAAAUCUACUUGUCAAUAAUAACAACAGCAACAGUUUUAAUACAACAAUCAUCAGCUGUGUACAAAUGCUGCUGGGUAUUCCAAGAAUACCACUGUGCAGAUUUCAAUAUUUUAUUUAAUAUCCUUUUCCCUUGAUGAUAGGAGCUAAUAAUCCCCCCACACCCCAUAAUUACUAUGUUUUUCAAACCUUUUUUGCUCCCACAACAUUAAGGCUUUGAAGAUGCUUCCGUGUUCCUUGACAGUGCCUCAUGGAUUCGUUGACCAGAUCCCUUUUUGGCUGAUCAGAUUCCCAGCCCUUAAGUGGUGGAUCAUUUUUGCAGGUAUCAGAAGAGACUUGCUGGAUCUAACCAAAGGUCCAUCUCAGUCAGACCCUGUUUUUCAACAACCCCCCCAAAACAUCCCACUGGAGAAGGCUGGGGGUGUCCACAGUAGCUUUGGGGUGCUGGGUGACUGUCUCUCUCCUGGGGGGAAAUGAAGCCCAAUGGGGUGGGGAAUGGGUCUAGACUGGGCCUGCAGUACAGCUUAUGUGUUUGUGGGCAGCUUGCUGGUCCCAUGGGUCCAUUGGUGCCCCUUCAUCUGCACCUCAGCACCUUCAGUUUUAUGCCUUCCCAGCCAUACUGGGGGUGGUGGGGCUUGACGGGACUCAUUCCUGCCGUGUGUUGCUGUCCCCUCCCCUUAAUUAGUAAGAACACAAAAAGAGCCUCCUGGAUCAGGCCAGUGGCCCAUCUAGUCCAGCACCCUGUUCUCACAGGGGCCAACCAGAUGCCCGGGAUGGGAAAUCUGCAACCCCCAACACAGAUGUUGGGUCACCCCCAGCCCCCCAAAUAGAAUCAGAGAGUGUUAUCUUGCGCAGUCUUCUCUGUUUCCGUCUCUUUGCCCGCCCCCUUGGAUGGAGGCUGAUCCUGGCCUGCCUUCUCCCCCAUGGAUACAGAGAAGGAUGAAAGGAGGUGGAGGAGGAGGAGGAGGAGAAAAAGAAAGACAAGAGGAACAGCAGCAAGAAUACUCAUCGCAAAGUAUUGGAAGACACAAGAACUUCCCACGCUGGAGGAAUGGCAGAUGAAACUUAUGGACUAUAUGGAAUUGGCGGAAAUGACUGGCAGAAUCCAUGACCAGGGAGAAGAGUCGAUGGAGGAAGACUGGAAGAAAUUCAAAGACUAUCUUCAGAAACACUGCAAAAUUAAGGAAUGUUAGAGUGAUGUUGGAUUGAAAAUAAGUGGUUUCCAGCUGUACAGGUUAAAGAUAAGGAUAGAUUAAGAUUAAAGAUUAAGAUUAAAGAUGUUUAAAGAAAUGGAAAUUUGAUAAUAAAAGGGAAAAAUUUAAAGCUAUAUGACAUUAAGAGUAAGGAUUAGGUUUAAAAAGUUGAAGUUAUAUAUUUUAACAUUUUAUUAAAUUAAAGAUUGGGAUUAAAAAGUGGAAAAGAAACUGCUGGAUAAAUAAUGUGGAUUGGAAUACAAAAGAGGGAGGUAUGAGGAAGUCCAGAAAAUAAGUAAUUUAAAAUUGGAAAUGGAAAAGAGAGUUUGUUUUUAAUUGUUAUGUUUUGUGUUUUUAUUGUUGAGUUUUGUAUUGUUUUUUGUGUGUGUUGUUUUUCUUUUUUCUUUGUUUAAAACCUUAUUAAAAAUUAUUUAAAAAAAAGAAAAAGAAAAAGAAAGACAAGAGGGAAAGAAAAGUAGCGUGAGCGUUGACAAGACUUUUCAGAAGUCCUCUUCCAAGGCCCCAUUACACAGUGUCCUUUUGUGUUCCCUGAAAGUAUUUUGGCAGCUUAUCUGCCAAAGGUUUUCAGCCUCUGAAAUGCUCAAGUGGGAGGUUCAGGGAUGCUUUUGAGGCAUCUGCUGCUGCUGCUGCUGCCGACUCUGAGUGGGAUAGCCUUUGGGUACUUUGAGAUCCUGCUUUCAAAGUCUAGAACUUAAGUGCCCCUGCCUGUAUGCGCCAAAGACCAACGAAAGCUCUUAUGGGCAUUCAGAGGCACACUAAUGCGUUGCGCAUGCAUGAAUGGCGCCCUUUUCUGAAUUGGGGGUGUGUUCUGCAUUCUUCCCCAGGGCACACACAAAGCUUCCUUGGGCAUAAGGGGGUCCAAGAGACUUCUUACAGAACGCCAUUGUGCAAAUGUCGCCUCGGUUGAACCACGUCAUGUGACUGAGUCCAAUCUCAAUCUCAAAGUGCCGGAGACUUUUCAGUUCAGUGAAAAGUCAAGUAAGAGGUGGCAGGAUAGGAUCAUAGAAUCAUAGAGUUGGAAGGGACUGAAAGGGUCCUCUAGUCCAGCCCCCUGCAAUGCAGGAACCUCUGCUAACUUGCACCCCCUUCGCUUAAAUCCUAUGCAGAAAAACUCAGAAUCCUGCCAAAUGUAUAAAAUUAGGUGGGGCCUGGAGAAAGAGGAAAGAGAAAAGUUUUUCUUGCUCUCUCAUAACCCUGGAACUUGUGGACAUCGAGUGAAGCCAGGUGUUGGAAGAUUCAGGAGUUUACCUCUAUUUAUUUUCAGUUAUCAUUCAUGCCAUACUGGCUGCUCUUAGGGGGAGGGGGAGCUAACAAGUCAAAUUAAUUAGAGCAGGGGUUCCCAGUUAGCUAGGUACUGCAGACCUUAUUUUUCCAAAGCCAAACCAUGGACCCUCUACUUUGGAAAAUGUUGAUAUCUCCAUGGUAGGUUUUGUUAUGCGAAUGGUGCCACAGAUCCCCUGGGUGGAUCACGUGGACCCCCUGGGUUCCGUGGACCACCAGCUGGGAGCCACUGCAUUAGAGCAACAAAGGAAGUAUCUAGGGGCUGCUAAAAAGGUCCGGAAGAGGAGGCAGUGCCUUGGUGGGCCAGUUGUGGCCUGUUAGAUGUGGCAAGUCCUCGUAUCUUCACAAACUCUUUCCUGGUGCCUCUGGUGGCAGCAAACCUCUUGCUUUCUUUGUGUGCUUCCAGUGCGCUGCUGCCCUGGUGUUUCCUCCCAUCGCAGGUGUGUCUCUGAAAGGGGAGAUAACAAGAGCUGCUUGUUUACCAGAGCCUGCCAAUGAACAAAAGGGCUUUGACGCUGCGCUUCAAAUGCCACCUCUUGCAGUGAAAACACUGCUUUUGAGCAUGAUUGGAUUUCGUGCCCAACCAGAAAUAGGAAUAUUUUCCUAAAUGUGGCAAGCACUGCACUCGCCGGUCUCCCAUGUUCCCUUCCCAAGAGUCCCCUCCUUUGCAGGGCAAAAAGAGAGAGGGAGGUUCAGGUAUUCAUUAAUCAUAGAUAGUUGUGUUAAAAAUAUAAAGGGAACAAAAUCAACAAAUCAGGCUUCUGUACAAAAAUCUGGGCUAUUGCAUGUAAACGAUACUGUUAGCCUAAUCUGCAGAAACCUUUUUGUGUGUGUUGUGGAUACGGGGCAGUGGGGGGCUGCUGCUUGGUGUGGUCUAUUUCCCUGUGGCACACCCCGCCAGAAAAGUUUGCCUGGCCAAUUCUUGGGCUCAGCCAGAAAUGCCCCCGGCCCACAUGCCCUUGGUGGGCAGGAGCCAAAGGAACAAAGUAAGCGGAGCCACCAGUUCUGUUCUUACUCUUGUACAGCUGUGCAAAAGAGCAGAAGUUUCUCCAUGCCCCCCCCAUCUGUCCACCCUCUAGCCGAGAAAGUGGAAUGGGCACAACUCAGUGGCAUUUGCUUGGAGCAGGGGGAGGGAACCUGGGCAGAGUCUGGCGGGCCAGAUGGAUGGAGAAUGGGGACCUCAGCCUGAGGACCCCCACCCCUAGGCAAGUUGGAGGAGGCUGGAUUGCAGGGGGUUGGCCAGGGUUCCCCUCUGUGAUUCUAUGGUGAAGCUGCCUUGGCCCUCUGGAUUUUAACAGCUGCAUGCAAAUAAUCCUGCCCUGUUGUUAGAUUGUAGGAUAUUUUCAAUUCUUUCUGUUGGGUUUUGUUUAAAGCUCCGCUGUGCCAGAGGUGGAAAAUAAGAUGAUAAACUCCCACCUUCCCACCCUUCAAGAGCUCUGCUGUUUUCCACUCUGCUUCCAGGUGUGAUACAAAACACCCAGCGAAUCUGAGACACAGGCUCUGCAGAACCCCACAUUCUAAAGCAAGUGCUCUCUCUCUCUCCCAUCGUGACCUGCAAAAUGGUGCUUUUGCAAAAGGUAGUGCAGUCCUGUGUCUCCCAGGGGAUCCAUGGCCGGGGGGGGGGGGCGGACAGGGAGAUCCCCUUGGCUGGAAAAUGUUGUGCCCACUAGGCCUCUCCCAACAAUUGCUUGAGGGGGGCUUCCCUCCAAUCCCCUAAUAGGCAAUUAAUUCUCCUUCAAGCCCAUUUCGUCUUGGGGCAAAGUGGCAGCCUGUGGAAUUCAUGAGGCAGCCUGUGGAAUUUGCGGCAUUGCAUUUUCUGUGCUACCUUCGCAUGUGAUUUUACACAUGCAAGCCUGUUUACCAAAUCCAUGUCAAGUUCACCUCCAUGCCUUUUGCAUCUGAUUUUGCCCCAAAUUGUCCACCUGUAGCAGACCAGCCAGGUCCUCUCACCCUUUUUAGAAACUCUGUAAUGUUUCUUUCUGCAUAAAAUUGCAGGCAGCUUUGGAUUCUUAAUCUCUCUUUCUAGGAAACAGUCUUAAGUUUGUUGCAUAGCAGUGGAGCCUGGCUUUUAUGGUCCAUCUGCGGAGGCAGCGUGAGGGCGUUGCACUUGUGGAAAUUCCCUCUGUUGAGUGAUAAAAACUGUUUUAAUUGCAUCUGCAUUUUUUAAACAACAACAACACCACCUCUUUUAAUAGCUUCCUAAUUAAUAUAUUAUACUAAUUUUUUAUUAUAAUAAUUUUUAUUGGUUUUUACAUAUACUUUUUUACAUAACAUCAUAUUGAUCCAUAUUUUUAACAAGCAUUUUUGUUUUCUUUUUAUUUAAUUUAAAACCUGCUACCUGUCCACAUUGUUCAAUUCUUUCCAGUGCUUCCAUUGCACUGGUUGAUGGGUCCUCUACUGUUAUAACUAAAUCGUCUGCAAAGGCUUUCAAUUUAUAUUCUUUUCGACCGACACCAAUUCCUUUAAUCUUGUCAGUUUUUCUCAUAUUUCUUAGAAGGACUUUCAGGACUGUUAUAAAUAAUAAUGGCGGUAAUGGGCAACCUUGUCUGGCAAUCUAGCUUUUUCUGUUCUCAUCCUGAAGCAAAGUUCUUAACCUGAAACAAUAUUUAUGGGUUAACGGAGUCUGUAACCUGAAGCGAAUGUAACCCGAGGUACCACUGUAAUUCCAAUUUUUUAUUAUAAAUUCCCAAUAAAUAUUAUUAAAGGCCUUCUCAGCGUCUAUAAAUAAUACAUUAUACUAAUACCCAUGGUAUUUUGACAAAGUUGCAGGAGGAAAGUUUUUCUCUUGUGCGCACCCAUAAAAUAUCACCUUAAUUUCCACAUGGGUUUACACAGGAGCCGAGACAAGAUUCCCAAACCCUCCCUCGACUCUGCCCUGUUCAGCUGCAUUCCCAGGUGUCCCUGGCAGCUGCUCCCAUGUUAGGACCAUGGAAAUAAAUUCUCUGCCGUAGUUGAAGACAGAAAGUUGGGUGGCCUGGAGCUGACCCCCAGUACUCUUCCAUCUUGCCAGGACUUUGCUGGCUGACCCCCAGGUUUUGACUCAGCAGAAAGCGUUUGGAGUCUCCAUGUUCUUUCUUGGUUAUCAUUGCAUGGGGUGUCAUUGGUCCCUGGUAGCUCCAGGUAGGACUGAGAAUGUCCCUUGGCUGAAACACUGGAGACCCACGCACCAACUCUGCAUAGAGCAGUUUCCCAGUAUUGUAUUCAUUCCUCUUAAGUGCAUUUUAUUGUUGGUUUGCAUAAUCUUAAUUUAUGGCCCAAAUGCUUGUCAGCCUGCACCUUUAUCUUAGUCUUAUCGUGGUCCCCUCUGAUGGGCAUUGCUGUUUUUCAGCGAGAGGGACGGGGCUUUGUCUGUGGUGGCACCCCACUUGUGGAACUCCUUGCACCUUUGGAGGUGCAGCCGCCAUCCUCAUACUUGAGUUUUGACCAUCAGCUUUAUCCACCCUGGCUUUUCAGAUAAGCUGGUGUUUGUGCGGUUGUAUGUGUUGUUCUAUCUGCUUCCUCACUAAUAUAAAGACUCGUGCAUUGUCUGGGGUUUGAUUUAUUUAGGCAUUUUCUCUCUCUUAGGUUAGUUCGGCUUUUGUUGUAUUUUAUGUUGGAAACUUUCAAUAAAAAACGAUUAAAAAUAUAUAGGCAUUUUGAUGAUUGUUGUUGAUCUGGUUUAUUGUUGUGAACCAACCUACAAUCUCAAUUCAUUUUAUUUUAAUUUUUAUUUAAAAGCAUUUCCUUUGCUUUAGAUUUUGAAAUUCGUAAUUGAUGCAAAUCAAAUAAACAAAUGCAUAGGUCAUUCUCGCCCUCUCUCUUCCUAAUCUCCCUUUCCUGCAGCUUGGCUUGCUUUGGCUUGCAAAUUCUGGCCCCUUUCUCUCUGCUUGCAGCCCUGUAGUAGUUGUGUUGCACAUGCCGGGAACAGGUGGGUAGAUGGACCUUCUCCACUAUUGCAUGGCAGGUAGUGACAGAGAUGCUGUUUUUGGGUUUCCUUAUUCUCCAUUUUACCAAGCUUAGUGGGGGGCGGGCUGGGGGCGGGGGCAGUACCCACUGCACUCGCAGCCAAAGCCACAAGCGGGGGGGGGGGGGGAGUAAGCUUGUAAAAAACAAGACUGUGCAUUUUUACUGGUCUGUUUUGCAAUGUGCCUGCCCUCUUUUGCUGCCCUGUUUUAUAUGCCCAUAUCCCUGGCCAUAAAAGGUAAAGGUCCAGUUGUGGCCGACUCUGGGGUUGCGACGCUCUUCUCGCUUUAAUGGCUGAGGGAGCUGGCGUACAGCUUCCGGGUCAUGUGGCCAGCAUAACUAAUCCGCUUCUGACGAACCAGAGCAGCGCACGGAAAUGCUGUUUGCCUUCCCGCCGGAGUGGUACCUAUUUAUCUACUUGCACUUUGACGUGCUUUUGAACUGCUAGGUUGGCAGGAGCAGGGACCAAGCAACAGGAGCUCACCCCGUCGUGGGGAUUUGAACCGCCGACCUUCUGAUCGGCAAGUCCUAGGCUCUGUGGUUUAACCCACAGCGCCACCCACGUCCCAUCCUUGGCCAUAAAACAUGUUGAAUUUCCCUGCCCCCCUUUCUCUCCCCCUUAGUUUCACGAGCUGACCUUGGGCCAGUCACCCUCUCUCAGCCUGACCUACCUCGUGGGGUUGUUGUGGGGAUUAAGUGAGGAGGGGGAGAACCCUGUUUGCCACCCCUGAGCUCUUUGGAGAAAGAGGGGGGAGUCUAAAUGCAGUGAGAACAUUUUUGCACUGGAGGCUCUGCUCUUGGUACGGCCCCUUGCCAGUGAAAGGAGCCUCCAGUUAAAAGCUUCAGGCGCCGCUGCUGCAGCCCUUUGUGCCGGAGUGUCGAGCGUCUUCCGAGAGUUCCCUCCGCCGCGCCUGACCAGUGGGGUCCGUCAGCGCAAAAGAGGCCCCUUCCCUUCCCGCGAAUCAAAUAUUAAUCUGCAGCCAUUCAAGGAGGAUGUUGCUUAAAUGGCAGAACAGAGAGGCUGGGAAGCGCCUCCGGCAUCCUGCAGGGCCCUUCAGUUGCGUUUAUGCGCGUCCUCUGCGCAGCCUCUCCUGUCGUCCUGACAUCUGCCCGCCCCUCAUCUCUGCGCCUGCUGCUUGCUUCCCCCGACUGGGUGGCAGAGAAGGCCAGCAGUUUCACGAAGGCAAAGCGUUGCUGCUUCUGCAGCUGCAGGUGCCUCCCUCCUCAGAUCCCUAAGCCCUUCCACAAAAGAGCUGCCUCUUUGUGCAAAGUUCUGUGGGGAUUAGAGCAGCAUGACCUGGGAGGAAGGGCAUUUCCAGAGACUCCCUGGUUCAGAUCUCACAGAGGCAGCAGUGCUUCUGAGUACCAGUUGGUGGAAACCACAGGAGGGAAGAGUUGCUCUGGUGCAAGGAUCCUGUUUGUGGGUUUUCCAAAAGAGGCCUCUGGUUGGUGGGAUAGAUGGGCCCCCAUUGGGCUGAUGCAGCAUCCAGGCUCUUCCUGGGUUCUCAGGUUGCACCUCUGCCACGGACUGCAAGGCGCUUGGGCGGGUGUCUCUCUCUCUGUCGCAGUGCCUUAGCUGAACCACGGACUGCUGGGCGGCCUCACAGGACUGCUAGAGAGAAUGGAGUAACAAUCAACGUGUUUGCAUCUCUUUUGCAUACAGAGAUUUGCUUCUUCCUUUUAUAGAUUUAGAGGGAUUUCAUGCACAAGUGCUGGUCUUUAAAGCAGAGGACUGAAGGUCCAAAGUAACUUUUGUCCCAUGCAAAGUCUGUGGAGAGAUGUCCUCAGAUAGCCUGCAGUCGCUGCAGCCCCCGUGCCAGGGCUUGGGGAAGAGCAUCUCUCUCUUGCAAGCAGGAUCCCCUGUGGCAUCUCCAGAAAGGGCUGGCAGAGGCUCUUGCCUGAAACCUUAGAGAGCUGCUGCCAGUCAGUGUAGACGAGACUGAGCUAGAUGGACCAAUGGUGGCAUAAGGCAGCUUCCAACGUUUUCUGCCCCCACCCACCCAGCUUCUUCUCCCCAGUUCAACCCUUCAACUCUUAAACUAACUGAAGAGGCAGGGCACUUCCAGAGGGCUGUUUGUUGCAGGAUCUUCAGAGGAUCUAGGCAUAGAUGUCCAGCCCAUAUGUCCAUCUCCCCCCUCCCAGUGUUUAAUCCAGAUUUACCUUUGGGGGAUGGGGGACCCAGUAAGUUGUCAACAACCCACUUGCAACCUGCCUGAACAACCUGCCUCCCAAGAGCAGCCCAGAGAAUAUAGCCAGUGUCUCCAUUGCUAUGGAGGGGUCAGUUCCUUGCAUCCUGCUCUCCUGCCAGGUGGGACUCAGAGAAAUUCUUCCCUCCCUGUUUGUGGGCGUGCACACACACACACACACACACACACACACACACCCCCGCAGGAGCCACAUAAGGAGCUAUUGACAAGACCAGCUGGUGCAGCCAGGGCGGUGAUCUGUUUGUGGCUGGCACAGCACCCUCCAGCUCCUGAGCUCAAGCGAUCCUCCAGGAGAAGCUGAGUUGCAGCUUCUUGGGGCUGGUUUCGCUCUUCCCCUGAGAUUUAGGUUCCCAGAGGUUAUGCAGAAUAAACUGGUGCAGACAACUCUUAAUCUAUGCUGGUUUGCUCCAGUUUACAGCCUCUGGGCUUGCAGUUGCCUGAUUUUGUCCUAAUGGGGCCUGCCAAUCUGUGCCCUGCUAGAUUACUGAGCCCAAGAGGGUUCCCUCCAUCCCUACUCCAGGAAGCCCUCCCCCCCCCCAACAUCUUUCAAGACCUGAUGGAGACACCCAGCUGGAGGUUGUUUUAAGGCGACAAGGCUGCCCAGGAGGAAAACACUCCUGUCUCUCUUAUUCUGAACCCCCCAGACACACAAACACACAGAGUUUGUUUUCGUGCUGACCCUAAGUGGCACAGUGUGUGGCAUCAACAGCACCAAUUCCUCACGAGGAGACAAAUUCAACAUGACACACGUGUGUAGCAGUAUCUGCGGUGACACUUUGGCGGCAGAUAAUAAAGAGCUUGCCCUGAGGUGAACAGAUCUGGCAAUGGCGUCUUGAAAAGCCUCUCUGUUAACGGACGGGCUGGUUGGGGUGGCAGCAGUGGAGUCGCCUCAUCUGUUCCCUUGUGUCUCGUUACGCAGGAAAGUUGGGAGGGUGUAGCAGCAGGGCCUUGUUUUCUGGGCUCUGCAAGGCUCCCUCAGAUUUGGAGAAAAUUGGGAGGACAAUCCUGAGAAAGCUUCUGGGAUCUCUUGGCUAGAGGGGGGGGCACUUAGAAUCAUAGAAUCACAUAAUUGGAAGGGACAUCUAGCCUAACCCUUUGCAGUGCAGGAGCCCCAGCUAAAUAACCCCUGAUGGAUGGCCACCGGGCCUCUGCUCAACAAGCGCCCAGGAAGGAGAGCCCACCACCUUCCAAGGUCUUCUGUCCGCAAGGAGCGCUUUGUCCUUUCAGCCGUCCCAGCAUGGGCGCUUCCUUACCCGGGGUCCGUCCUGUAGCUCCUCGGUCUCAGUCUGCCCCACAGGAACAAGCAGCAGUGGCUCUCUGGGGUUUGGCAGGGCAUCUUCCCUAGCCUUGCUUGGAGAUGCCACUGGGGACUGAAUCUGGAACCAGCAGGGGAUCAGCUGCUGUGCGCCAAGGAGGCUUAUGCAAAGUCAGAUCUUUGCUCUGUCUUAACCCACUGUUGUACGUUCUGGUCAACAGCAGCUCUCCAGAAAUUCAGGGAAAGGGAAAGACUUUCCUAGUCUUAAGAUCUGGGUUUGUUUUGUUUUUUUAAGGCAAUAUUGGUCAGCCAUCGAACAAACCUGAAACUUCCUUUGUGACAAUCACUUCCUCAGCUAUAGAGCUGUGGCCCCACCCAUUAGAGCACAGUGGAUAAGAUGGGCCUUAAGCCCCCCCCCGCCCACCCCCGUAACUUCAGCCUGUGCGGCCGUUGCAAAUGAUUUCUCAGCCUGCAUCCAGAGCACUUUCCUCUUUCACCAAGGCAAGUUGUGUUUUGGUCUUUGUUGCUGUAGCUGCUGCUGCUUUCGGAAGUGAGCAGUGAUGAGACCCUUAUGGAAGGACCCUGGCAGCGCAGUCAGCUGGCUGUGCACUUGGCAUCUCUUUGCUGCAGACCAGCAAGAAUAGUCCCCAGGCCUGCCCUGCUGCUGCCUUCUGGGGUGGGGCAGUGGGGAGAGCCAGCCGGUUUGUACUUGGCUCUGGUGCCCCCCCUCUCCUGCUGCUUCAGUGCCCAUCCGGCAUCACCCUUUGCCAUCAUCAUUCUGGCUACACACACACUCUUCCUCUCCCCUGCUGAGGCAGCUUCCCAUGCUGAGAGAUUGGACCUUGAAGCUCUGUUUGCCUUAAUUUGUAAUAUUUCCAGCCUGGGGGAGAAUGCAGGGAGCAUCGAUUGCAUUUCAGCAGGCAGCCUCACCCAAAGGCCCAGUGGCCUGACCAGCUCCAGUUGACUUAAUUGGAACCUCUGCUCUCUCCCCCUCCCCCUGGCAUUUAGCACCAGGACCUGUCUUCUGUUUCAGGCGAGCAACGCACAAAGUCAUCAGAAAAAUGUGGAGGGAGCAUUCUGGGGGGGUGGGUCUCCUGUGCACUCUGCCCUGCUGAGCUUUACGCUGCAAGUACACCUUUGCGAUUACAGGGGCUAUGCAGCUUGUAUGGGUUAGGGGUCAGCAGCUGGCCAGCCUGAGGGCUAAAGCUGACCACCCACAACCGGAACUGGAUGCAGCCCCUUGGGCCUCCGUCUGCACUCUCCCAGACUUCCAUGCCCAGCUCCACACCCCGGAGAGGUUUAACCGUCGGUCCCUCUGCAUACGGAACUCUGGGAAUUGCAGAUCUGUGAGAGGAAGAGGAUGCCUCCCAAAAGCUCUCAACCCCCUGAGCCACUUCCCAGGAUUCUUCAGGGGACACCGAGGCUCUUUAAAGGGGUGUCAAUAGUGCUUUAAAGCAACAGCGAGCCUUGUGCUUCCCCUUGUUCAGUGUGAGGCCAUAAGAUACUUCUCCACACACAGGCCUUCUGCGUCAGAGGCAUCGCUGCUGUUUUUGGCCUCCGUGAAGGUGUUGGAUGGAUUAUUAUUUUAAAACAUCAAUCAAAGAUCAGCGUUUGAUUUUAUCCCCCAUGCUGUUUGACAUCUACAUGAAACCGCUGAGUUUUGGAGUAUGUUGUCAGCAGUAUGCUGAUGACACUCAGCUCCAUUUCUCCUUUACUUCUUCAGGUGAGGCAGUGGAAGUGCUGGACCGAUGUCUUGCCUCAGUCAUGGACUGGAUGAGAGCCAACAAAGUGAAGCUCAAUCCAGAUAAGACAGAGGCACUGUUAGUGGGUGGUUCCCUAGACCAGAUGGGUGGGAGAUCGCUUGCUCUUGAUGGGGUUACACUUACUCUGAAGGAGCAGGUUCAUAGCUUGGGGGUCCUCCUGGAUCCUUGAGACUCAGGUGGCCUCAGUGGCCCGGAGUGCCUUCCAUCAGCUUUGGCUGGUGGCCCAGCUACGCCCCUAUCUGGACAGGGACAGCCUAACUACUGUUGUCUAUGUUCUGGUAACCUCUAGGUUAGAUUACUGAAAUGCGUUAUAAGUAGGGCUUCCUCUGAAGAUGGUUCGGAAACUUCAGGUGGUGCAUAAAUUUGGUGGCCAGGUUGCUCACCAGAGCAAGACGGUUUGAGCAUCUUACACUGAUCCUGGUCCAACUGCACUGGCUACCAAUUAGUUUCCGGGCCCAAUUCAAAGUGCUGGUUUUUUGUUUUUUUUAUUAAAGAUUUCCUUGAUUUACAAAAGUGUGUGCAAUGUCUCUCUCUCGUAUAUUUUUCCCCCAUGUAACACUUUUACAAAUCAGUUUCAUUUGUUGAGACACUGGGAAGAAAAGGGGGAGAUGGGUGGGGUCGGGUGGCAAUGUUUCUAUUUUACUUACUAUAUGUAGGGUUUGGUGUCAGCGUUGCUCUUGCAGGUUCUUUGCUGUUCACUUGUGUUCCUUUGGUGGUGAGAGGUUGGGGUUGGCCUAGGGUGUGGUUGUUCAUUUGUGGUUGGCUGUGGUGGUCUUUGUUUUCAUGUGUGAGUGGGGUAGGUGUGUGUUUUGGAUCAGGUUAGCCAUAUUGAUUUGUAUGCCGUUGGUGGAUUUUUGUCAUUGUCUUGUUGGGCUGUGUAUGUGAUAAAGGGGAGCCAUACCGGGGUGAAGGUGUCUUUUUCUAUUUGUCUCCAUGUCAGUUUAAGUUUAUUGGUUAAUUUUUCUAGUAGGGCUGUUUCCCAUACUAUUUGGUACCAUUGGUCCAUGCUUACUCCUGACAGGUCUCUCCAGUGUCUGGUUAUGAUGCUUCUGGCUGCUGAGAGUAGGUGGGUUAUGAGUUCUUUGUGGUGCAAGUGGGCAUUAUUGUCUUGGAAGAUGUUUAGUAAGGCCAAUUCUGGGGUGAUUUCUAAUAUUUGUUUGGUUAUUUUACUUAUUUCUCGUAUGGUUGUUGUCCAGAGUAGUUGGGUUUUGGGGCACUCCCACCACAUGUGGAGGUAUGUGCCUGUGGAGGUGCACCCUCUCCAGCAUUUUGGUGAGGUUUCUGGGUGUAUUAGCACUAGUUUUCUUGGUAUUAGGUACCACCUGUAGGUGAGUUUCAGAGUGAGUUCAAAGUGCUGGUUUUGACCUAUAAAGCCUCAGGACCGCAAAAGCUCAAGGACCGUCUCUCCCCAUAGAAACCAACCCGGGCUCUGCAACCAUCAUCUGAGGCCCUUCUUUGUGUGCCGCCUCCAUGAAAGGUCCGAAGGGUGGCAACAUGAGAACGGGCCUUUUCUGCAGUGGCUCCCCAUUGGUGGAAUGCUCUCCCCAGGGAAGUUCGCCUGGUGCCUUCCCUACACAGGCAUUAUUUUAGACAUUCAACUGAUUAACAUUCUAUGGUUUUUUAAAAUGUUUUUGUGGGAGGGGGAGUUGUUGGUGUGGUUUUGUUUUUGUUUUACUAUGUUUUAUCUGUUCUCAUUUGUGUUUUUUCUGUUGUGAACUGCCCUGGGAUCUUUGGAUAAAGGUGUAAUACAAAUUUAAUAUAACAACAGUAAAGAAAAAGAAGAAGACCAUAACUUUUUGGAAUUUAUUAACUGUCGUUUUGUAAGCUGCCCUGAGACCCUAACCAAGGAAGGACAGGGAACAGAUUGAACAGAUAAUCCAAAAGGCAGCCCCUUUCCCACUGCUCCAGUCAGCCAGGGGUGCCAGCUCAGCAGCCAGGUAUGUGAGGAGCAGUCAAGGAACAGAAACUGGUGCCCAGAGAAUGAAGGGAGCUCCUCUCUUGCCACCAUCUAGCCGCAGGUAGCUCAUGAGAACAAGCCCCCUGCUUCUAACAACGCCCGGCUCCUUUCACCCCCUGAGCCCCAAUGGGCAAGAUGCUUCUCUGUUUACUCUGGCAGCAGCCCAAUUGCUCUGGUCAUUGAGCACGCAGAUUCUCCCAGAGUUUUAAUUUCUGUCAAAGCAAGGUUGUCAGUGUGAGGCUGGGCUGAGAUGGAGCCGUGGGCAGGGCUUCCUUGCCCCUUGGUGUGUUCUCAGGAGGUUGGGAAGUUGUGUGUGUGAGAGUGAAGCAGCAGCCCUUCUUUGGAGGCCCCCCUGCCAGCUUGUGGCUCUGGCACCCGCUCUGGUCCUGCGAGGAGGAGGGAGGGAGGGAGGGUAAUUGCCACCUCCCUCUGUUUGCCUUGAGCCUAGCAGCUCUUAGCUGUCAGCAUCCGGAUGAGCCCUUGCUCCUUGCUCCUUCGCUGUAGCUUGAGCUCCUUGGGAGCCAAAUCGCAAGACAGGCUGACAGCUGAGCAGUGGGGGGAACAGACCCCUUCCCUCCCCCUCCACAAGGGCCUCUGCAAUCGAAGGGGCUCCACGAUUAACCCUGCCUUGUUCUCCACUUUGUAACUGAUUUUUGGCACAUUUUUUUAAAAAAAGUAUACGGUUAAAAACCAGGGUUAAUUAGGCGCCCUGGCAGCUGGGCCUUGGCGGAGGCCAUUGUGUGCCUGAAUUUAACCGGAACUGGUUUCACAGCGUAGUCUGCUUUAAUUGGUAACUGUUGUGAGUUUGGGCAGGCCGACUGCCGCCUCACGCAGGCCUAGCCAGCCUCCCAAUUAGGGGCUUCCCCCUCCUCUCCCCACAGUAAGAAUGCUUCUGUUGAACCCCUGUGGGAUGCCUUCCCUCCAGCCCUCUGCCGGUUAAUCUGAUAUAUACAAUGGGCUGAAAUUGGUGCGUCUCCUGGGAGCCGUCCUCAUUAGUCCUGACUCCUGUGAUGUCACGGCAUGUUCACGGCUGUUGGCGAAGGUUUCCUGGCUGCAGAAUGUUACUCAGAGGCAAGGGCUCUGGAGGGAGGCGCAGAGAUGGAGGGUUUUGGAGGAGGGUGCGGGGAGCCUCUGCAUUUUGCAUCUUGAGUCCAAGUAAUGUGCGUCUUGGCUGCUGGUCUGUGUAGUGUUAACCUUUUAUUACGUAGCCCAAAUAUACUCCUCUUUCUGUUUUGGGCCAAGUGCUUUCUCUGCAUAAAUGGUCGCUCCUGAUAGAUGCUUUCCCUGCAAGAAUUUUGUUUCCCCUCAGUUCCACUCAAUGCCAUCAUCUCCCACAGCAGCUGCUUUUCCCCUGAAUGGAGCUCCUUUUCUCCUUCACGUGGGUGAAGCCCACCAAACAGUCAUAACGAUAAAUAGCUGGCCGUAUUUGUCCACGUCACUGAGGACAGAUGUAGUCAACUCAGCGACACUUUCUGAAUCACUUCCAAAGCAAUCGCUGAAACGUUUUUUGGUUGGGAGAAUACUUUUCGACAUUGCUGAAAACGUUCCUGGAAAGUAGUGAGUCCUUGUUAGCUCAGCCCUUGCUAUUGCUGCAAACCUCCUGGGCUGGGUCUUUGCAAGGGAGCUCCCAGGCAUCCCUCUGGCGCCUGAGCAUUCACCCCAGGGGAAGGAGGCUGCUGUGGGCAUCUCUCUUCUGUGACAGUGCAUGUGCUCGUCAACCUGUCCAGGAUACAUUGCAAGUUGUCUGUGCAAUCUGUGGCCGACUUCACUUGUGAUGGUUGGGCCACAGUCCUCAACAGGAGUCCUGGGGGCGCAGCAAUGCUUUUGAAUGCCAGUUGACGGAACCCAUAGUGGAGGAGACGGCUCUUGUGCCCAGGUCUUGCUUGCGGGUUUCCCACAGAAGAAACCAUUGUGGCCAUUGUGAGAAGAGGGUGCUGGGCAAGAUGGGCCCCCUUGGGCCUCAUCCACCAGACUCUUCUCAUGUUCUCCGUAUUGCUGCUGCGUUGCUACUUGUGCUGUACAAUGUGAGAGUGUUCCAGAUUUUGUGGGGCAGGGGCCUUGCUUUUUAUAUUUUGCCCCUCCAUUCCAAAGAAUGUAGAGUUGCUUGGCUGGAUCCAAAGAGAGAUCUAGUGUACAGACCAGCAUUUGGCCUCCACGGAGAGCCAGCCAGGUGAGGGGGCUGUGACAGCCACAGGCCUCUCCCAUUGCUGGGUCUCCAUUUCCUAGAGUUACCAGAAUGGUGUGAGAUGCAGUCACACACUUGUGUGAAUGUAAAGUUGGCCUUGGUGCACUUUGGGUGUGUGCAUGGGGCUUGGCCUUCCCCCGCAUUUAACCUUGACUUUGCCACCCUUCCUACAGCCCAGGGUGCCAAAUGAUGGUUGCACUCGAUGACAUCAAAUAAACUCACAGUCCAUGCCGUGUGUAGUUCAGACUAGAUGUACCAAAUUAGACGUUGACGGUCCAUGGGCUGGCUUGGCAUCCAUCAGCUCUUCCCACCCCCAGAACUUCCUUCACACACCCCAAUCAAGUCCUAAGAUUUAUUUCCCAUUGCAAUAUUCCCAGAUCUGGGCCUAAAUCUGCCUCCGAGCCAGCCUGUUGGCCAAUUUGCAGGGAGCAAAACACUCACCUUGCUGCAGGCAUAAUCUCAUAAGCCUCUGCUGCCAUCCUAAUGGCUUCUCCUGCCUGCCUGCAAACCGCUCUCCCUCCAGUAUAGAUUCGCAGAGUAAUAUAAAAAGCCAUCGGAUUAUUACUGCAGGCGAUAGGUUUUCCAUUUACAGUAAUAAAAUACUGAGGAAACAAAACAAUUUAAAAUUCUAAUAAAAUUCAAAGCAAAUCUUCAGCAGCUGGGAUGAUUCAAUUAUUUAGCUGUUAUUGAAUGCAAAGAUGGGGGAUAGGGAACAGGUUGUGGGGUUGGGAGACGGGAGGGAGGACUGCUGGUUUGGGGUUUGUUGUCCUGGGCAGUGUCUUCUGUAACAAAUAAAAAGCAAGGUCACGCCAGGGAGCCAGCAGCCAGUCGUGAGAGGUGAGCAUCAUGGGAGGCUGGGGCAGAGGCCACAAAGGUGUGCCAUUGGCUUUUCUGCAAGGAAAGGUCAAAGUAUUUUGAGGCUUUAACCUCUUCUGGAGAAACAAAAGAACAGCUUUCCCCAACAAUGGCACCCUUCUACUCUUUGGCACUACAUCUCCCGUCGGUUGUGCUGUCUGCGGCUGAUGAGAGUUUCAGUGCACAAGAGCUGCAGGCCUCUAAACCCAGUUUCCUUUAUCCAUAGAUUCAUUCAUUCAUUCACUGCAUUUCUGCCCCACCUUUUUCUCCGAGGAGCUCGAGGUGCGUGCAUGGUUCUCUUCCUCCCAUUUAAUCCCCACAACAACCCUGUGAGGUAGGUUGGGCUAAGAGAGAUAGUGAGUGGCCAGGUUCGCCCAGUGAGCUUCAGAGCUGAGUGGGGAUUUGGACCCAGGCCCUAGUCUGACAAUCACGCCACCCCUGGCUCUCAAACCAGUGCCAGUGGGUAGUGAGAGAAGUUUUGCCCACCUGCAGAAUGUUAGAAUUCAGAGCCACCCAGUGAAACUGAUUGGCCCUGGCUCAGGACAGACGACAGGAAGGACUCCUUUGUGGGGCUCACAUAACAUUGCAGGGGGUUGGUCUAGACGACCCUUUGGGUCCCUUCUGACUCUCCAGUUCCAACUCUACAAAACAUAGGACCCGUGGGGUGCAGCAGUUGAGGGUGCUGGGCCAGGGAGCCCCCCACUCAGCCAUGGAACUCCCUGAGCCACCUUGGGCCGGUCACUGCCUCUCCGAUUAACUCACCUCACAGGAUUGUUUUGAGAAUAAAAUAAGGAAGGAAAAGACCCAGGUAUGCCACCUUGAGCUCCUUGGAAGAAAAGACGGAAUAUAAAUGUCUUGCUGAAUAAAGCUGCAGCCACACGUUGUGGUGGCUGUUAGUGUUGGGUGUGUUCACAGUGAAGUUGUAUGUGGCUUGGGGGCCAUUUCACAGUGCUCCCCCACUUUUCCUCACAUCAGCAGGGCUUCAUUGGUGUCAGAUUCACCACACCAGGAGGCAUUGACAGGCCAGGGCUGACUCUGCCCCAGGCCUGCUUGUCGCCAUCAGAAACACAUGAUGCCCAAAUGCACCUUCGCCUCUCCCCAAACAUCCAAGAGAUCUCUCGAUGCCUCCUACUUCCAGGCUGGGGGGAGUGUGAGGUUGUUGAGUGGCUCAAGGGAGAGACGAGGCCAAGUUCCCUGAAAGAAGGGCUGCAAGAAGGGGGGGGGCUCCCAUUAUGCACACACUCAGGUAGGAGCACACAGCCCAAACCCUCAGCCCCACAGAAGGUUUCCACAAAGGUCUUUGCAACUUGGCUGGUGACCCUGUCCAGCACCUGAGUUUUAUAAAAAAAAGAACAGGAUUUGCGUGCAUGUCGGACAAAGUCGUUUGAACUCAGAUUAAGAGCCCUGCCCUGGAAACGCAGCGGGUGCCCAGUAAACGGCUGGGGGAGCACAGCCUUGGGUGGCUUCAGAAGAGAAGUUCAGUGACUGUUUAACAAAUGGCACCAGCAAAAUGACUUUUCUGCCUAAAUUUGGCUGCUGAAACGAAGAAGGCAAACCAGGUGCAGGUUUUUGUAUGAAAGGGCUCCGAUCUCAGUUCAGUUCCAGUGUUGCAAACCCUUUGCUCAGAGGCAGCCUUUUCUUUCCUUCUCACUGGUCUGUGAUCAGGAGGUUUUGGGAUCUGGCAAGACAGAAGUGGGCUCAGCCCUGGCCUGCCCAAUCCAGAUUUCUCCCCCCAGGGUCCAGCGUUUUCCAGGCCAUAAGACUGUAGAGUUGGAAGGGACCCCAGAGUCAUCUAGCCCACCCCCCUGUCAUGGCGUUUCUGAAGCCCCUCUGCCCGGACGCUCCGUGCCCCGGCUUUGGCUUUAGUCAGCGCUCAGCCGGAGCAGAUGGCAGCAGCCUCCUCAGAGGAGCACCUGGUGCCUGGGCCAGAGAAGGGCUUGGCUGUGCAGCCGCUGACAGCUCCGCUUGCAAGAGGAGAAGGGGUGAGGGAAAGGGCAGGCCGUUGGUGCUGGCAACCGCGGCUGCGUGUCAAGGCGAGGCCGCCUUUGCAUGACGGGUGACGGGGUGAUUGGGGAGAGUAAUUACGGCCCGUUAGAAAGCAGUAAUUACUGCAGGGAGGGAGAGGCGCUUGCCAGCGGAGUGCAGGAGUGCGCCAGGAACCCUCUCGGAAAUUGGUAGCUCUAUAAUUUUCCCAGUGGGGGUUCGCUGCGUCACCCUGAGAUGUGACAACACAUGGAAUUUGCAGCUUGUCACAGCGAGCCCAACUGGUGUUCAGGCAGUGACACAGCCUCUCUCCCUGACCCCCCCCCCCUUGAUCUGGGAGUGAUCUUCCAGGGGCUGCUUGGUGCGUUUCCUGUGCUUGACUCGCGGUGGCAGAAGGCUGGCACCCAGUCUGGCUUGUGCCAGGGCAGGUGGGCACUGCAGCCCAUGCACAAAAGGGCAUCAGUUGCUGCAUUGGGUGCAGGAGAGGAGCUUCAUGGGAAUCUGUGCCUGUAGUUUAAGGAAUCAGGAGCAGGUGGAGCCCCUUGUGCAUGUGUGGGGAGAGCUUUGGUGGCCCCUCGGGAGCAACUGACGGUCAGAGGGGCAGCCCUUCAGUGCCCUUCUCAGUACUGUAUCCCUCCCUCCUGAAGGCUAGGGAAAAGCAAGCUAAAUUAUGCAAGUCAGUAAAGAACUAUGGAAUAAAUUAUGCAAAAUCAGAGGAAUUAAAGACAAAAUUUAUUCAGGGUCAUGGGGUUCAGCUCUUUUUGGCCCAGGAUUUGGAUAGCCUGGGAGUAGAAUGUUAAUAGCUUUUAGCCUGGGCGACUCACGACCCCAGCUUGAAAUCCCAUUGAAGUCAACGGGGAUUUGAAAAGAGGGAAUAAGUGCACAGAAGAAUUUGCAUUGUUCACAGAUUCCUAAGAGCUGGAAGAGGGGGGGAACCAUCUAGUCUGAUCUGAAACAGACACAGAAUAAUCUUCACAAUCCAGGCCCCAAACAGGGAGCCAGGCACCCCAGUGAAUGAUGCCUGCAGAGCAAAUGAACCCAAGCUGCUUGUUUGGGGAGGCCAGGCACCUCCGUUGUUCAGGUGUGGCUCUGCGGCUGUUGCUCACCAGCAUUGUAACACAGAGCAGGAGAGCGGUUUGUGCAGUUCCUGCCUCUGCAAUGGGCAGGUCGCAGUGGCCGCAGCCGGUCUCUCCUCCUCCGUGCUGGGGAGGCCUACCUGCCCUCCUCUGGCUGUGGGGCUCAGAAGCGCUGGAACAGCACAGCUGGAUCCUGCAGGGCACCACGGAGCUUGACCUUGCGGGCACUCGCCCCCCUGCCCCCACCUCCAGACGGGAACCUUUCCCGCCAGCCCUCUCACUGGGAGCCAUUUUCAUUAGGGAUUCUGCGAGUGUCACCAGUUAAUUAGCGUCAUGUUAAUUGAGUAUUUGCCAUGCUUCCUCCUCCAAGGACAGCCGUGCUAGCAUGGAGGGGAAUGCAGAUGUGUCGUCCGGAGGGUGGUUGGGGUGGCAGCCGACCUUGUCCUCCUCUAGCCCUGGGUCCCGGCAGCAGCCAGACCACAGGGCAGACCCCCAUCCGAGCACUGCCCUUGGGUAGUCCACAGGGUGGCAGGGCAUUCCUGCAGGGUGAGCUCUUGGGAGAGAUCAUACUGAGAGCUUGGCUCCUCUGGAAGAUGUUUAGGGCUCCUGGGGCUCUAGGCAAUGUCUCUUUUGUGUUGUUUGCUCUGCCCAACAGAGCAGGGAUACUGAGGCAUAACAACUUCUUCACACGGCACAUCAUUAGACUAUGGAACUCCCUCCCACAGGAAGUGGGGAUGGCCACCAACUUGGUUGGCUUUGAAAGAGGAUUAGGCAAAAAUCACGGAGGAGGAGAGGGCUCUGGAAGGCUAUUAGCCAGGGUGGUCAUGGUUAGCUUCCAGGGUCCAAGGCAGUUGCUGGAAGCCAUGGGAGGCGAGAGUGUUGCUCCUGCUUGCAGGAUUCCCAUAGAGGAUGGGCUGCUGGCCUCAUCCAGCAGGUGCUCUUCUGAUGUUCAGGCCAGGGGCCCACCAACUCCAGCGUCCUGUUCUCACAGGUGCCUGAGGGAAGCCUGCAAAGAGGACCCGGGCACAAGAGCGCUCUCCCCUCCGGCACUGCUGCCUCUGACGAUGGAGGCAGAACAUAGCCAUUGUGGCCAGUAGCCCAGAAUCCAAACAAGCACCGAGUGCAUGUCGGGAAAGUGCAGAAUGCAAUUGCCUGAGAAUCUCCACUUGCCUUACCUGAAGACAACACAGUUCUUGCCCUUUUAGGGGUUGGGAAGGUUUGCUUGGAUGCCUGUGGGCAAUGCCUGCUGAGAAGGAAGGGAGGCAGCAGUCAAGGGGUGGGACUUCACUGCCAUGCUUUCCUCCUCCCAUGGGAUGGCGGCAGCGGCAUCCUGCUACUGCUAAUUGUUGCUUGUAAUUAUCUUUGUACCCUUAAUGUGCAUUGUGACAAGAAGAUCUCAAGGAGGUUACUGUGUUUGGAUUUUGACAUUGGAAAAGCAGUCGAGAGAUGGGAGGAGACGAGGUCAGGAGGAGGGUUCGAGUUCAGCACAGUGGUGCAUGCUGAAGAUUAUUUGCAAAUAAGGGAUGCAAGAUGGCAACCUUCUCCAGCCAGGUGCCCCCCAGAUGUCGGCCCCAGCCAAUCUGACCAUGCUCCCACCCAUCUGUUGUGCAGAUAAAAUAGGGGGGGGGGGACCAUGUACCUAGAGCACCCUGAGCUUCUUGGAAGCAAUUAAGAAGCAAGUAUUUCUUUGGCCUGCCUCUGUGGGGCUCCUCUGGGAGGCCUCCCUUCCCCAUCGGCCUGUGUUGUGUCUGCAGCCGCAGAACCUGCCCAGCCUAGACAGACAGACAGACAGGCUAUUUUCCUCCCUAAGUGAUAGACUUAGCUGGGCCUUUGGGGUAGACUAUUGACGAGAUAUUGGCAGCCAAGGAUCAAGUGGCAGCUGGAUGUCCUGGGCUAUAUUUGUCUUGCUGGCUCGUGAUGCGGCCGUAAUCCUCACAGAGAGCGGUCAGGGUGAAGACACCAAGACGUGUCUUGCCUUGGAGGCCUCCAGAGGCUCCGAGGGUCACUGGCUCCGUCCCUAAAGGCAGGUGCUGCUGGGCGGGCCAAGGGGCAGGCGUCGGCUCCCGGCUUUGGAGGGGCCCUUGAGCAAAAUGCUCAGCCUCCUCUGCAGCAGAUGCCUGGCCAUGCCAGCCCUUGGCGCCAGCCCUGCAAGGUGGGCCCCUCAGCAGCUGUCCAGGUGCUGCAAGCGGCUCUCCCACAAAAUCAUAUAAUCAUAGACCGGUGGAGUUGGAAGAGACCCCACCAGUCAUCUGCUCCAACUAUUUGCCUUGAGCAUAAGGCACUGAUAAUGAGGAAGGCCGUCUCUGAAUAUGGGCGACGUGUUCACUUAUCACGGUUAAUAACAGACCCCUCCUCCAAGAAAGAGGUCUGCCUCUCCUCUUUUGAGAGGGGCCACUGGAUGCCUCUGCUCACAAGCAAGUCGUAGGGUCAUCAAACAUUCCUUGCUAUUGCCUCCCAGAACCUGGUGCUCUUAUUUAUCUAUCUAUUUCGGAAGAUUAAUGCACUUAAAGCCAUUUCCAAAGAGAAUAAAACAAGAAAAUUAGCAGUAAAAACUAAACAUUUGAAAGAUAGAAUCAGCAAUAAACUAAAAAUAGAUUAAAAGAUACAUCAGCAUUCUACACGUCUGGGUGGGUUUAUCUAAACAAGGAUGUUAUUUAGCAGGCUCCGAAAAGAGCUCAGCAAAGGCAGGGAGUUCCAAAGUGUGUGGCUGCUGCCACACUAGAAGAUUGAUUUCUAACAAAUUGGGAACGUGUGUUAUGUGGCACCUCAGAUCAAAGUGGGCAUAUUCGGGGUAAGGCAGUCUUGCAGGUAAACUGAUCCCCAGUUGUUAAGGGCUUCACAUUUUAAUAGUAGCCCCUUGCACUGGGCCCAGGGGCACGUUGGCAACCAGUUCAGCGCUCUGAGUGCAGGUGUUGUACACAGACCGGAUUUAGCUUGUCAUUCCAUGCUAAGAGCUGCCAAGAGACAGAGGAAGUUGCUGGUUCUGAGUCAGACCCUCAGUUGUUCUGUUCUGUUGUGUUGUAUUGGGUGUUUAUUCUUCUUCUAAUAUAUGUUUAUUGAUUUUUUUCAAAAUGGCAACAAACAAUAACAAAGAGGACAAGGACUGUGUGGAGCACAUUAUUGAAGUGGGAAUAAAAUGAACAGAAGGUUCAGGACACUUGUGCAGACGUCAUAAUAAAAUAGAUUCUGCUAAGGGACAUUGGGCUGCCCUGCAUGAUGACAUUUGCUGAGAGAAAGACAGUGGAAAUGUGUCCCUGUUAAUUCUCUUCAACCUCCAAGCGGUUUUCAGUACAGUCAACCAUGGUAUCCUUCUGCAGCGGCUCUCCAAACUAGGGGUGGCUGGCAUCGCUUUGCGGUGGUUCCAGUCCUACUUGGGUGGUUGUUCCCAGAGGGUGUGACUUGGGGAGUGCUUUUCAGCCCCGUGGAACCUUCAAUUUAGGGUUCCGCAGGGCUCAAUCCUAUCCCCCAUGUUGUUUAACUUCUACAUGAAACCGCUGGGUGGGGUUAUCUGGAGGAUUGGAGUACGUUGUCAGCAAUAUGCUGAUGACACUCAGCUCUGUUUCUCCUUUACAUCUGCAGGUGAGGCAGUGGAAGUGCUGGACCCAAUGUCUUGCCUCCAGUAAUGGACUGGAUGAGAGCCAACAAAGUGAAGCUCAAUCCAGAUAAGACAGAGGCACUGUUAGUGGGUGGUUCCCUAGACCAGAUGGGUGGGAGAUCGCUUGCUCUUGAUGGGGUUACACUUACUCUGAAGGAGCAGGUUCAUAGCUUGGGGGUCCUCCUGGAUCCUUGAGACUCAGGUGGCCUCAGUGGCCCAGAGUGCCUUCCAUCAGCUUUGGCUGGUGGCCCAGCUACGCCCCUAUCUGGACAGGGACAGCCUAACUACUGUUGUCUAUGUUCUGGUAACCUCUAGGUUAGAUUACUGAAAUGCGUUAUAAGUAGGGCUUCCUCUGAAGAUGGUUCGGAAACUUCAGGUGGUGCAUAAAUUUGGUGGCCAGGUUGCUCACCAGAGCAAGACGGUUUGAGCACAUUACACCAAUCCUGGUCCAACUGCACUGGCUACCAAUUAGUUUCCGGGUCCAAUUCAAAGUGCUGGUUUUGACCUAUAAAGCCUUGAGCGGCUCAGGACUGCAAGACCUCAAGGACAGUCUCUCUCCAUAUAACUGACCUGGACCCUGAGAUCUUCCUCCUCCUCAAGAGGUCCAGAGGGUGGCAACACGAGAACAGGACCUUUUCUGCAGUGGCUCCCCGUCUGUGGAAUGCUCUCCCCAGGGAGACUCUGGCGCCUUCAUUAUACACCUUUAGGCGCCAGGCAAAAACGUUCCUCUUUAACCAGGCCUUUGGCUGAUUGGCACCCGAUGCCCUUUUAAAUGUGUUAUGGGAGCGGGGGUUAUUGGGUUGUUGUUGUUGUUCUUAUUUAUAUUACGUAUUUUGUGGGUUUUUUAUCUUGUAACUUUAUGGCUGGACAGUUUUAUCCUAACGUAUCUCCUUAUAUGUUUUGUUAACUCUGUUGUGUUCUAAUCCAUGUAUACAGUGCAAUUUUUCUAUGCCAAUAAAGGAGAUUGAUAGAUAAUUUUAUGUUGUGAACUGCUCUGAGAUCUACGGGUGAAGGGGUGGUGUGGAAAUUUAAUAAAUGUAAUAAUUAAAAUCAUAAACAGAACAUUAAAAACAAGCAAACUCACCAUAGCACCUUGAAUUGGCUACUCGUAUUAAGUUGACACCACAGUUGACAAUCUGGGGCUCUUCUGUUUUUUGUGGUUUUUUUUUAAUAAUAAUAUUUAUUCAAAGUUUAAAGUUACAAAAAGAAAAGAGAACAAUACAAAAUACAAAAAAGAAUAUAACAAUAACAGAGAGAGAGAAAAAAAAAAGGUAUAAAAAUACAUUCAAUUGAAAUAGAGCAAGAACAGCUUGAACCUUUACAUAACUUUUUUCCUUUACUUAUUUCCUUGACCUCCUCACACUUUUGUAUUCUAGUUCAGAUCGUUUUUUUCAGCAAAUCCUUCCAACCUUAUUUUCAUUUACAUAGUUUAAUUUAAAGUAUUAUAAUUUAACAUCCUCUCUUUCAUCAAUUUCAUCAACUCAUUUUUGCUUAAUCCUUUAUAUCAUAUCUACCAAAACUACCUAAUUUUCUUUUUCCAACAUCUUUCUAACAGUCUUUAAUAUUACAAUAUUUUUGAAGAUAUACUUUAAAUUUUUUCCAAUCUUCUUCCACCGACUCUUCUCCUUGGUCCCGGAUUCUGCCAGUCAUCUCAGCCAAUUCCAUAUAGUCCAUCACUUUCGUCUGCCAUUCUUCUCGGGUGGGUAAUUCUUGUGUCUUCCAAUACUUUCCGAUGAGUAUUCUUGCUGCUGUUGUAGCGUACAUAAAAAAGGUUCUGUCCUCCCUUCGCACCAAUUGGCCGACCAUGCCCAGGAGAAAGGCCUCUGGUUUCUUCAAGAAGGUAUAUUUAAGUACCUUUUUCAUUUCAUUAUAGAUCAUCUCCCAGAAAGUCUGGGGCUCUUCUGGAGGGUCCUGGACCUGUGUCCUAAAUUUGUGUUUUACAAAUUUAAUAAACAAUGGUGAAAAUAGCCAUAAUUUUGGAAAUCCGAGUCUCAGGUGCCCCAUAGAGGUGGGUGCUGUUGGGGGCCUGUGCAGCACCUUCCUUUUACCUACAAAGUACAGGAACGUCAACCCUACAACGUCAAGAGGGCCUCGUUUAAGAGUAACCUCUUUAAAUCCUCCUUGUCUUUGUUGCUUGCUCAGACAAGGCAGUAUUCCACCUCCUCUCAAUUCAAACCCCCCCCCCCCAGUGGAGGCUUCUGUGCAUGGCAGUGCAGCCCUAGCAGCUUCUUGCGAACAAGGAUGGGGUAUUAUUGUUAUCUUAUUUUAUUUAUUUAUAUCCUGCCUUGUUCCCAACAGACUCAAGGCGGCUUACAGAUAAAAUCAAAACAGCUGGAAAAAACCACACAGGAAUAGAAUUAAAACUAUAUACAGACGAUCUAUUAAAACACUACAAAUCAUAACAAUAGAAACAUUGCAGCACCAAUCCUUUCCUUAAAAACAGCCUAAUCCUGAAAGUCUGUUGAAAUAAGAAAGUCUUAUUCCACAAGGAGGGAGCCAGUCAAACCUCUCCAAGGAGGGAGCGCCAAAGUCAGGGAGCAGCCACCACCGAGAAGGCCCUCUCCUGUUUCAGUCACUUUCAGUGGCCAGGGCAGUUAAUCCUGGGCCCAGGGCCAGAGAUGGGUUUCUUAGUACAGAAGGCUCCCCAGGGUUUUAUGCAGGGGCCUUUGAUACUCAGGGGAUGCAAAACGGAUGUGCAGAGCACUGAGCUGCCCCCCUUUUCCAGGGACACCAGGAAUUUAUGUCAUGCUUUAGAGCAGCUUCCCCCCUCCCUGGUGCUUUACAGAUAUGUUUGUCUCCUGUCAACACUUCCCUGCUGACUGGGGCUGAGGAGAUGUUGGUGCAAACCAUCUUCGAGGCGUGGCAUUUGAGAAAGCCACUUAAAGUCCAUUCUUCUGAGAUGUUGCCAGCCAGAGCUUGAAGGCAGCAACUUUCCCCUGCUUUGAUAUCCCUGGCACCUGGUUUUUCUGAGGUAGGCUGCCUCGGAAGCAGAAGGCUUUAUCCUUCGUUAUCACAACUCAUAGCUCUUGAGAGACCAAGAAGGCUGAUCCUUCCCAAAGGAUCCUGGGACAGUUGGCUGUGUAGAUCAGUGGUGCCCAAAGAGGGUGGUGGGAUUACCGGGGGGGGGGUGCUAAGAGGCAAGAGGGUGGCAGGGGGCACUGGAGGUGUAAAUGGCUGUCAGGCUUGGAAAAGUUGCCAUCACUGGAUCAAGUUCAUCAGUUUUCUUGAUUUAGUUUCCAUUGGAUUUUCAGCAAAUCCUUAGCGGGUUGUGCAGGCCACUGUUCUGAACAGGGGCUUUUUGUAGGAUAGGGGCUGCUGGGGAGGAGUUUAUGGAACCAGAAGCACGGGGGGGGCUGGGGGGGAAGGGAACCCCUGGUUCAAAUGCAGCCGUGGAUCUAGCUCAUUCUUAGCUCUCCAGGUUAAAAUGGGUGAGCAUUUGGGACCCCCCCCCCCUAUUUGGGCUUCCUGGUUUUCCUGGCUGUGGCAGCAGGACACAGCUAGGGCGGAUCUGCCGUCCUCAGAACAACAGCAGGACGUGGCAUCACCCUGCGUGCAAAAUGUGUGCUUGUCCACGUGCGCUUCACUUGAGCAGCUGCCCCUCCCCCAGUCCAUUAAUCGCAGGCUUCCAUUAAAACCCACCGCAGCAGGUCGUUUGAGAAGCGAGGCAAAUGGGUUCACUGGCCAUUUCCCCAUUACAUUAAUGUUAUGGGCUUUUUACAGGUGUCUUAAAUAGACAUUGUUAUUAACGAGUCUAUUAAGUCAAUUAAAACCCAGUCCUUUGAGCUGGAUUUAAUGUAGCCACUGGGAGAGAUUGGGGGGAGGGGGCUAGAGGUAUUUUUGGUUUCCUGCCAUGGUAUAAGGAGCAGCCGGCCAUUGCAGUUUCUUUCUGCUCCUCUGCUGCCUGCCUGCCUUCCUUCCUUCCUUCCUUCCUUCCUUUCUUUCUUUCUUUCUUUCUUUCUUUCUUUCUUUCUUGUGUCGUGUCUCACAUCCAUCUUUGGAGAUAUGCCUCUCCAUUCCUGGGAACCAACUUUUCAUUUUCAUUAUUAUUAUUACUGUUAUAUAUUGCAUAUCUAUCGCACCUUUUUCCCCAAGGAGCUCAGGGUGGCCGGCAUAGCACUCCCCUCCUCCAUCCCCAUGAAAACCCUGUGAGGCUGGUUAGGCGAAGAGGCCAAGCAAGGAUUGGAACACAUGGAUCAUGGAAUACAAGCCUGCUUUUAAAACCCUCCGGCCUCUUGUGCCCGCGGGAGGGAGCCGGGAGCCGGGGGCCGAGGCAGAGCAGCAGCACAGGCCAGGAGGCCGGUGUGUCCCUCAGGUCUGCCUGCCUCCCUUGGCGAGCAGGAGACGGUCGAAGCCCCGAGAAAGACUUGGCAUGUUGUUUUUAAAUGACUUGGUAGCAGCUCUCCCCUUUUUUCCGCCCUCUCUCAGAGGCAGCCUUUUCAAACACCUAAUUUAUUCCAUCUAUUAGAUAGAUUUUGUAGAUUUAAUCAUUUUCACAGUUGGUGGCUCAUUGGAUACUCAAGAUAAACUCCAAAUGAAAGUAUAAUGGGAACGACAAAUGAGUUUUUGCACCAGAAAUAGCAGAAACUUGCUCAAGAAGGGAGUUUGAGAGGAGCAAAAUAUAUAUAAUUUCUCCUUCCGCCCCCCCCCCCCGCCCCUUCUUGGCGCUGCCUUUUGCUGACUACAGUAGGUUACCACAGUUAAUUUCGCCAGUUUUGUUCAUCUGUAAAAUUGCAUAAAAGUGACAUUUUUGUGCUCGUUAUAAGAAGUGCUGAUUUAUAGCUGGUAAAUGGAAUCCCCCUCCCUUUUGUGUGUGUGUGGAGCUCUCAUAGCAGCGUAAAGCACCCAUGAAAUUGCUUGUAUAAUGUAGUUUAAAUCCAAUCUCCAAGAGAGAUUCCCUCCCUCCCCCCUCCUUGGCUAAGGAGAUGUUUCCUCUCCCCACACCAAGUUUAUUUAGGCUGCUUGGAGAAUGAAGGGGGGGGGCGGGUCGUGUGUUUCUUUUGGUUGCUGUGGUCCAUUUCAGAAGAGUGAGCCAGCUGCUCAUAGAAAUGUGGAAUUGGAAGGGACCCUGGAGGGGCAUCUCCUCCACCCCCUGGACCACCGGCCAGGCUGACGGGGGCUGGCGUGGUCUUCAGAAGGACGGAUCUGCCGUAUAUGUAAUACAAAAAGGGCAAAGCACAUUAAAAGUAUCUGGAGGUUUCAGUCCUUCCUGAAGUCACAAAUUAGGCGCAAUCUUCUCCAUUAUCCCAGAGUGAGGGGCACCAAGCAUCCAGCGUAAGAUUUUGGGCUGUUUCCAGCUGAGUUGCAAUAACUGUUUGAUUCUUCUGACAAUAUGUUGACAUUGGUAUCAUCCGAAAAUAUUUGGCAACAUUAAUUUUUGACAAGCAAUAGUUGGUUUAUGGAGAGAAUAAACCAAUUUUGAAGGUGUUUUUUUAAAAAGCAGUUUAUUCGCGAAAUAAAUAGGUGAAUGCCCGCUUAACGCUGCUGCCUGCCUUUUUGUGUCCUAGGUGAAGUCAUGGCUCCCCUGCAUUCCCCGCGAUACCCCAGCCCAGCUGAACUGGACGCCUACGCGCAGAAAGUGGCCAACAGCCCCCUCACCAUCAAGAUCUUCCCCGCCAACAUCAGGGUCCCACAGCACAAGCACCUUAACCGGACAGUGAACGGGUACGACACAACGGGGCAGCGCUACAGCCCCUACCCUGUGCACGCCAGCGGCUACCAGGGACUGCUGGCCAUCGUGAAGGCUUCCUCCUCCUCCUCCUCCAGCAAAGGCGUGGUGAAGAGCACGGAGGGCAAGCGGACUAAGAUGUCCCCUGCCCACGUGGCCGUUGCCCCCUACCCUGUGACGAGCACUUUAGCCCCAGGCCCCUCCUGCGCAGCGCAGCUGGGCUACCACAGCAGCCAGAAGCAGAUGGAGGCCCCCGCGGCCCCCAACGUCACGGUAGCCACCUCAACGAUCCCGCACGCUGGCAGGAGCCUGGCGCUGCCCCAGUCCAACCUGCCCUCCAUCCAGAACAUCAUUUUCCAGAUCAAUCAGCAAUGCCAGGCGCAGGCCAGCCAGCCACUGUGCCAAGGGGUAGUGGUAGCCAACCCCAGCCCCGCCAAGCACGGCGCCGCCACCGCCGCCGGAUUUGCCACCAUGGCGACGGUGGGUGCAGCCGUGGCGUACGCGGGUGCCAUGCUGCCUGACUGCCGCAAGGGGGCUGAGCUGGUGGCAGGCUCCCACCCGGGUGGUGGGCACCUUGGUGCCAAGGCCAGCCUCUACCCCGACGGCAUGGACUACCUGCUCUGGCAGCAGCAGAAGCCACAGCAGCAGCAGCUACGCAUGUACAGUGCGGGCAGCGGGGGUGGGGGCGCCGUCAGCAAGUCCCCUGAGGUGUGCGCCGGGGUCCUGCGUGCCUAUCCCAUGACGGGCACGGCCGACAAGGUGAGCUCGUCCCCGUUGAACUGCGUGGGCAUGCACGGGAACUUCUCAGUGGGGCAGUACUUUGCUCCCCCCUGGAACAGCAUCCUGGUCACUCCCAACAGCGACUGCUACAACCCCCCGGAGCUGGCCAAUGGGCACCGCGAGCUGGGCGUCCAGCCCUCGGACGGGCUGCCCAGCUUGCCCAGCAAGACGCUCUGCAAUACCUCUGUCCUCAGCAGCAGCCUGCAGUCGCUGGAGUAUCUCAUCAACGACAUCCACCCUCCGUGCAUCAAGGAGCAGAUGCUGGGCAAGGGCUACGAGACGGUCUCCGUGCCGCGGCUCCUGGACCACCAGCACGCCCACAUCCGCCUGCCCGUCUACAGAUAGGAGCCGCCGGCACUCUGCUCUGAACCCGGAGGGCAAACCGCUUCAGCUACGGACCCCCUUUCCCCCUGCUUUGCCCUCCCCAGCACCGCCAGGGCCCAGACGGCUGCGGCAAGCAGGGGCCCCGAGGAACGCAGGCAGAGGCAGGCAGCAGCAUCCAGAGACUCGCUGGGAUCACAGAGCUUCAGUUGUGCAACCGGCUGCCCUGGGAUGGAGGAAAUUGCUUGUCUAUAUAGCUCAGAAGUUUUUGUUUCUAUUUCUUCAGAAUGUGAACAGGGAGAUGCUGUCCAAUUUUGCUGCUAAUCCAGGGAGAGAAGGCUUCGCUCUGUGUGUGUGUGUGUGUGUGUGUGUGUGAGAGAGAGAGAGAGAGAGAGAGAGAGAGAGAGAGAGAGAGAGAAGGGGCGUGUGAGUAUGAGUCUGUGACCAGUUGGAUUUGCAUGUGGAGGGGUCCCUUUCCCCUCUCCCAGAAAGAAGUUUCUGUCCUGUGCUGAGUUCAAGUGGGAGCUUUACGUGGGGGUGGGCGGGAGUGGAUCGAGCCCCUUCCCCAGCCUGCUCCUAGGCAUCCAGGUGGCUUAGUUGUGUAGCUUUGCCUACUUUCUAGUUGAAGUCUGUAACUUGCACUGUUUCGAUUUAAAGCUAAUAAUUGGGGAAAGGUGUGAAGUCUAUUUAAGGAAGGAAGAAGAAAACACUUGAAAAAAACUUGAAGAGACUUUUUUGUUUUGUUUUAGUUGAAUCUACUGUACAUUUCUGCGUUUGGCUGCUACACAACGGAGGCCCUCUGCCCUAUGUCAGCAUAGCCCUAGGUGAUUUUUUAAAAUUAAAACCUUACAUUUUAUUGUUAUUGUUAUUAAUAUUAAUAUUAUUUUUAACGGCAAUAUUGCAUUGCCUGUUUUUGUCUGGGAAGCCAGCCUAUUCAGCCAGGAAGUUGUGCUAGAAAGAAUGAGAGGCCAUAUUGGAAGGAUUGUCCCCCCCAGCCCCCCGUUGGCCGUUCAUUUUGACGAUUUCUGUCUCUUUCAAGCCCACCUGUGUUGCACCUGCCUGCGGAUGCACAAUUUGAAAGGGCAGAGUGCGGGAAAGAAACUAAUUUACCUCUGAAAUGUCACAAGCAGAAGACUUGCUCCAUUUUUGUUUCUCCCAAAAAGUUAAUGGAAUCGGACUCACAAGGGCCCAUGUGACGUCAUGCAAUAGGUCCCCCUGCAGCUUGGCUUGUGGCGCGUGGUUUUUGCAUUAGGCUGGACCCAGGUCUAAAUCAGGUCAGAAGCGUGGCUGGGCGGCGGGACAAGUGGGGUUCGUAAAUGAUUUCAGAAGAAUUGGAGGUGAGCGUAGAUUUCUCCUCAGCCCAGCCAGUGUCGUGUCCGUUACACAACAACUCCUCGCCUCCACCUGCUCUGAUCAAGUUGCAGGAGCCUUAGGGGUUCUCAGGCAACACAUGCGGUUUCGUUGUUGGCAGUGUCUACUGUUAGAGAGGCAGGUUGCAGCUGAGAGGAGUAGGACUAAUCCCAUUGAAUGCAUCCAGUGUGUUGUGUUUAGUUUUUCUUUCCAGCAUAUUAUAAUUUGCUUACUUUAAUUUCCUUUUUUAAAAAAAAGAAUUCUCCAAAAAUAUUCCUUCUGCUCUUGUCAUUCAACCCAUGUAAUUUAUGUUUUAAUAAGUUUUAUUCAAGGGACCUGCUUUGCGGGAAUCACAGAGGAGUUUCCUCCCUCCCCUCCCCACUGUUUAAAAGAAGGAAAAAAUAAGAGUGGCCCAAAAGGGGUUGUGCUCUGAAUAUAGAGGUACUGUGUCCUUAACCACCUGUUCCAGCACUAAGUGCAUUUACAAAUCUCUUAGAAUGUGUUUUUAUAUGAAAAAGUGACCAUUAUAUUCUACUGUGAGAAGUGCAUUGUGCACUAUAUUGUUUUAAAAAUGAGAGAAAACAAAAAGUUGGAAAAAAAAACAGCAAACGAUGUCUCUGGAUGUUGUCUUUCUUUUUUCUCUACCCCCCCUACCCACCACCCCCACCACCACCAAAAAGAAAAUUAAACCUGGGCUUUCACUGGC